CGCCCCCCUCGCCCCUCUGGAGUGGCGGGCGGGAAGCCGGCGGUGACGCGUACGCGCUCGCUCCCGACGAGGGACGGAGGAGGGAGGCCUGCGUGGCAGCUUGGGGACGGACGCGGGGCUGAGAGAGAGAGAGAGAGAAGAGGCGGGCAGGCAGGCGGGGGCGCGCGUGUGCGUGUGUGUGUGUGCGCGCGCGCGGCCGUCGGUCGGUCGGUCGGUCGUGUGGCGGCGAGUGGGUCGAAGUUGCGUCCGGGCGCCUCUGACUGACUUGAGUGCCUGAGGGGUCAGAGCGCGAGGCUCUGCGGCUCCCCCCGCCCCCCCACCCGAGCCAGAGCGGGCAGGGGAGGGGGCUGCUGUGGCGGCGCGGAGCCCCUCCGGCGGGGAAGGCGCCUCCCUGGCGGAAGCAGCCGCCAGCAGGUAAGCGAUGGCGGGGGCGGCGACCUGCCGAGAGGCCUCUUCACCUGGGCGGGCGGGCGGGGGGGGGCGAGGGAGCGCCGAGCAGACCCCCCCGGCUCCCCCCAGCCUCGCCUCGGACUCGGGACACGCCCCUCCCCCCGCCCGCGACCCCCACAGGUCACCCCUCCCCUGCCGUGGCAUUUCUGGAAGGGGGUCGCUUUCGCCCCCGCAGCAUUAAAAGCACCUCCAGCACCUUAUAACUCCUUGCCCACCCCCCCCCCCAUUCUCAUUUCAGUUUUCAGGAAUGGCUCCCUUUUUAAAUGCAUCAGGUGUGCUGGCCUCUUAGAAGGUCUCCCUUAACCUCGACGGCCGACCGACCUGUUGGAUUCGCGGGACCAGCUCUCCUUUUCACCUGGGGCGGCGCCCCCACCCCGCCCGCCCCGCCCCCUGCCCUUCCCACUUCCUCCCACGACUGCUGCUCUUCUCGUGGUGGGUGGCCGUAGGGAUCCUCUCCAGGUGUUGUGGGUUAGGGGCACGAGCGGGCACAGGGCGCACUGGGGACCGUCUGUCUGGUGGGGUCGCUUGUGCCAUCCUUGAGGAGGUGCCUCUGGCCCCAGGGGAUUGCCAUGGUCACUUCUGUGAUGUAGGCGAACUUGCUGAAUGCCGUUCUGGUGAGAGGUGACCUGGUGCCAUUACUUUUUAAUGUGUCUGUUUUACUUGAUUUUUAAAAACAUCCCAACAGUUUGUGGUGUGUUUUCUAAUGCAGAAUCUGUGUGGGCCUCUCCAGUACAGUUCUGCUGUCAUCUCAUUAUCUGACAGGUUUCUCUUCAUUCCUGCUAUCAAAGGAUAAAUUAGAGGCAGGCUUUGGGGAUCGUGUCCAAGAAUCCUGCCCAGUGUCUUUUCCGAGCCUUGAUUUAUGUCUGUAAGGCAGAAAUUUGUUUGUCAGUGCACACAUACCCAUCAUCCACAUUCAUUUUUGGGAGUUGCUCUUGCUAUGGAUAGAAAAUUGUUUUCAUAGAGCCAUAGAAUUGUAGAGUUGGAAGGGACCACAGGGAACAUCUAGUCCAACCCCCUACAAAUUCAGGAAUCUUUUGCUCAACGUGGGGCUCGAACUCACAACCCUGAGAUUAAGAGCACAGAGUAUCCCUUUGCUUCCUCCUCGAAGAGUCUCAUGUGGCCUUGAGGGGAAGAGCACAGGCUGUGCAUACAGAAGGUCCCCAGUUCAUUCCCUGGCAACUUAAAUUCAAAGGGUCUUAGGUAGGAGUGCAGAAAAAAACUUGGGAUUGCUGCUUCAUUUCAGAGUAGACAACAUAGUCACAUACAUUCAAAUAUGUGAACAUAUGGGGCUGUGUGAACAAUGAAGAGUGGGUUAUAAAUAAAUAUCUAGUUGUGUAAGUGUUCAUGAUUUAAGACUGUUAAUAGGAAAAAUGUUUUUAUUAAAAAGUAUUUCACAGCAAUGCAAACUUGAGAUCUGGCGCCUGGCUAAUUUCUAACACUGACUACAUCAGGGUGUUUAUCUGAAUGGAAACCCAGGUUAAGGAGGCCAUAAAUUUGAAAGAGCUUAUCAAAUGGAAAGUCCCAUUGUUGUCUUUCAUUCUUUGGUCAACAUAGCUAAAGUAAGAAGUUCCUGAAACAAACAUUUCCCUCCUCAUACAGUUUUGGUAUAAUCUGAGUUUACUCAUGUAUUCAGUAAGAAUUUUUUCUGGAACUGUGUGCAUGGUUGAAAUUUUUGCUAAAAAUAGGGUUCUUUGUGUGGUUUAGUAUCAGAUUGCAAAUUUUAAUGUUAGAAUUGGUGCUGGUGCUGCCUCCUCUGCCCAAAGGCAUAACAUAGAACAGUUGUUCUCAUAUAGCUUCUUUUUGCAGGGAAUUCAGCCUGUUCUCUCACUUUCAUGUUCUAUUCUCUUUGGGAAUAGCCUAGACUUGUGUGUGUGUGUGUUUUGUCGCUUUGCACACUAACAAGAACCCAAGGUGCAUGAUAUCUCCCCGGAUCUCCCUGCCUACUCACAAAGCAGAUGAGGGGGAUCCUGGGCUGUGUGUGGCUGCUGCAAGGAUGAUGUGACUGCAAGGAACUCUGCACCUGAUCAGCCCUCAUUCUUCCUGGCAUUGGUUCUCCUUGUACUAGUGGGCAGAGGGAUGAACUGUCCAGGUAGGCAGAAGCAUCUUCAAAAGGCCUUAAACUGCCUUAAAAGCAUAUUAUAAGAAACUAGAAGAGAUACUGUCUGAACCAAUGAAAACAGUUAUGAAUGGAAUUUUAAAAGAAGGAAGAAUACUAAAGUCUUGGGAAGAAGCAUUUAUCACUCUGAUCCCCAACAAGGAAUGCACCCAAUAUCAUUCAAAAACUGAGCCUCUUGGGCUUGCUGAUCAGAAGGUCGGCGGUUCGAAUCCCCGCAACGGGGUGAGCUCCUGUUUCUCGGUCCCAGCUCCUGCCAACCUAGCAGUUCAAAAGCAUGUGCAAGUAGAUAAAUAGGUACUGCUCCGGCAGGAAGGUAAAUGGUGUUUCUGUGUGCUGCUCUGGUUUCGCCCAAAGAGGCUUAGUCAUGCUGGCCACAUGACCCGGAAAAACUGUCUGCAGACAAACGCCGGCUCCCUCAGCCUGUAAAGCGAGAUGAGCGCCACAACCCCAGAGUUGUCUGCAACUUAUUUAACUGUCAGGGGUCCUUUACCUUUACCUUUAUCACUAUUAAAUAUAAAUUAACUUAAAUAACGAUUACUUAAAUAACGAUUACAAAAUAUUUGCUGAUAUCCUAGCCAACAGAUUAAAAAGAGUACUGAAUGAAAUUAUAUAUAAGAAUCAAGUGGGCUUUCUACUAGGCAGACACAUGUGCAAUAAUAUGAGAAAUAUAAUAGAUAUAUUAGAAUAUUUGGAAGUAAGAACAACAACAAAAAAAGAUAUAUUGAUGCUGGUAGAUGCCAAGAAGGCCUUUGAUAACAUCUCUUGGAGAUUUAUGAAAAAAACUAUAGAAGCCAAAGGACUCGGAGAAAAUUUCAGCAGGGGUAUUGAGGCGAUAUACAGAAAUCAGAGAGCCAAAUUGAUAUUAAAUAAUGAGAUAACAGAAGAAUUUAAGAUAAGUAAGGGGACCAAGCAAUGCUGCCCCCUCUCACCUUUAUUGUUCAUUAUGGUACUAGAACUCCUAGUGAUUGCAAUAAGGAAAGAUCGAGACAUAAAAGGUGGGGAAGAUAUCGCACACGAUAAAGGCAUUUGCGGAUGACCUGAUAUUAACCACUGAAAAUCCAGAGGAAAGCGUACAAAAUAAUAGAAAAGAUCCUCGAAUUUGGAAAAGUGGCAGGAUUUAAGUUAAAUAAAAAUAAGACCAACAUGCUAGCAAAGAAUACAAGAAAAAGAAGAAUUACAGAAGAGCUCAGGACUAACGAUAGUAAAUAAGACUAAAUACUUGGGAAUCUGGCUGACGAAUAAAAAUAGCAAUCUAUUUGAGGAUAAUUAUAUAAAAAUAUGGAAAGAAAUUAAAAGAGAUCUGGAGAUUUGGAACAGGUUAAAAUUAUCAUUUUGUGGUAGGAUAUCAGUAGUGAAAAUGAAUGUGCUUCCCAAAAGGAUGUUUUUUUUCAAAUGAUACCAAUAAUUGGAGGGGUAAGAUGCUUUAAAUCAUGGCAAAGAGAUAUAUCAAGAUUCAUUUAGCAGUACAAAAAGCCAAAAAUUAAACAUAAAUUAUUAAUAGAUAAGAAAAAUAGAGGUGGAUUGGCACCACCUGAUUUAAAUUUGUAUUAUGAUUCAUUCUGUCUAAAUUGGUUAAAAGAAUGGAUGAUACUGCAAAAUGCAGAUUUAUUGGAUUUAGAAGGGUUUGACAACCGUGAUGUGUGGCAUGCCUACUUAGGUCAUGAAAAGGUGAAAGUCCACAGAGGAUUUCUUAAGCAUAUUGUAAGAAAGUUGAUAUAUAGAGUCUGUGAAAAGUACAAAGAAUUAUUAGAACCUAAAAUGCUCUGGUGGCUUUGGCCUUUGGAGGCGAUAGCAGUGAAAAGAAAAAAUACGGAAUCAAAUUGGGCACAUAAAAGGAUCUGCUAAAAGAAAAAGAUAACAAAUUGAAAUUGGAAAAAUAUGAGGAAGUAAAACAUCACCUAACAGGGUGGAUUCAGUACUACCAAUUAAACGAAGUGUUCAGAACAGAUAACAAAAAAGGUUUUGCAAGAGAAAUUUCAAUAUUGGACAAAGAAUUAUUACAAAAUAAGACAAAGGUAAUCUCUAAAAUGUAUGAAACUUUACUAGAGUGGGAGGUGAAGGAUGAACAAGUAAAAGAGGUAAUGAUUAAAUGGGCAAUGGACAUAGGCAAACCUACCGUAUUUUUCACCCCAUAGGACGCACCGGCCCAUAGGACGCACCAAGUUUUUUUGGGGGGGAAAUAAAGAAAAAAAAAUUUAUUUCCCCCCCCCCCCGGCGCUUGUGGGGCCGGCAGCAGGGAGAAGCGCUCUUCUCCCCGCCGCCCGCCUUCAGACCAGGUCCUGGGACAGCGGGAAGACGCGCUGCGCCUCCCAGCUGUCCCCGGAGCUUGUGGGGCAGGCAGCAGGGAGAAGCGCUCUUCUCCCCGCCGCCCGCCUUCAGAUCAGGUCCGGGGACAGCGGGAAGACGCGCUGCGCCUCCCAGCUGCCCCUGGAGCUUGUGGGGAGACAGCGGGAUGGCGGCGUUCCGCCUCCCUCUGUCCCCUGACCUUGUGGGGCUGGCGCUGGGGCUCUCCUGAAGCCUCGAGAGCGAGAGGGGUCGGUGCGCACCGACCCCUCUCGCUCUCCAGGCUUCAGCAAAAGCCUGCAUUCGCCCCAUAGGACGCACACACAUUUCCCCUUCAUUUUUGGAGGGGAAAAAGUGCGUCCUAUAGGGCGAAAAAUACGGUAUUCAGUUAUCAUCAUGGGGGAGAUUAUGGAAAGAGAAUUGGAGAUUUACAGCUUGUGAGGCUGGGUGGGAUUGAGUGUGGGUAUGUAUGAAUAUUUUUAAGGCUUGUAUGAAAUGUAUGUUUAUAUAUUCGUACUAUGUAUGUAUUAAUGUUGAAUUAUUUUAACAAAUUUGUUAAAGAUGUUUUAUAGAUGGUAUUUAACACCGAGCAAAAUAUUUAAAAUGUAUAAACAAAAUCUAAAUUGUGUUGGAGGUGCAAUCAGGCAUCGGAGAUGCUCCUACAUAUGUGGUGGACCUGUGAUGAAAUCAAGAGCUUCUGGGAUUUGGUAUAUGAAGAGAUGAAGAAAAUACUUAAACAAACUUUUGUAAAAAAAAAACAGAAGCUUUUCUAUUGGGAAUAUUAGAUUCAGAUAUUGCUAGGGAAAACACAAAAAUAUUCCUGUAUUCAAUAUUGGUGGCGAGAAUCCUAAUUGCCAAAAACUGGAAAAACUAGUCAGACCAACAAAAAUGAAUGACAAGAAAAAUUAUUUGAUAACCUAGAGCUGGCUAGAAUGACAGAUGCAGUUAGGGGUCAGUCUAAACAAAAAUUUCAAAAGGAAUGGGGAAAAUAUAGAGAUUAUCAUAAAAAGCGGUGCCCUCAAAUUAAUACAUGGACUUGUUUUGAUUAACUUUUGCAAAACAAAUUAAGGUAUAAAAGUCUAAAAUAGAAAGAAAAGUAGGAAAAACGGAAUGAGAAGGAAACAGUUUAUUAAAUAUGAAAGUAGACCUGCGUUGAGGACGAAGGAAGUCAAUUAGGAGAAAACAAGAAGUGAAAUAUGGUUAUAUGUUUGUUUAGUAUUUGUAUCUAUAUUCAUACUUGUAUUUGUAUUCUCUUGUUAGGUUUAUUUUUUUUAGUGUUGUGAGUGUUUGUGUUGCAACAACAACAACAACAACAACAACAACAGCAUUAAAAGGCCUGAACAGCCUUAAACUGCUGGUCAUGUUUAUUUCCUCAAGUUUUAAGGAGGCUAGUUGGCACAGAUCUGCCCUGAAACUUUAUUAUCCAGAAGACAAAACUGUUGUGAAUCUAUACGGUGAAUUCCUUAAAAUAUGUGACACAUACAAUGCUUCACUUUUCUCAGAAUAACCUAUAUACUUUAGCUGCAGUCAUUGAACCCUUUUACCCAAGGAAUAAGAGGGUUAUGGCUUGUAUACCUUAAAUACCUUAAAACAGGAAAUAAUGAUGUGCUUUGUUGCAGUUUGUAGGACUUAAUAUCAUAUAGAGCAGAGCUUUCCAAACUGUGUUGCAACACGUUAGCGUGUCCAUUUCAGUGUAUAGUUGUGUCACGUGACUGUUCCCCACACUUCUUUCAGGGCUGGAAAAAGGAGUUAGUUUAAUCUCUGGUUUGCUAGUAAAACUGAAUUACUAUGUCGUGAAAUGUUGAUGCAUGUCUAAAAAGUUUGUCACCAACAAGAGAAGUUUGGGGAGCUCUGAUAUAGAGCAUAACUCUUUUGGAAGGAAAAUUAAAAAGCAACAAUUAGAGAGAAGUGAACUUCAUUUGAUUGCUAAUUGCCCAAAUAGGAAUUGGGACAAUAACUGUAAAUAACUGUAAUUUAUGUUGCUUCUAUAGAAUGGCAUUUGUGGAGACUGCAAAGCGGAAGAGAGAAAGUACAAUGAAAACAACAUAUUCCCUCAGAAAAAUGUAGGCUUACAAAAAGAAUUGGUUACUUUCCCUCCUAACAUUUAUCAUUUAUUUGGUGCUAACAGUUGGACUAAUGCAGGGAUUCCCAAACUUGGGUGUGUGUUGGUAGCUGUUUUUCGAUUACAACUCCCAUCGUCCCUAGCUAGCAGGACCAGUAGUCAGGGCUGAUGGGAAUUGAAGUCCAAAACCAGCUGGAGAUCCAAGUUUGGGAAUCCCUGGGAUAAAAAGCAAAAUUGUGGACUGUAACAUGCAGCUAACGCUGAGCAAACAAGCUGUUAGCAUUUUAAAGAAACACAGCCUGGGGCAUAAGCUCUAACUUUGUCCUCUUCCCAGCAGCAGAAUAAACAUUUUUAUUUUCCUGGGCAUUUCAACUGCAGGUGGCUUCAGUGCUCAGCCAGGGGCGGUGGUAUUUUGUACUGGGGGUUGGGACUUUUUUGGGAUGAGCACUUUUAGUAUUUUAUUGUCUUUUUUUUGUUUUAUUGUAAAUAGCUUUGGAGUGCCUCUGAAUGUAUGAAAUGAUAUAUAAAUUAGCUAACUAGCUCAUUUAGUAAUACUACUUCAGUUAGCUUUUAAUCUUUAUUUAUUAUGAGAUGUAUUCUACAUGAAAUGCUUGCCAUUAAUAUAGAAGGUUCUGAACAAGAAGGAAUUGUGACGACCAUUUCACACAGGGGUUCUGUUCCCAGCCUCUGUGUGUGAUGGCAGAAGGCGAAUAAAGGUACCCCAGCCUGCCUUGCUCUCUUCUGGGUCCAAAAGGACCUGUGCGUUGGCGAUCGCUCAUCAGUUGAAUGCACCUCAGAUUGUAGCCAACUGUACAUGAAUCAUUGGGUUGGAAUUGCUAAUUUUACUAUGUUUUUAUAUAUGCUCAGGGUGGCUAGGGAAACCCAGCCAGGUAGGUAGGGAAUAAUAAUAAUAAUAAUAAUAAUAAUAAUAAUAAUAAUAAUAUAACAACAACAACAACAAUAAUAAAAAUAUAGUUCUCCACAUUUGCAUAUGAAUAUAUUUCAGUUGCUGCUGUCACUAAAUUUGCUACUUAUAAUAUAGAAGGGAAAUAAUUCCUCAGAAGCCUCACCUGGAUGCUACCAGAGCAAGUGCUGAGGAUCCUACUGUGACAAGCUAGGGAUAGUGCUAAAUAAUGUUGAUUACUGUAAAAAUGGGCUCUGGAUAGCCAUUUCACAGUGUCUUCCCACUUGAAAUGGUGUAAAUAAGAUCCUAGUGCUUAAGAUUGCCUGAAGCAUCAUUAUUGUAAGGUUUUGCCAGAUUUUCAGGCUUCAUAAGAUGAAGUAGACUUUUUAACAUUUUGACAAAAUGCUUAGUGAAAGGUAGUCAGAAUAUUCCAAAGAUCAAAUGCCUGCUUUAAUGGAUUGCUCCUACAGGCCUAAUAGCUGAACAUAAGACUUUAUUUUUCCUUUGUGUGCCGAGUAAAUCAACCUUGUACAGUAGUCAAAAGACAUUGCCCAUUAUUGUCUUCCUGUAAGGUGUAUGGUUUCUUAGUUCAAUAUUCAGGCAGAUCAUAACACAUCAUUGUUUUUUACAGCUCGCGUCAUUUCAAGCCUCUAACUCUACAAAGACUGCAGCCUCCAAAAUUGCCUCUAUCCCUUUGAGUAUUGUUAAUGUUGAUGUUAAUGUUGUUCUCUGAAUGAACCAAAUUUUUGGUGUUAGCACACAGUGAUAUUUAGCACUUUAAAAGUGUGUACCAAUAUUUUAAAAAUGGUGUAAGCAUCAGUAUCAUCAUUUAGUGCAGAGGUUUUCAACCUUUCUCAGUCCACGGCUCCCUUGACCAACUCCAUUCUUUGUGGGGCCCAGGGGCCUACUUACGUCCCCCCUUGCCUGCAGAGCUGGCAGCCCCUCACCCUUUUUCGAACACCCUCCCUUGUGCAGUGUUCCCUCAGCCUCCUCUCCUCUCCCCUCUCCCAGGGAAUCCUCUGGGCAGCUGCUGUCUCUGGUCUCUGAGCUGCCCCCCCUGCCCCAAAGAGAGAUGCCUCCUCACACUGCCCCACAGGGGCUGGGGAAGCACCCCCUGGCCAGCCAAAGGUGCACCAUUCGCCUGGGGAGCUUAUAGCCAGGGCUGCUGCAACAAACAGCUGCGCAAGCCUUGGGGAGGCAGAGAGGCAAGAGGGCAUCACAGGAGGGAGGGAAGGAAAGAGGGACAGAGGCCAGGGUUGCCCACCGCUCCCCUGACCAUCCUUCAAGGCACCCCAGGGGGCCACGACACACUGGUUGAAAACCACUGAUUUAGUGAAGUAGAGAUAAUAUAGCCAAUCUGAGUCAGUAAAGGGCACUUAUAAAUAAAAGUGGGACUAUUUCUGUUAUGUUUACUGUGCCUAUUUGAGCUUCCUUUGUAAGUUCCAGAAGCACCUCAUCAUAAGAGUGUUCUUGCUUCAGUUCUUUGCCGUGGGAACUAUGGGAUUUACAUUACGUUUUGUGUGUUUUUUUUUUGUAAUUAAAAAUACUCUCUCCAGUUUCCUGAUACGAUGGACAAUGAUUUAUUGUUGUUCCUCAACUUUCCAAAUAGUAAUAAAGCUGUGACAUCCUUUUUAAAUGUUACGCUUUCUUACAUACACUAACAAAAAUGUUUCCAAAGUUUUGUGUGCUAAAAUGUCUUAUUGAAAUGACUUGAGCCGACUUGCAUGUGGAAUCUGAAGGAGUCUUCCUAGUUGUUUCCCUCAGAUGGAUUUCAUGUGAGGAACAAGCAUCUUUCCAAAGAUGCAGGCCUUUUUCUCUCUCCCCUGGUGGGCAGUUGUGCUGAUUUCGGCCACAGAAAUUGUGCUAGCAAAUACUGUCUGCAAUACUUGGAUCACUUCCUGCAGAAUUGCCCCAAACUGCUCAGUUUGAGGCUUCCCAGCCUCCUGUUAUAGGAGAUCAUCUGGCUGUGUUGCCUCAUAAAAUUUUUAGAUAAACCAUAGAGGUGCAUAGUAGAAUGCGAGACAUAGAACUUAAUAUUUUUGAGUAAAAUGCUUCUGACUGAAGAGGCUGAGCACAUUGCUUUAUAGAUCCUUCUUUAAAGAGCAGAUUUAGAAGUGCAGAUAACUUUGCUUAAUAUUGAUUUUGACACAUUGCCCAGAGCUGCUUUGAAAUAGUAAUUCUCCCCUGGAAUUCAACUAGUGUCCCUGCAGCGACUCUCUUGUAAGAGCGUGUAUUUAAUGUUUCCUCCUCUACAUUUUUAAAAGCAAUAAACUUCUUAGAAUUUUUUAUACUUUAUCAAAAUAAACAUGAUGAUAUUCUAUUCUUGCUUUUACACAACAAAGUCAGGGAGCCUAGAGAAUUCUUUAAUAAUAGCAAGUCCUUUCCUCACUCAUAAUUACCUCUGCUGUAGAGACUCAAAGGAAACAAAUGUAAUAUUCUUGUCAUAAAAGUGGAGCCUUUUGCACUGUUCAGCGUUUUGACACUGAACGAAAUCCCAUAGUUAGAAAAACGUAUAUAUUUUGAAGUUGAAGGCAAUAGAGACUCGCAGUGCCUAAAUUUUAGACCAGUUGUUAGAACCAUAUUAAUUCAUGACUGAAUGGUUUUCUUUAAUGGAACAACUGUGAACUGUUAAAAGAGUUCAUAAACUGGCCACUUUACCAGAACUGUGAAAUGUAGAAAGCUGUUCCCUAUUGGUUAUUUAAAAAUAAUGCUGGGAAGGGCAGGAUGGCUGCUUCUUUCUCUCUUGGGGUGGGGGCACACGUCUUGUACCUUUCUCCUGCUGAACUCUUUAUUUGAAAUAAAUAAAAUGCCAUGGUUUAGUGCCCUCUUAUUGCAGAGAUGAAGGAUAAAUUGAUAGGCUCUGUGAACUCUUGCCCUAGUCUAGAAUGCUCUUGGAACAGGUGCUGGCCCACACCCUCUCAAAGGGCUCGCAGCCUUUCCAUUUUGAAGAGUGGUGUGAUGUUUACUGUUCUCUAAUUACUUUUGUUGCUUCAUCUGUGAACUUUGAGAAUUCUCUUUAUUAUUAAAUGAGAAACGUCCUUCAGCCUUUUGAAUGGACAUGAAACUGAACCUGUACUCUUAAGUUGUUUGGGAGGGGAUGGGUGCCAAGUAACUGGGAUUGCUUUUUCAGACUGUGUGUUUGUAUGUAUUUGUAAAGUGACGUGCAGGGGACUGGAACCCGGGCAUCUGCUUGUCAGUGUCUGCCUCUUGAGUCAGCAGUCUGCUCCUGGCUCAAGUGGGUGUAGGACAGCUCAAGUUCCAAAUUUUCCCCUUUCCUAUGAGCCAGCUGCUGUCCAUAUUACUACUAGAGAGUGACUCUGAGCAUGCUGUGAAUUUGAAUGUGUGCCAGGGAGGAGAGGAAAUCUUUUUUAAAAAGGAAAAUUUUUGGAAUAAUGGAAUAGAAUAUGUGUGCUCACUGCAAGAUUCUAAGGACUAUUACACUUUUUGGUUUGCAAAAUGUCAGAGCCAACUGGGGCAAGCUGGCUUGCGGAAUAAUUUGAAAAAAGAUGGAUGUUUUUGGUCUGCAAAAUAUAUUUUCACUUGAUUGCUUGUUCAGAAAUCGUCAGUGUUCUUCAAGCUGCCCCUCCAUAGAGAUCUAGAGGCAACUCCUAGGCAUGUCUGUGAGUUGGUUGAAUGAGCUGCUGAAGGAACGGGCCUGUGAUAUCCAUAAACAAUUUUCACCUGAAGUACUUACUUCUGAGCAGCUAGGUAUAAAGAGCAUUGUGUAAGGGAAGGGGGCGGGAGUUAAUAGAUUUGUAAUGUGAUGCAGCUGUGCUUUCAUCUUCUUGUCUUUCAUCACCGUUGCCCUGAUGCUGCAACACACAUGAAUUAAUCUAUACAAGGGCAGACUUGAAUUUUCAGUCCAGAAAUAGUGCCCUGAUAUAUCCCACUGUUUCCAGAUAAGAUCCAUCUAGUCCAGCAUCUUUCCCCCCACAAUGGAGGUCCACCAGUUACAACAGCCCUAAUGCUCAGUUGUAAACUGUCUCUGUACAUGAAGAUUCCUUUUAGACGUCAUGACCAAUAGUCUGUAAACUUGUUCACCUUGGAUAUGUCCAAUUUUUCUUUGAAAUGCAUCUAAGCAGCCCAUCAACCCAUCUUAUGGGAAGAAUUAUAUUAACUACCCUGUGUGAAGAACUAUUUCCUUUUGUCUGUUUUGAAUUUACUCCCAUUGGGUGACCUUUCAUUUCAUUGGGCGACCUUUCAUUUUAAAGCUAGAUUAGGGGGAGAGAAAAUUCUCUGCUUUCACUUCCUCCAUACCAUGCAUAAUUUUACAACUAUCAUGCCGCUGUGAGUUGUCUUUUUUGAAACUAAACCACCUCCGUAAUUUAGGCUUGCAUCAUGUGGAAAGGGCUAAAACCCCUCUGUUUUCAUUUUUGGGAUGGCCACACCAUACAUUAAAGGCAUUAGGAUACGGACAGUUUUAUUCUCGUUUUCCUAAUAAACAUUAUCAUGUAAUUUGCCCUUUUCAGUGCUGCUGUACACAGUCUCUCUCCUAGAUAGUCACUGCCGAUUCAGACUUCAUCACUUUUAAGAGUGAAGUAGAAUAUUUUUGCUCUAAUGUGCAUCACUUUAUCUUUUCUUAAACUGAACCUCAUCUGCCAUUUUACUGCACAUUUGCUCCAUUUGGAGAGAUGCUUAACAGUCUGCUUGAAUUUUCACUAUUCUUGAGUAAUUUGGUUUGAUUUGCAACGUUGGCUACCUCACCUGUCACCACUGGCUCUAAUUGUGAACAAGUUACUUAGCAUUGGUCUCAAUGCUGAUUCCUCAGGACCUGACUGUUAACUUUUCAAACAGUUGUUGGUAUCCAGCAUAUUCCACAGUGCAGUCUAGCAAAGAAUUCCUCCAGCCUUCCUCUUUAGAGAAGUCCUCUUCAGUCUUCCUGUUUAAAUCCUUUGCCAUCCAACAAUCUUGACUGCCUCACCAACUGAUUUCCUGCUUCCAAAUUUUAACAUAUGUUUUUGUUGUUGGUAGUGAUAUUUUUAGCAGUGUGCUCCUCAAAGCCCACUUCCGCAAUAAAUCCAUGAUAUUCACAUCCUUGUUAGCUGCUUGUUCUUCUCCACCCACUCUGCUCCCUUCCCAGUACAGUGGCAGCGGGAGGCCCCAUUAGCUAAAGUGGUGCUUCAGGUUAAGAACAGUUUCAGGUUAAGAACAGACCUCCAGAACGAAUUAAGUUCUUAACCCGAGGUACCACUGUAUUGAAAUUCUGCUUGAAGCUCCCUGGUACAGGGGCCUGUUGCUUUUGAUUAUGGAACUCUGAAAAGCUCCAGCUACUUUGUUAGCUGUGUAUGAAUAUUAUUUACAUUAUUGUCACUAAAAAAGAAAAAAGACCAGCCAUGGUAUCUCAUUCUAGAAGUUCUAAGCUUUAGGGCACCAUUAGUAAAACCCUGUUACUGCUUUUCAGUCUGAUUUGUGGGAAACCUGCUCCUUGACAGAAACAAGGUAAUUAGUUAGUCCCAGAGAAUCCAUGAAAAACUCUUGGCCUCCUAGUCUUUGAUUUUCUCACUCAACAACCUGUGCUUAAUCUUUGUUGCCAGAGAAGAAGAAGGUAUCCCUGUGUGCAAGAUCUUGGUGAUGGAGUGUGUUUCAGACUCCCAGUUGGGCCAGGCAGAGCUUACUAUACUAAAACAUUUAUGUAGAGUUCUUCGUACAUCAGAAAUGAGUAGUGGAUUCUUUUUCUUUCCUUUGCAGACUCUGUUUAAUCAGUUUGGAAAAUCUAAGCGAUGACUUUUAGCUCUUAGAGGAUUAAGAACCAGAGCUGCUUUUUGUGGCAAGUUGUAUAUAUUAAAGUCAGCCCUACAUUAGUAAAUAAACUCUGUUACCAUAAUCAUCGUACUUAGUGUAAGCGCUUCUUGGGUGAAUAUUAAAGAUCUGUUAAUCUUUAUGGUAUUUAUAGGAUAAUUUUUUAACUCGCUUGAGCUUCUUACUGCUUUCACAGGUCAAUUACUCCAAUUAAUAACAUCUUGUCAGCUAUAAGAACAUUAUCAUCCAACAGUACAGUGCAGAUUGUAAUUUUUUUACCUGCUUGAUUUGAUUCUUCAGACUUUCUUCUCCCUUAGUGAUUGAGGCUUGAGGUUUAAUUCUUCUUAUUUGAUGUCUCACUUCAUAGCCUCCAUGAAGUCCCGCAUAUGGGAUCUGCACUAAUGUGAAGCUGACUACUUUUGAAUAUUCUAGAGCAGGCAUCCCCAACCUGCAGCCCUCCAGAUGUUUUGGCCUACAACUCCCAUGAUCCCUAGCUAACAGGACCAGUGGUCAGGGAUGAUGGGAAUUGUAGUCCAAAACAUCUGGAGGGCUGAAGGUUGGAGAUGCCUGUUCCAGAGCUUUAACCAGUGUCCCUCCCUCAGGAGGUGGUCGCUAGCAUGUACAACUGACCUUCCCCGCUCAGUCCGCUUCUUGGCACUGCAUUGGCAGUGGCUGGUAGAACAUCCUUCAUGACCGCAUACCUUCUGUGACGUUGGUGUGCUGUUCUUCGUGAGCCUUCCAGUUUUUCUCAUCUCUGGUUUGCAUCCCCCAUUUUAUAUCUAUGGGUUUCAGCUUCACUGGCUUUGUGCUGCAGCAUAGCAGAUCUCAUUUGAAAACAGUGUUUGAAACUAACCAGGCGCCAGGCGCUUUUUGUGACUCGGGAGCACCCUCUGGCAGCCAAGUGAUUUCCUGUCACAAGGUUUGCGACUGAAAUCUCCACCACAUGAGGGUGAGGGCAGUGUCCCUGACUGACCGCAAAAGCUGAAAAGUUGUUAUAAGCUAUUGAGCUUCUACAAUUCCCUUUGAACUCCUCAUGAAGCCUUUGGAUGCGCUGAAGAGGGAAUCUUACUCCAUUGUGGUCUCUUUGCAUAAGUAAACAAACAAGCUGCAACUUUUCACCUGGUUGUAUGGAUUGCUUCUCUCUUGGGGGCAGGAGGGGAGCUCAGGCUGAUAGUAAAUCACAAACUUUGUUAUAAAAGUAGUAUUUUUUAAAAAGUGUUUUCCGUCCCUCAAGAAGUGAGAAAAUGACAAGUUUUGCCCCUCGCUCUGUGUUUACCUUGCUGUCCAAAGAAGGUUUCCUGUAGGGCAGAUAAUUCCCGCCCCCUUUUAAAUGUGUUCUACUUGUGUGUGUGUGUGUGUAUUAGUAUAUGGGGAUGUAGCAGUUCUGUUGAGGACUAAGCCUUGCCUUGGUGUGUGUGUUAAAAGCACACUGCAAGCAUAAAAGUAUUUUAGUGCAUGAUUUCUAAACCACCAACGCAGCCCACCAGCCAUGCAUAGCGGCCCUUUUUUCUGCUGCCUGCCUCCAGUUGCAAGAACUGGUGUAGUAAUGACCCUCCUGGCUACAGUGCAUGUCUGGUGGGCCGCAUUCAGCUUGGUGCGCCAUCAGAUGUGUAGGCAUGUAAUAUGUGCUUUUGUUAGUACAGAAUGAGGAAAUGGUAGUUACUCCAGAUUAAUUUGCUCAAAAUACAAAGGUAUGAUAUGAGGUGCUCCUUUUAUUUUUCAUGCUUUCUUUUUGGAAUGGUUAAUUGCUUCCAUUUUUCAAAAGGCCACAAAAGAAACUUUAAAUAAUCCAAGGGAAUCAAAACAGCAUUUCAGCAGGGGGCUGGUCCACUGUCCUUCAGACCUUGUGGGGGGCCGGGCUAUAUUUUUUUUUGGGGGGGGGAAAUGAACAAAUUCCUUUGCCCCACAAAUAACUCAAGAGAUGCAUUUUAAAUAAAAGCACACAUUCUACUCAUGUAAAAACACUAGGCAGGCCCCACAAAUAUCCCAGAGAUGCAUUUUAAAUAAAAGGACACAUUCUACUCAUGUAAAAACACACUGAUUCCCGGACCGUCUGUGGGCCGGAUUGAGAAGGUGAUUGGGCCAGAUCUGGCCCCCGGGCCUUAGUUUGCCUGCCCAUGGUGUAUAUUAUAGUACAUUUCAAAAUGGAUCUUUUAGAGCUGGAAAAGAUUCAGAAAAGGGCAACCAAAAUGAUUGUGCAACUGGAACAACUCCCCAUGAGUAAAGUUUACAACAAUUGGGGAUUUUUAGUUUAGAAAAAUUAUGCUGGGUGUGGUGUGAAGAAAGGGGAUAGAGACAUGUUUCCUUCUCUCAUAACACUGGAAUCUGAGGUCAUUCAAUGAAAUUGAACCACUUUGUGAGGUCCACCCGAAAAGUGGUGUAUAAAUAAAUAAAGUAAAUUGAAUAUUGGAAGAUUUAGGACUGACAAAAGGAAAUACAACUUCAUGCAGUGCAUACUUAACCUUUUGGAAUUUACUGCAGUAAAAUGUAGUGAUGGCCACUAACUUGAAUGGUUUUAAAAAGGAUUUAGCCAUGAAUUUGUCUACUGAUGGCUAUUAGCCAUCAUGACUGGGUAUUACCUCUAGUAUCUGAACUGGUCUGCCUCUGAAUGCCAACUGCUGGGGGGCACAGGUGAGGAGAGUGCUAUUCUCCCUCCUUGUGUCCUGCAAAUAGGCUUCCCCUAGGAAUCUGGCUGGCCACUAUGGGAACAGAAUGCUGGGCUGGGUGAGCCUUUGGCCUGAUCCAGUAGGCCCGCUCUUAUGCACUUACGUACUGUUGCUCUCUCUUAUGUACUGUAGGCGCAAGGCUGGUUGUGGAUCAGCUAAUACAUGUUCCCCAGACUACAAACACUGGUGUAUCAAUAUGGUCAGUGUUGCCAUGUACUGGGCAUGGAAUGGAAGAAAUGAAUAAUCAAGAGGAGUUGUAUAUUACUCAGUUACUGUGAUAAAAUAAAAUGCAUUCAGUUUUGUCUUAUGGAGCACUGCUGCUUCAGGGAUGUUCACUGCUCCUGUGGCCUCUUUAAGUAAUAAACGUACGUAGAAAUGUGAGUAAAAUAAUUUAUCUUGUGGGAGUGGAGUCUUCUGUGGGAAUACAAUCUCAAACUGAAAACUAAUAAAAACACAAGGAGAGACUAUAAAAAUUACAAGAUAUAUUCCGAUUAGUUUUUAAGCUCUCUUUAGUCAAACAGGCAGUGAGAUUCCAACCAUUUUCAGUUAGGGAUAGCUGUUAACAGUGUAUUUUUAAGACUUUCCAUCUUCCUCCUUCCCACCAGCGGCCAGAUUUUGCUUUUCUCUUAAAAUUUCAUACUGUAGGUCUAGGGAAAGCUAAGCGGAAAAUUUGAUUCAGUGACCAAAUCAUGAGUGUCUGCAGAAAAUCUCACCUGGAUGCUAAUUCUGACAUUCAUGCUAUGCUAGGAAAAUUUUAAGAAAAAGCCUAGUGUAGCACUCAGCUGCUGAAAGAUAUUUCUUCAGUUAUCUAGGAACAUUGAAGUGUAGUCUUCAGGGUUUUCCUCUCUUAUGGCUUCCCCUUGUAUACAUGUAAGAUGAAACUUCUCCUGGCAAAAGCAGCAAUCACAGCAGCUCUUUGAGGAUCUAAUAAGUCCCCCAAGGAGUUGCUGUUCUAGUUACUUUCCUUUCUUUUCAGUGGAAAACUAAUUCUUUCUCAUGGAGGACAGCAACUUGUGUAAUAUUCUUGGGUAUACAACACACCGCAGAGAGUUUCGUGUUGGCUAAUGCAACUGUAUUUAUAACUCUCAAAGACAUAGCUGUCCCUUUGAAUCACUGGUGGUGUAAGAAAGUUUCAAGGAAGGGGCUUCCUUUUGUAUACGUGUUACUUUUCCACGACCCUUUAAUGGAUAAGAAAAAUGGAGCAAUGAAGGCCCUUUAUCUUCAGACAUUCUGCAGUAACUGCAUGCAGUACUUUAGUAUCUUUCACACUACUGGUACCAGCAGCCAGCAAAGAUGGGAAUCUAAUUCAGUGUUGAGGUGCACAUUCAUUAGUAUACAAACAUAAGGGCUAUAACAGGUGUUUCUGUCUUCAAGCACAUUGUAAAAUAAUCUAAAAAGUACAUAGAUAGCCAGGUGGAAUAUGGAUGACUCUGUCUCUAAUGUCUACUGCAGUGGGUCUUGGGUGUGUUUGCUUUCAUUGUAAUGUUACACACAGUCUGAGACAUACCUCAUCUCCUUUUCUUAUAGUAUCAUCUCUCAAAAAUUUUUUUUUCCAAGGCUGAGAAAGCUAGAAUCCAGGGCAACAGAGCUGAUAGCCAAUUGCUGAGCCAACUCCAAGAAAGACUGAAAUUUGUGUGAGGCGAAAACACUUUGGGACCCCUCUUCCUUGAGCUACUUCCUCUCUUAAAGCAGACACCAUGCUUUUUGUCCACCAAAGAAACGCUGGUGUGUGCUUUACAGCACAAGUACAUAAACAACUUUUCAGAUUUUUAGGCUCCAUUUGAGCUGCUUCAUUAUUGCAGCCCUGGGAAUAGAAACUGCCCAUAAUGUGAUGUGUUUGCUGCCCCACCCCGCUAGGAUUUACUUCUGAACUUUUUCAUCCCUCCUGUUUUAUAUUGAUAAGACCUGUUACAUCAGGUUUAUAAUGCUUUCCCUCCAAAUACCAGUUUGUUUAUGCACAUAGCUAAGCAUCACUGCCAGCAGAUUUUUUUGUUCAGCAUAUAGGUUCAAGUACAUACAAGUCAUUGUUAGUGGCAGGAAGUGUUGCAUCUGCAUGAACAAUAUAUGGUAUUUUUACAGUGUUUGUUUGUUUGUUUAUUAUAUCCUGCCUUUCCCCCAGAGCAGAGACUCAAGGCAGUUCACGGAAAUGAAAAUAAACAUGCAUUUAAAAAAAUAUUAAUUGAGACACAAGUUUAAUAUUCCCACAGAAUGUAGAUGUAGUAGUAGUAGUAGUAGUAAGAAUUUAUUACUUAAAAACUUCCUGAUACAGGACUGCCUUCAGAUUCCUAUGGAAAGUCAUAUAAUUUCUUUGACAUCUGAUGGGAGGGCGUUCCACCAGACAGGCACCACUGGCGAGAAGGCCCUCUGCCAGGUUCCCAAUAACUUCACUUCUUGCAGUGAGGGAACUACCAGAAAGCCCUCAAGAGUUAGAUCUCAGUGUCCAAGCUAAGCAAUGUGGGUGGAAAUGCUCCUUUAGGUAUACUGGGCCAAGGCUGUUUAAAGGUCAGCACCAACACUUUAAAUUGUACUUGGAAACAUCCUGGGAGUCAGUCUUUCAAAACCAGUGUUAUAUGGUCUUGGCAGCCACUCCCAGUCACCAGUCUGGGAGUCACAUUCUGGAUUAGUUGUUUCUGAGUCACCCUCAAAGGUAGCCCCACACAGAGCUCAUUGCAGUAGUAGUCCAAGUGGGAAAUUACCAGAACAUGCACCACUCUGGUGAGACAGUGUGCAGGCAGGGAUGGUCUCAGAUGGAGCUGGUAGACAGCUGCCCUGGACACAGAAUUAAAGUGUGACACCAUGGACAGCUUUGAGUCCAAAAUGACUCCCAGGCUGCGCACCUGGUCUUUCAGGGGCACAGUUACCCCAUUCAGGACCAGUUAUUCCCUCGCACCUGCCCGCCCCCUGUCUGCCAAAAACAGUCCUUCUGUCUUGUUGGGAUUCAGUUAAUUAUAUCCAAACUUGCAUUGUAUGCACAGUGCUCAGGGCAGCUUCCAACUGUUUUUAAAAAAUAAAAUCCAACAAAUUAACACAGUAGUCAAACAGUAACAAAAAUUUACAACACUAGAGCAGUCAAGUACAGCAAAUAAAUCCAAUAUGAAAAUGAAGGAGUUGGUUCCAUCCACCAGGUCAAAUACCUUCUGGAUAGGUUUUGGCCAGGCUGCAGAAAGCAAGAUAGCUGAACCUCCAGAGUCUGGGACUUCUGCAGCCUCAGUGUGGACAAACGGCCUUCUUCUGCAUCUUGGGAGGAGCUUCCCAUGAUCUCGGCACCACCCCUUUAGUAUCUGAGCCCAUUAUAUUUGGGACUAAUCACAACAGUUUGCUAAUUCAUUUCCAGGUACAAUUCAAUCAAAUUAUAAAAUGGUUGCAAUAAGCUCGCAUAGACAAGUACUGUACCCACUAAAACCUUUGUUGCCACCGUCUGAACAGAGAACAAAAGGCACCAAAUUAGUUGUUGUUUAAGGUCCAAUUCCUUCUCUGACAUGAAUGCCAAAAGAAGCUUUACUUUGAGAUUCAGCUUUUUAAAAUAACUUUUAAAAGGUCUUCUCUGUUUAAUGAAAUGCAAGAUGGAGAUCUAGAUUCUGCCAUUUUACACUGUUGGGACCAAUAGUAAACAUUUUAACUUUAACCAUUGUAGUUUGGUGUGGAGAGCAAAAUGUUAGGUGUAUUUUAGUAUAAAAAGCAAGUCUGACUAUUUCUGGCAAAUAGCUGCUGCCCUUCUCCAUAUGUGUGUGGUGUUCAGUAAUCUGAAGUUACCUGCAUAAAGUCUUCAGAGAGAUGAAACUUUCGUGCUGUUACAAAACACAAAAUAUAAAAUCCAAAUUGGAGUGAACACUAAAGUGAAGAUUUCUUUCUUGCACUUUUCUUUUUUUUCCUUGUAAAUGAUAUGGGCAGCUUUAAAACAAACAAGCAAAAGCACUAAAAUUUGAGUAAAAUGUGGAAGGGUCAUUUGAGGCCAGAUUAAAUUGGUCUGUAAAUAUAGCUCACAUUUGGUCGUCCUUGAUCUAUAUUACAGGAAAGUGGUGGAAGUUGAAUACAUGGAGGAAGUUCAUUUUUGGUAGUUAAAAAACCUCUACCAAAAAUGCACUGCUUCAAUGUCUUGGUGAAUGGAAAUGACGAUACACACUGCUCUCUAGAAAGAAGCUGUGUUCGUUGGAGCUUUUUGUGAAUGAAUAAAUGCAGCAUAGAAACAUCUUACUAUAUUUCUGUUGAAAGAUUAAUCUUGCUGACUAAAGACAGGAACGUAAACAUGAGCUGGGUGGAGAAUUUCUUUCAAACAGGAUGGGAAAUUUGCCACAAAUAUUUAAAUAUAGGCUAGCAGCAUUUGUUUUUUUGACGUCUAGAAUGAGCCAACUCUGGCUAACUUCACAUUUGUUGAGUUAACAUCAUUUGGGUUCCAGGUAUGGAACAGUGAAUUACAGCUGUUCUACCACUAAGUUUAAUGAAUAUCUGUUGUUGACCGAAAUAAUGGGAAAGUAGCUCUGGGAUUUCUCUUUGCUUUUUGUUUUUUAACUUAACAUUCCAAUGUUGGUGUUUGAACAGAAGCCUCUCUUGAUGCUCUGGUAAAGCUUACUUAUAUCUUGAACAAAGCCCUAACUAUAUUACUUUCUCCCCUGACCCCCUGCAUUAAUUGUUCUGCCAUUCAUGAAAUUGUGUGUAUGGUUAAAUGAGCAGAGCAGCUUUGGUUUUCAACUUUAAGUUCCUGGUUUGUUGGGAUUUGUUGGGAAAGCAUCUUGUGGCACCUUUACGAUAAACAGAUUUAUUGUGGCAAAAUCAGCAGGUGCACAUGCAGGGCUAAGUUACUAUGAACUGCAUGGGGUAGCAGUGAUUGUUCGGUUGUGUAAUUUAAGGAUAGAGUGACCCUUGAGAACAAUUUCAUCAGGGGUUUUCCCUUAGAAGCCUGUCCUUCUUCUAGUGUUUAAUAUUGAAUCUCUAUUUUUAAAAAUUGUGUCCUUUUUGCAGUCUUUUAUUACAGAUUAGGAAAUUUUGUGGUCUCUCUCCAGUCCUCUAUGUAGGUUCUGUGCCUGUGGCAAGUAUCCCUCUACAGGAUUCCAGGGCUGUAGCCAGGAAACUGGUUCUUGCGUCUGCUCCCCUUGAGAACACUCUUGUAGCAAUCUGCACAAGCUUCCAGGGGUGUUUAGCUUCUGGCUCGGAUCUUAGAGCCUAUGCUGGACAGAUGUCCCACUAUAAGCUUUGUUGGUUUUCAGUGUAUCUCAAAUGCUAUAUAGACAGUGACAUCUCCUUUGAAAGGCACAGUGGUGCCUCGCAAGACGAAAUUAAUUCGUUCCACGAGUUUUGUCGUCUUGCGAUUUUUUUCGUCUUGCGAAGCACGGUGUCGGGAAAGUUUUGGAAAAGCUUCAAAAAUCACCAAAGUCUUUAAAAACCGCAAAAAGGCUACCACACCACGUUCUAUGAGUUGCUCCUCGACGUCAAGUCGCAACUGUAUUAACGGUGUUAAUAAAAUGGAAAGAACCGUGCAAGACGUUUCCGUCUUGCGAAGCAAGCCCAUAGGGAAAAUCGUCUUGCGAAGCAGCUCAAAAAACAAAAAACCCUUUCGUCUAGCGAGUUUUUUGUCUUGCGAGGCAUUCGUCUUGCGAGGUACCGCUCUACUGUGUUUCCUUGCCAGCCCUUCUGCAUUUCUUCACAUUGAAGAAGAAGACAGUUUUAAAAACAAAUGUUCAGCGUUUAUUUUUGAGGCUUCAGCCAUAUUUCUGGGUAAUAAUGUAAGCAUUUAAAAAUAUUCUCUGUUUGUAAAUUGUGUAAAGAUUCCCCAAGUGUCAUUAAUACGCCAGAAUGAAUCCCUGCCCCUUUCAUGCAAGGCAGAUAAUUGGGAAUAAGAAAGGAGCAGAUUAUUUGUUAAGUUCUAAGAGAGAGAACCUGAGGAUGGAAAAUUUAAAAAGUGGCAGAAAAGAGCAGCCCUGUCCCACAUCACCAAGCAAUAUAAUUGGUAAGCCAUUGUGGGUGUGGGAAUGCAUCAUAUAAGUUUCCGUAGAAAGGCCUAGAAAAUCUGUGGUUGCCAUAAGCAGGGGAAAGGCAACGUUCCUUUAAAGGCAGUCCUCACAAUUUGAGAACACUUGCAAACCGUGCAAACUCCUACUUUUGUGGAUAGCCUCUCAAGCUGUAGUAGGAACAUGUAUGCUGUAGAAAGUCAGGAGAAGGUCAGCUAUAGGAAUUGAAAGAAGUCUUACUAAUUUUUUGUACAAUUCCCUUACGCUCCCUAGGACUCUUUUGUCUAUUGCCAUCUCUCUUAUCAGUGCUUAGGUCCUGAAAGGUGUAUGUUACUAUAUUGCCAUAUAUCUGUGUGUCUUUUCGUCUUAAACUGCUCUGCUUAUGGUGAGUUUGACUCAUCUUGAACCGAUUCCUGAGAAAGGCAAGCAAAGGAGUUAAAAGUUGUGAGGGAUUUACUGUAAAUACUCCUUGCUUUUGGAAGUGCUGACAGAAGCUUAAUUGUUAGGUUCAAGUAUAUUUGUCAUGUGCCAGACAGUGUCAGUCUGCUUGCAGUGAACCGGUUAUGUACUUCCACCCAGAAGAAGUGAGAGAGUGAGAAGCCAGAGGCUGCUUGUGUGUUUUCUGUUUGCUUGUGUUGCAGGAGGGGAUGCGGGGAGGCACUGCUGUUUAACCUAGCUGGUAAUUACGUUCUACAAGAAGGCAUAUAUUACUGUUGCUUGCUUUGCCAAAGCUCUUCAGCAUGAUGGAUGAGAUUUAAAGGUUGAUCUGACUAAAUUGCAGUGAGAAUACUAACGACAAAGAUAUUUCUUUUGUGAAAUAUUCCUACAAGACAUCAUGGCUGUGGCAUAAAUGCUGUAAGAUAAUGGACAAUAAAAGUCACUCAGAAAUAAGACUCUCCCAGGGUAGGGCUGCUGCCUUGUCACACACGUACAGAGCCAGGAGAUAAUGUAAUCACAAGCCAGGGCCAUCAUUUAAAUAUAUCAGUAAUCUUGUAUAGCAUCUUGACAGAUUUAUUUUAUGAGCCAGCGAGAGAGAGAACAUUAUCAGGCAGCAGAGAGAGAAAGGAAGGCAGAAUCGUUUUGGUGCUUAGUUUUCAAAAUAGUUUCAGUCACUUUGUUCUUUCAUGGAGGCCUCAGUAAAAGUUGUUCUGCUUCUUUUACACAUAUAUUCCACCUCGGUCCCAAAUACAUUUUUGUGAAAAUAAAGCCUAUAGAUUGCAACUGACCUUAUAGAAGUGUCUUUCACACUUGCGAUUUCUGUAAAACUUUAGUAUUAAGUGAGAUCCAAACACUGCUCACUGAGUGGAAGUACUGUACUGUACUUCAGUUUCCAUGAGCUGCCCUUUGUUUUGGCUGACAAAGCAUAAUAAUGUCACUUUGCUAUUGAUUUAUCAAGGUCCCCCCCCCCCUUAUUGCCAACCUGUAGCUGAAAAAGAGUGUGCUAUGGCACCUCAGAAAUAAAAGAGCAACAUGUUUUAAGCAGUGAACAUGAGCCAGUCUUGCCAGCCUAUUCUCUGCACUAGCCAGCCUUCUUCCCUACCACAGCUUGCCUUUGGCUGGCAGCCCAGGGUUUCAGGUAGAUGGCUCUGGCAAGGAAACAUGAAGGAAUGUUCAAUGUGCAUAUCACUGAUGUGCCACUGUAUUGCAUUCUGCCAGUCAAUUGUGCUGGGACAGAUUAUUUUGCUGGCUUUAGCUAAAGCCAGUGUAGUUAGCCAACAGAGUCAAGGAGGCUUAUGGAGAUAAGGCGGCUUUCUUCAAAAAAUAAAAGUCUUGUUCAAAAAAAGAACCCACUCUGUGGCAAAAUAAAUGCAAGCAGACAAAAAGAGAUGCCAAAACAAAUCUGAGAAGCACAUCCUUAAAAGCAUUAAGGCCAUUUUUAAAAAAGUAAAUUGGAAACAGGAAACUGGCUAACGAAGUGAUCAGACCUUUGGAUGACAAGGGAGUUAAAGGUGUGCUAAAGGAGGAAAAGGAAGUUUGAUCUGUUACACUGUGGAAGACGUAGGGCAGAUCUUUGUGCCUGAACUAACUUUUUAAGGAAGGAGUCUGAGUAAUUUGAGUGAUAAUGAGAUUGUUCUAGGGCUUAUUAACAAAUGAAAAACAAAUGAAUCACUACUGGUCUGGAGGGGUCUUAAAGAACUGUGAAAUUGCUGAUCUUGUAACAAAAGCAAACAAACAGGCAAUGUCCCUAAGUUCAGCUUCCAUACACAAAGAUGGACAAUGUAACAGCAGUUUGUUUAGAGCAGGGAUGUCCAACUCCAAAGAGACUGCGAUAUACUCCCACUAUAAACACACCAUUGGAUUGACCAAAGUUGUUAAGCUUUUUGGGGGGAGGAAGACCAACAGUACAGUUGUUGAGCUUCUUCUGGGGACACUUCAUCAAAGUUGCAAUCUGCCGGUUGAACAUCUCUGGUUUACAGGAAACCAGGAAAUUACAGGACUAUUAAGAUCUGUUGUGGGAAAACUGUUGGGAAGCAUUAUUAAAGACAGAAAUACCAAUAAUAUAGAGAAAGUGUUUCUGAAGCAGAACCAGCAUGCCUUCUGCAAGCCUAAGUCCUGUCUGAUUAACCCAGUAAGAGUUACUUGAGACGAGUCAGCUUUCAGUAAUGUGGCUUAUCAAAAAUUCCCAAGUAAACUUAGCAGUAAUGGGAUAAGACAACAGGUCCAUCGUAGGUCAGGAAUUGGUUAAGGAACAGGAAACAGAUUUUACAAAGAAGAGAGGUAAGAAGUCCCUCCCCACCAAGGAUCAUUAUUGGGACCUGUGCUCCUAAAUGCAAGUGAGCACUGAGGUGGCAGCUCGCUGAUGAUACAAAGCAUAGGAAGAAGAUAAAGUGAUUGUGAUGAACUCUAAACUGGGUGAAUUGGCAUUAAAAUUAUUUUUAUCGUCAUUCUUCUUCUUAUUAUUAUUAUUAUAAUCAUCAUUUAGUUAUUAAUCGCCUUCUAAACCACAAUGCCAAGGCAAUAUAAGAUAUAUAAAAUAAUUAGAAACGGGUAAAAAAACAACAACAACAGAUACAGUGGAACCUUGGGUUACGUACCUUCCUCCUUACGAACGCUUCGGGUAACAAGCUCUGCUAAUCCGGAAGUAGAUGCUCCUGGUUGUGAACUUUGACCUAGGAUGUGAGUGGAAGUUGUGUGCCGGCAGCAGCAGGAGGCCCCAUUAGCGAAAGUGCGCCUCAUGUUAAGAACGGUUGCGGGUUAAGAACGGACCUCCGGAAUGAAUUAAGUUCAUAACCGGAGGUACCACUGUACGUUUAAAACAAGACUAGAACCCCAACAAGUGGGCACUUGUGAUAAAUACCCGUUUAUCCAGCUGGGAAAACCUGUUUGAACAAAAAAGUCUUUGACUGUUUCUGAAAAGUGCUCAUAGUGGGCUGUUGUAUCUCAACAGGAAUGCUAUUCCACAGGGUAAGGGCAGACACACUAAAGCCCCGCUCCAGAUUACUGUAGAGUGGGCUUCUGAGGUCUUUGGAGAAGCUCUCUCACAGACUGCAGUGAUCCACUUCGUUCUCCCAAUUUCUGCAUUUCCCCUCACAUUAUGAGUAAUGGUGCUUAGGAUUUGGAUUUUGAUAUGCAACACUGGAAGAUGCUUUAGCAAGUUGCAUUGGUUAAAAUGAAGCAAAUCUCAUUCUCCUAUGCAAAUAGGCAGGUAAUAGGGGAAUGUGUUUGUGCAUAGGAGCACAGAAGCAGUGAAUUUAUACACAAAUUUCUGUUAUUGAUUAAACCUUGUUCCCUCUCUAUCCUCCUGUUUUUGAGUAUUCCAGAAAUUAUGCGCAAUAUAUUUCCCCCAACAUUCUGAACUAUGCACCUUUUUCAACUGGGAAAUCUCAGGUGCUGAAUAGCUUUGGGGGUGCUUCAUUUUGGUUUUUAAAUUCAGUGUUUUUAGAGCUAGAAAAUUUUGCCUUUUAGAUUACCUGAAAUGUUUAAGAUUUGGCAUUACUACUGCUCAGUGGCAUUGUGAGCAACAGAGAGGGUUGAGUGCUAGCCAUAUGGAAAACAGCUGGAUAUACACAGCAAGAGGAUAGGUGUGUUGGCAUAGGGAAACAGACAUGUGGGCACAAUUCUUGCUGCUGUGCUUUCUUCUGCUUGGGAAGUAUUCGUUGCUACUCAAGCUGUUUGUUCAUCAGGGAGAAUAAUUUGGCCUGUGGAUGUGAUCUAGGCAUCCAAAGCUACAUGCUUAUACCUUAUUAAGCUGAUCACAGCUGUUAUCGAGGCUGAUUUGGAAAGGGAGUGCGCAUUGGGCAUCUAUCAGGGUGCAUCAGUUAUGAGCAGAGGCUGCUGUUACUGAAGUUACUUUCCUUAAUAGGUAUCCUGUAACUAAUGAUAUUGGGCUUUGCUACCAAGUGCCUUGGGCAUUUUUGCCUUCUAAAGUGCACCUGUCAGAUUUCUGCAGGGGGUGGUGUAAGCUUUGGUUUCCCUUGGUUGCAGGAAUAUUUGCUGGAAUAUCGCUUUUAGAAGAAGUGUAUGUAUGUGUGAGUAAGUGACGGUCAGAGUUCAGGGAGAGAUUCCAAAAUUGUAUUUGCAUACUGUGAAAUGGAGUACCAUUCAGAUUGAGGGAUUCAUUUUAAGUGAUCAAACCCUUCGUCUCCCACAUGUUGGGGAUUGUAUAGGCCUUAAUACAGUGAGCCAGUAUGUUUUAUGGGCAGUUCUUUGUUGUGGCGGUGGUUGUUGUUAUUACAAAUGUUUUUCCCUGCUGGUUUAGGAGCAAGUAAAUUCCAGGCCAGAAACUUGCCUGCAGCUAUGUUGGAAAGGAGAACAAGAACAUCUAAUCCUGGAAAGGAAAAAUGUUCAGUGUAUUUUUCUUUCAGAUAAUAUUGCUAAGUGCUCAGCUGAAGGAAAAUGUGAUAGUUUUAAUAUGAAGAAGAGCGGUGGAAGGGACAUGGAAGAGACUUGAGGGCCUCGGAUAUAAGAUUGCCAGGUUAAUGUGUUAGAUUAAUAGGACAAAAAGGACUGACAAAACCCGGGACCAGGAGGAAGGGACGCUGGAGGAAGUUUGGAUUGCUUAAGUUUCUAUUUCUAUCAUUAGGACUGUUUUACAAAAUUGAUGAAUGUUAGGAAAAUGUUGAAAUGAAAUUAUUUGGCUCUUAUAAAAAUGUUUAAAGAAUUAGGUAAGAAUGUUAUGGUUAGGAGAAGUUGGUAAAAAUUAAGAUUUAAGUUUUAAACUUUUUUUAUAUAUAAGAUAAGAUGAAAAUAGACUAAGGUAAUGUAAGGACAGAAUAUUAUGAAUUAUGGAAAGGAUUUGCUGUGACUAUUAUAAAUCAGGAUACAGGAAAAGGGAGGAGGAGGAGGUCAAGGAAAGAAGGUAUUGAAAGUAGAGAAUUGGAGAAUGAUGGUUUUACUUUUCUUUUUCUUUUUUUUUGUCUUGUCUCUUUUUUUGUGUGUAAUUUUUAAAAAAAUUCUCAAUAAAUAUCAUUUUUUAAAAAAAUGUGAUAGUUUUACUUCAUUUAGAAUAAAAUACAGUAUAAAUUGGCUGAUGGCUUGAUUUAUGCAUAAAAGUAAUCUGAUGGAUGAGCAGGGUUAGAAAAAUCCCUGGUGCCGUGUCACUAAGACACUUAAUAAUAAUUCUGACAAUGGAACAUGUCAAAGAGCGUGGACUUGUGCGAUUUUAUUUAUUUAUUUUAAAAUGUUUCUAAACUACUUGAUAUGUAAAAAAUGUUUACGUGGUAUAUAAGCAGUGCAAACAUAAAAGCAGUAAAACAGUAUCAUGUAAACCAGAGAUAAAAAUGGCAUCAGGACUAGUUUUAUAAAACAAGGAAAGCCUGUGCAAAAAUAUGUCUUAGCAAGAUCUCUGAAGCAAGUAUUUGAUGAUGGUCAGAUAAUUGAUCUAUGGUCAAAGGAAUGGCAUUUCAAGGGGCUAUAGUAGAAAAUUCCCAUUUUGGGAUUGCUGCCAAAUGAUAUUUUGUAUGGUGCCAGGAGUAAAAUUUCCUCAGGUGACCAAAGUGUUGUUAUGGGACCAUACAGGGGCUGGUGGUCCUUCAGGAAACCUGAUCCCAAGUUGUUGUACAAGGCUUUAUAUGUAAGUAACACGAACUCGAAUAUACUUUCAUAGCUAUUAUGCAGCUAGUGUAGUUCCCUCAGCUUUGUUGUUGUUGUUGUUUAGUUGUUUAGUCGUGUCCGCCUCUUCGUGACCCCCUGGACCAGAGCACGCCAGGCCCUCCUGUCUUCCACUGCCUCCCGCAGUUUGGUCAAACUCAUGCUGGUAGCUUCAAGAACACUGUCCCACCACCUCGUCCUCAGUUGUCCCCUUCUCCUUGUGCCCUCCAUCAUUCCCAACAUCAGGGUCUUUUCCAGGGUGUCUUCUCUUCUCAUGAGGUGGCCAAAGUAUUGGAGCCUCAGCUUCAGGAUCUGUCCUUCCAGUGAGCGCUCAGGGCUGAUUUCCUUAAAAAUGGAGAGGUUUGAUCUUCUUGUAGUCCAUGGGACUCUCAAGAGUCUCCUCCAACACCAUAACUCAAAAGCAUCAAUUCUUCGGCGAUCAGCCUUCUUUAUGGUAGUUCUCUCAGCACAGGUACUUAAUUCAGCAACCCGCUGGUAGCAUUCUGUACCAAUUGCAGCUUCCGGAGCAAUCUUGAGGGAAGCUCCACACAGAACUUGUUACAGUAGUUCAAUACAGGAAAGAGCCAGUCCUCAUCAGAGUUACUCAUACAUAAAUCCAUUAGUGCCAGUAGCCCUUACAGUUUUGUGUGACUCAGUAUAACAAAAUUGGUGCCUUGUGAUGCAGUGUAAUAGAGUAAUGUUGCUUGGAUAUGCUUUGUUGGUGUACCUUUGGGUGUAUUUCUGCAAAAUUGUAGCCAUUAUGGGGGUUAAAUUAGUGGAUUGAGUUUUGUGUUGUGCAGCUCAGCAGUUCUGAUUACGGCCAUACAAUUUAACUUCUGGUUGUACAGUGUUGGGAGCUGCAUUAUUAAUUGUGUCAUAGUAGAACCCCUAUAGGGACGCAGGUGGCGCUGUGGUCUAAACCACAGAGCCUAGGGCUUGCCGAUCGGAAGGUUGGCAGUUCGAAUCCCCGCGACAGGGUGAGAUCCUGUUCCUCGGUCCCUGCUCCUGCCCACCUAGCAGUUCAAAAGCACACCAAAAAGUUCAAGUAGAUAAAUAGGUAUUGCUCCAGCGGGAAGGUAAACGGCAUUUCCGUGCGCUGCUCUGGUUCGCCAGAAGUGGCUUAGUUAUGCUGGCCACAUGACCCAGAAGCUGUAUGCCAGCUCCCUCGGCCUAUAGAGCAAGAUGAAUGUGCAACCCCAGAGUCGUCCGCAACUGGACUUAACGGUCAGGGGUACCUUUACCUUUAGAACCCCUGUAAUUUUCUUUAUAGCGUUGAACAGGGUUGCUUCUGCCAAAUACUGCUGGUGUACAAACAGGUGGAUAUAUGUUUUUUUAUGUGUCUGGUAGGGUGUGAAGAUGCAAGCAUAAAAAUCCAGCCUCUGUAUUGAGUAGGGUUUAUAGGCCCACUUUCCCUCUUGCAUCAAUGAUAGCAAGCAGAAAACUUUCCUUUGAGUUGCUCCAUAAUUCAUUUCACUCAUCAACUUGAUUUAACAGCCAUCAAAGGCUUUAUUUGCAGUUACAAAUGAAAGAAGUCAGAUUUGGAAUUCUGAAUUUGGAACUAUAUCACUAUGCUUAUUUACUGUCAAUAACUAAAUAUUGAAAACCUGGUCUUAAUUUUCUGACAUGGGCAACCCUAGAAUACACACAUAUAGCACCUUUGGUUGGUUGGAUAAUACAGUACUAGGAUUAAAAUAUUCAAAAUCCCAGAUGAUUCUGGAAGCAGUUGUUAGACAAUAAUAGUUAUUAGACAACAUAUUCCAUAUCCUUCUUAAUUAGAAGGAUAUGGAAUACGUUGUCUAAUAAAAACAAAUUUGAUGCAUUCUCACAUGCCAAAAUUACUUUGUGGGGAAACCCCAAUCUAAAAAUUGGCUGAAAGCAGGUACAUUGACUUUGAAACAAUGGAUCAAUAAGGAAGAUUAAUUUUAUACCUGUGCUGUUUUAAGACAAAAAUAUCAUCUAUCAGCUGUGGCCCAAUGGCAAUAUCUUCAGUUACAAUGUCUCCUAACACGUAUGUUUGGGCCAGCAGCAUUUCAGCUUCCAAGGCACCUAAGAUCACCUAAGAGCAAUUGAACAAUUUGUUUGAAACUAAAAAAACCAGUGAUUACUUUUUAUAGAUAUUUAUUAAGAAUAAAUAAGUUCAAUAUGCAGACUUUAAUAAAUAAUUGGAAUAAAGAAUUGGAACUUGCAGUAUUACCCAGACAGUUGAAAAUGUUUUACCCGUGAUACCAAAGGUAUCAGUGACCUUUACAUUAAGACUUACACAACAAAAAAUAAUAUCCGGAAUUUAUUGGACUCCUUUAUGUUUGUAUAUUGAAUCCCCGCGACGGGGUGAGCUCCCGUUGCUUGGUCCCUGCUCCUGCCAACCUAGCAGUUCGAAAGCACGUCAAAGUGCAAGUAGAUAAAUAGGUACCGCUCCGGGGGGAAGGUAAACGGCGUUUCCGUGCGCUGCUCUGGUUCGCCAGAAGAAGCUUAGUCAUGCUGGCCACAUGACCCGGAAGCUGUAUGCCAGCUCCCUCGGCCAAUAAAGCGAGAUGAGCACCACAACCCCAGAGUCGGCCACGACUGGACCUAAUGGUUAGGGGUCCCUUUACCUUUACCUUUAUGUUUGUAUAAAAAGGGCUAUGUUGGAGGUGUAGCAAGGACAGUGCCUCUUUGAAAUAUACAUGUGUACAAUGUUCUUUACUUGUUAAGUUUUGGAAGAAAGUGCUGGACUGUGUGACUACAGAAAAAGUUAAAACUUUCAUCAAAGAAUAUUCUUUUUAAUUAUAUACCCAUUGUAUGGAAGUUCUAUGCACCCUUAUGGUGGCCAAGAGACUGAUACUGAUGAAUUGGAAGAAUAAAGAUAUGAUGCCCUUUAAUCAAUGGGUUGACAAUAUGACAACACUUGCAACUUAUGAAUGGACUGCUUAUAGCUGUAGACUUUGCUUGGAUAAAUAUGACAUUUGGAAUGAGUUUAUACAGAAUGUAGUAGGCUAUUAAUACCUACAUAUAUGUUAGGAUAAUAACAUAUAUUUAUAUAAGAAUGUAUUUGAGUAUAUACGUUGUAUUUUUGUAUUUGUUUCUACACAUUUUCUCUCUUUAUUUCCUUAUUUUUCUUAUUUUUCUUUUUCUUUAUGACUGAAAUUCUUUCAAUAAAAGAGUAAUACUAAAAAAAAUUUUUUUUUUAAUUAGACCGUCAGUUAAGCCAGAACUGCUUCACCUUAGAAUUUCUGGAAAUGUCACCCUUAAAGAAUAGUGCCGGAAGCUUUCCCCUUUGCACCAUUUGCAUUUAUUAGCAGUGGCGAUUAGAACAUACUAUCUUGUUAACCAGCCUGCCUUUUCAGAAACUACACUUACUAGUCUAUGAUAAAAUUCCCCAGGACUUAUCUCAGAGCUUUCCAAACUGUGUGUCAUGACACAUUAGUGCAGGGGUAGGCAACCUAGGGCCCAUAGGCCACAAGUGGCCCAUGGGGGUCGUUUAACUGGCCCACGAGCAACCCCCCCGAACUGAGCCACUCACUUGGCAAGUCCCAGCGUGCUGUGCUAAACCAGCGCAGCACGGGGACUCGCUUCCACAGUGCCGGAAAUUGCAUCUACGCAGGCACCGGAAAUCAUGUCGACGCAGACGCCAGAGAUCACGGGCGCACAGGUGAUCUGGCCCAUGGAGGGAUCUCCGCUGGAGUGAACCAUCCCAGGCGAGGUACACCUCAGCCGAUCCCUGCAUUAGUGUGUCGGCUGCAGUGUGUAGGUGUGUCAUGUGAAUGCUCCCAGCACUCCUCCUGGAGAUGGAAAGGGGUUAGUUUCACCGUCGGUUUGCUAGUAAAACUGAAUUACUAUGUCGUGAAGUGAUGUAUGUCUAAAAAAGCAUGUAACCAACAUGAAAAGUUUGGAUAGCUCUGGCCUGUCUCUUUUUAAGUUUCUUGGAAAUAACAAAGGAAAUACUCUGGCUUUGCAAUCAAGUUUGCAGUUAUUUCUAACCUAUUAGCAAUCAUAAUAACCCACCUUGCUGUAUGUACAAAGUUUAAUCAUUGAGUUGCGUCCAGUGUCCUGAAUUAAAAGCAAAAUAUAUUCUACUUUACCAAAGGCUUCAAGCACAGCUUGUUUUCCCUCCUCCAGGCCACCACUGUGUCCUGGAACUGGUCCAGGGCUUUCACAGUCUCUCCUGAUUUAGAUGUUAUGGAGGAAUAGAGUUGAGUGUUAAUAGCCUACUGAUGGAAUUUUGCCCCCGAACACCCAAAGAACGCUCCCAGCAGCUUCUUAUAGAUACUAAACAACAUUGAGGAUAAAAUGGUGUUCUGUGGCAACCCAUAGUGUAAUUGCCAGGUAACAGAUGCUAUGCUCUCCCAAGGCUACUCUCUAGUCCUAUUGACAGGACUGGGGCCACUGUAACAUGGGGUCCCCAAUUCCCAUUCCAGAGAGCUGGUCCAGGAGGAUGCCAUGAUCAUCAAAAGCAGCGAAGAGCAGGAGCAAUGUCACACUCCCCUUUGUCCUGCUUACUGUAAAGGUCAUCCAUCACAGUGACUUGUCGCAUGGCCAGCCCUUAACCCAGAUUGGAAUGAAUCUAAAUAAUCUAGAUACGUGGAUUAUAAUCAGAUCUCUACAGUGGUAAAACAUCUGCUUUGAAUGCCAAAGACCCCUGGUAGGGUUGGGAAAAGGCUCAAUCCUGAAUCCCGGAAGAGUCACUGCUGAUCAGUGUAGACAAUACUUAUCUAAUGAAUGGCAGUAGUGGACCAGUGGUCUGACUCUGUAUAAGGCAGCUUUCUAUAGUGUGUCUACUUUAAAAGUAAAGAUAGUGCAGUCUAUUGAUUCUCUUGCUCAGGGUAGGGUAGUUUUUUCACCAGCAGAAGUAGGCAUCUGUCUGCAACUUGCUGCCUUGCCUCUCGUGAGUUUUGCUCUGAUCUACCUAUAGCAUGUUUUCCCAGCAUCCCAGAAUAGCUGCUAGUUUUGAGCAGGACAGUGUGUCCCUUGGGUGUCAGCAAGAAUCAGUGUUGGUAUCAUGUGAGCUGACACAUAUCACUUUUCAAAACUGAUAUUUUGUCGUUACUCCUUUCAAAGCUUUGCAAGCAAAGAUGCUUUGAAACAAGUAGCCAAACUGAAUUACUUGUGGCAGCUGUACUGUCCUGAGCUGCUAAUGGCUGUCUCUUAUCUUUCAUAGGAAGCAAGCACACCUUGUCUUCCCUGCAGCACCCAAAGAAUCAUGAGCCUACCAGAAGCAUGUGUGCUCUCCAUGUGUGUGUUGCUGACAGACUGAGCUUCACAGUUUCAGAAAGGAGCCUGUUUCUGUUUGGGAUAACUCAUGGCUCAGUGCCUGUGAGGAAGUCACCUUAAACUAGAACAGCAGGAAUGUGCCAUUUGGAAUUCUUGUACUUUAAUUCUUGUACUUUAGUAUGAAAUUUACACCGUUCACAAAUAAAAAGCCAAGGGUUAAUUCUGACAAAUAUUAAAACAUCCCUGUGCAAUUUGUAUAGCUUUUAUGAAAUGUUCUAUAUCAGAAAUCCCAUUCAUGGUGCUCUUUGAGAAGUGUGUUUUUCAAAGGAGGACUGUCUAGUUGUACGCAGAAAACCCACAAACUGCUGCAAUACCUAAAACAGUGUGGAUGGUGAUAAAAUGCUGACACCUCCAAAGAACUGAGAAAUACCACAAACAUCCUUGCAAAUUAGAUAUGGCUGUUGAUUUCUCAGUUUCUUCUGUUCAGCCAGUCAUCUGCUUCCUUUCCUUCUCCUGUGUACUUUCAGAGCUGUACAUUUCAGUCACAUGGUACUAAUUCAUUGUCUGGUAAUCUCUAGCCCUUUACUUCAGAUUUAACCAAACAAUUGUAACAGGACCGGAUUUUACCCCUACCCAUUCCCAGCAAUUGCAGUGUUUACCAAAUUCUCUUUUACAUAUUGACUCAGUUUCUAAAACGGGGAGCAGAAGUGUUUUUUUGAGAAAUGCUACCCUGUAAAUGUGAUGUCAUUUCUAGUGAAUGAGUAAGACAAGAAGUUAGUGAAACUGAUAGCUGUUCAUAUUGUUGUCUAGUGGGAGAAGUUGCAGCUUGAUUGCUUUGUAGGCUGGAGUUCUGUGCUUCUUGUCUGUGGGUUUUGUGUUCCUUUUCACUCCUUUUAUUCCCCCCCCGGAAUAAAUUUUAUUGGUGCUGAUAGAGAAAAAUACAAAACUUAAUAUGAAAUAUUCUCCCUUUUUUUAUCUAAAUACAAUAAGAACAUAAAGAGAAGGAGGGGGGAGUAAAGGAAUAAAGAACAUGAAAUAGAAAGAAAGAAAUAGAAAUAGAAAAGAGGUUAGCUGAGAGAGAAAGAGAGAAAAAAUUCAGAAGGUAAGGGACUUCCGAUUCUUCAUCUGUCCGCUAUAAACAACGUUCAUUUCAUCCACUCCAAUAUAAGAUCCAACAAAGCAGCUAGAUUUCUCCACAAACCUUCCCCUCUGCAGGGAGGUGGAGCUGAUUUGGAUGGCCCACCCCGCCACUUAACAGAGCCAAAUGGUUUCCAGAGAGUGGUAGGGGAUGUUUUAUCCCACGUUGAUGCCCUUUCAGCUGAUUCCCUGGAAUGCAGAGUUAACCAGGGCUAUCACCGUCUGGCUCCAAAGCGCCCUCUCCAGUUGCAUGGAGCGCAGAUGGCCCCAUAGUUUUCCAUGAAGCUGAGGGCAAUGAAACAAUUGCAAAGUUGGCUAGAGCGCCAGGAUGAAAAACUUGUUCUGAACUGAACACGGGUUAGAGCUCAACGUUGAGCCUACCAAGUGGUGAUAGCUACAGGGAAGAGGACCUUCUUCACUACCUGUAUUUCAUCUGUGGAAAACGGUACCAGGAGACUCUUUCAGGUGGUUUGUAGUCUAACAGAACCACUUUUGCCAUCACUCUAGUUGCAGUGUGUAGUGUUUUCCAAGCAGGCAUUCUGAUUGUCUUCUCUCUAGUCACCCAGCUGUGGACUCUGGACUGCCUUUGAGUUUUAUCAACACAAAUCUGCUUGGAUUUUUUUUGGAGGAACUUCAGAAAUGGUAUUAGUGCUCUAGUCUCUGCUUUAAAAACAAACAAAACUGUUGUGGCUGUGGAAUCUCAACUUGGCAGCUAUCCUAAAAAACUGCAGUUCUGUGUUUAUCCUUAAAGUGCCGCAAAACUUGGUUCUUGCUACAAACAGCUAACAUGGCUCUUUCCCUCUAGAAUGUCUCCCUCUCUGUUGUUGUUGUUGUUGUUGUUGUUGUUGUUGUUGUUAUACAGUAUAAAACAUCCAAAUCCAUAAUCCAAAAAGUGACCAGCAUAAAGCUAAAAAUACUAUAAGAAAAAUGGCACAAUUUUUUGCAGUCCAUGUUGAAACCAAAGCCUAAAGGCAGCAGAGAAGAGAUGGUUUUUGAAGCCUACAGUCCAGGGAUGGGGCUGUAGAAUGAUACCCCACAAUUAAUUUAAAUUCUUUCUUUUAGUUAGCUUUUGUCAUACACUGUAUGAGGUCAAAUAUUUAACGUCAGUGCUUUACAGACUUGUUCCUGGGGAGCAUUACUAAGUGUCCCUAAUGUUACUGCUGCUUCCCUCUUGAUCCUGACUGCCUCUGGAGACUUUUAUUUCUAGAAAGGAAUUUACAGAAGCCUGGGGAAUAUUUCCCACUGCUGGGAAGCUGUAGAUGCUUCUCUGGGAUUUGGGGUCAUAUCUUCCAGCUGCCUCGGCAGUAUACUUUGGAAGUGUCUUGGUUGGAUCUUUGCACCGACUGAUGAGGGGAAGUGUCUUCAUGGUGCAAUGAAGUUCCCCUGGCAGUGGCAUGCGCAUGACAGGGUAGCGGCAAGUGGGAAGAAUCCAAGUUGACAUAAGCAUUGUAGCUAGAAUGUGUCGUGUUGCAAGUUAGUUUUAUGAAGGACUUGCAAUUACAAGCAUCUGUGAGCAACUCAUGUUUAACAUCAGUCAUAACACAACUCUGUCUGGGUUGCGUCAUUCUGGUACCACAGAAUUGUCACAGGUUUGCUCACAGCUAAAGUUGGCAGUAUUACUUUCUUCUUCUUUGAGCCAGAAGAGGAUAACAUGGACCACAUCUGCUAUUAUAUUUCAUGAAUGUAACCAUAGAAGAGGAUCCAGUCAUUGUAGCCUAAUCUCCAUAUGUUUAGACUGUCACAUGGGGUUUUUUUAAUGGUCAAAAAAGUAAUGUUUGGUGUUCUUUCAUUUUCUGCAUUAUCUCCUCAGACAGGAAUUUGCAUUUGCCUUCGUUGACAGCUGUAACCAUUAUAUAUAAGCAGUUGCACUUAAAUAAGGGUUUUGUGGAAUAAUUAAAAAUGGCAAACUUUUGCUUCUGUGACAUUCAGAAGAAUGUGCAAGUUUGUAUUGAAAUAUUAGAUGCUUGCUAUGCCUUGCUUCUCUCUUGCUGUGCUUGGAAUAUAGUGAGUGUCCUCAACCUCUCAUGUCCUUAUGUGGGCAAGGUGGAAGGUCCUGGGUCAGUAUUCUGUGAAAAUGUGUGACAAACUGGUACUUAUCUUUCUAGGGUCUCCCUUCCCUCUUGUGAUGGUAAAAGCGGCCCAGUCCCCAUAUAUCCUUUGAGGAUAAAUACGCUUCAGGAUAAGUAUUUUCGGGUUGCGCCCCACAGCAACCUGGAAGUAACGGAGCGCGUUACUUCCGGGUUUCGCCGCUUGUGCAUGCGCAGAUGGUCAAAAUGACGUCACGCGCAUGCAUGGAAGCGGCGAAACGCGACCCGCACACACACAGACGCGCAGUCGCAUCUUACGUUCUGUUCAGGAUACGAAUGGGGCUCUGGAACGGAUCCCGUUCGCAUCCUGAGGUACCAUUUUACUGCACACCUGCGUGGCUGUGCACACACAGAGGAUCCCAGGAAACAUGGGGCCUGGGUGCUAGCAGCAGCUAUAAGCAGUGAAGGACAAAAGGGAGAGAAUGGCAGUGAGAGAGGAUGAGGCAGACGUUUCUGCUAGCUUCUUUAUCAAGAAUAUGGUCCUUGUGGGAUGUAGAACUUGUGAUACUGGUCAGAUAAUUGCCUGUGAUGGGGGGACAGGGAAGAACUCCUGUUCAAAUGUGAAGUUGUAUGUAUAUCACCAGAGAAUAGUGACCCUUACUGGUUCUUCCUGCUAAUCCGCUUGAGUUCAGCCAUGUAGGUGCCUUUUGCUUUGACACAGGUGUGUUCUUGGUUCCACAGAGCUUAAAGGCAAAGUCUGGAAUGUUACUAUGGAAGGACAGCACAGUCAUCCUCAUCAUCUGGGGGACCAGAACAGCCCGCUCUGCAAAGUGGCGAGCCAGGAAUACCAGCAUGAUGCACAAGUAAGCAGCCGUUUUCUUUCUCAUGGUCCUCUGCUUCAAAUAUUUAACAACUCUUAAAAUCAAUAAUUAUUAUCAAAAUUUAGGAUGCCAUUAGCAUUACAAAAUCUAUUUGUGGAAAAACAGGGAAGUUCCUGACCAGAAUGCUUGAAGCAAGUAUUCCUCCCACAUCAUACCAGCUAAUCUUUUUCUUUAUGUGACUGUGGAGUCACUGUAGUGUAGUGGUUAGAAUCACAAAACUGGGUCACCCAGUCCAACCGCCUGCAGUGCAGGAAUCUCAGCUAAAGCAUCCAGGACAGGUGGCCACCCAACCUCUGGUUAAAAACCUCCAGUGAAGGAGAGGCCAUGUCUCCUGAGGAAACCUGUUCCCCUAUGGAACAACUCUUCUGUCAGAAAAUUCUUCCUGAUGUUUAGUCGGAAUCUCCUUUCUUGUAUCUUGAAGGCAUUGUUUCAAGUCUUGCCCUCCAGAGCAGGAGAAAACAAGCUUGUUGGUCUUGGAUUGGGGAAACCCAUGUUUAAAAUCCCCGUCCAGACAGAAAAGGGCUAGUCCCUGCCAGCAUCUGCCAGCAUACCUGCCUCACAGGAUUGCUAUGAUGGACUACUGCCAUGCGCUCUACGUGGGGCUACCUUUGAAUGUGACUCAGAAAUUACAGUUACAGUCUAACCUGGGUUCCCGAAUGAAUGCCUCCAUUAUCGUACAUUUUGGCUCCCUAAUGUUGAAAACCCAGGAGUAAAUGCUCCGGUUUUCAAGUGUUUUUCGGAACCUGAACAUCCAAAGCGGCUUCCGCUUGAGUGCAAGAAGCUAUUGCAACCAAUGGCAAGUUGCGCCUCGGUUGUCAAACGUUUUGGAAGUCGAACAGUCUUCCAGAACAGAUUACAUUUGACAACUGAGGUUUGACUGUAAUCCAAAAUGCAGCUGCCAGACUCAUGACUGGGAGUGGCUGCCGAGACCAUAUAACACCGGUCCUGAAGGACCUAGAUCGGCUCCCAGUACGGUUCUGAGCACAAUACAAAGUGUUGGUGCUGACCUUUAAAGCCCUAAAUGGCCUCGGCCCAGUAGACCUGAAGCAGCAUUUCCACCCCCAUCGUUUAGCCCGGACAUUGAGGUCUAGUGCCGAGGGCCUUCUGGCGGUUCCGUCCCUGCAAGUAGUGAAGUUACAGGGCACCAGGCAGAGGGCCUUCUCGGUAGUGGUGGCCGCCUUGUGGAACGCCCUCUCAUCUCAUCAGAUGUCAAGGAAAUAAACAACUAUCUGACUUUUAGAAGACAUCUGUACAGGGAUGUCUUUAAUGUUUGAGGGGUUUUUUGUGUUCUAAUAUUUUGUUGGAAGCUGCCCGGAAUGAUGUUGUUGUAAUAAAUGUUCAAUCUCUCUUUCUAUGGCCAUGUCACAUUUCUUAAGUGUAGUAUUGCAUAUUGCGUAUAGUCAUGCAUAUUAAAGAGGUCUACUGUGAAGAAGCAAUACUAGCUUUCCUUAAGCAUUGGGUUGCUGUUGCCCAUCAAUACUGCAGAAUUAUGAAUCCGGCAAGGCUCUUCCUGGAAAAGCAGUAACAUUUGGAUUGUGAGUCCUGCCAUUCAUUGCUGAGCUAAUUCAGUAAGAGAGCAAAAGCGAAGUACAACAAUGAGAUCUAGAAAAAAACAGUGAAUUGCUUGUGAACACAUGGUGCUCAGUGCUGCGUUGAAAUAGCCUGUGUGGAACGCUCCCCCCCUCCCCUACUGCAGUAAUUUGUCAUAUUAAGUCAUUUAAUAGUAAUUGAUCUCCUUGAAUUAGCCAAGUUACAUUUUAAGCAAUUAGGGUUAAUUACAGUCUCAUUUGGCAGGAUGGAGCCCGUGUAAUUAUUCCAUGAACAAGAUUAGGAAGUGUUCUUACGCAGCAGAUACAUUCAUGGCUUCUUAGAGCACAUGUUGGAAUUUCUAAUGACAUAGUUAAAUGUAAUUAGUGGCUAAUACUGUCUUCUCCUGUGGGCCUGACAGGAUGCAUCAUUGUCAGAAGUGGUCAUUUUUAAGUGCAUUUUUGGCCACUUCCAGCCUCUGUUAAAGUUGUGUCUAUACUCUUGGACUCAAGACUGGAGAUGGAGGAGGGAGACCAAUGAAGAUGAUUAAGGGUUUGGAAGCUUGUCCUGCAGAGAGGCUUAAAGAACUGGAACUACAAGAGAAAAGACUGAAGGUGGGGAUGAUGUGGUAGCAGCUCUUGAGUCUCUUGGAGGCUAUUAUUAAAGAGGAUAAUGUAUUGAUCAGAGCUCCUGUUUAAGGUAUUGAGAAGCCGCUUUCAAUUGGAUUUUAAGAAACAUACUUGGCUGUACUAAGAAUUAGGCAAUGGAGCGGAUAAUCUCCGGAAUCUGUGGAAUUGCCUUCCAUGGAUGUUUGACGGACAGUGUCUGAUGAGCUCUUUUUUUCCUUUCAGUUUUUCAGUGAAUUUUCUUACUUAUUUCUGAUCUUGUUCUAGAUUUACUGAGCUUCUUGAAUACAUUUUUGUUCGUAUUGAUUGCAGUAGUUUACUGCUACAUUAUUAAAUGUGGAUCGAUUUGUGAUUUGAUAAAGCUUAACAGAUUUUGGCAGACUGGGUUUCUGACAGUUUGUUUUUGUAUUGUUGACUAUAAUCCUUGUACUUUAUAUUGUAGAGAUUAAGAGUGAAAUGACAGCUAUUAUUGUUAACUGAAUCACUACACAUUAUUGAAUUGACGUUAACAGGAGCUGAUUUUUAUUUUUUUUAGAGAAGAUUGUUGGUUGAGAAAAUGGAGUUGGUCUGAUUGAUAUGUCAGGUAUUUGUCUCAAUGGGCAGUAAGGAGAGAAGAUACCAGAAAUAAUUGUUCCAUUUUUUCUCCUGGAAUAAUAAUAACCAUAACAAUAAAACAAUAACAAUAAUAAUUUUAUUAUUAUUUAUACCCUACCCAUCUGGCUGGAUUGCCCCAGCUACUCUGGAUGGCUCCCAGCACAUAUAAAAACAUAAUAAAAUAUUAAACAUUAAAAACUUCUCAAUACAGGGCUGCCUUCAGGUGUCUUCUAAAUGUUGUGUAGUUCUGUAUUUCCUUGACAUCCGAUGGAAGGGUGUUCCAGAGGGAGGAAAUAAGAGUCAUUUUAGCAAACUAGCUCAAGAUGUAGAAGAAUAUAUCAAUUAUGCAAUCAUUGUUGUACUUCAAAAUGUGAUUGUCUUGGUAGACAUUAAAAUAUUUUAGCACCACUCAGAUCACAAAAUGGAUUGAAGUUAUUUUAAAAGAUCGUCCUUUUGGGGAGACUGUGGAGAGAACUUUUCAAAAAACAAAUAGGGUUAUUUUAUACUCAGCAGAGAGAAAAUGUCUUAGGAAUAGCCUUCAUAAGUAUGGGGUUCCUGGAAAGUCAGAUGAUAAUCCUUUUAAAUGGCACCACUGUUUAUCAGAACAGUUACAUAGCCAGAAGCAUGGGAUGUCUUCCUUAUCAGAGGGUAUUUUGGUCUCCCAAUGACUGGUUUAGGUCAGUGCCAGGAUUAGGUCAUCUGUUUUUCAUCUUCUGUCCAUGUUUUGAUUAGAUCUUAUGACUGGUGAUUAAGGAUCUUUUACUGUAAAAUUUUAGCAAAAUGGUUAAUCAGUGUAGGAUAAAACUACUAUCUAACCUUCCUCCAGAGAUAGAGUUUCCCCACCCUGGGACUGCACACUGAACAGUGCACUAUAAAUUCCUAGAACUAAACAAACUAUGACCAAGUAUGGCUAUUUGAAAUUAUUGGGCUUGCUUACUUUUGUAUUUGUAUCUUGAUUGCAUUUGUACUGGAUUUCAUCUAUAACAUUCUGAUAUGCUGUAGAACAAUAACUUCCUUAAAGUCAAAAUUCAUAACAACAACAAAAAAGAUGGGUGAGUUUUGAGAAUGCCUAAGGCAACCUGCUCCAACCUGGUGCCCUCUGGAUGUUUUUGGAUUGCAACCCCCAUCCGCCCCAACCAGCAGAGCCAGGGGUGCAGGGUAGUGAGAGUUGAAGUCCAAUAUUAUCUGGAGGGUACGAGGUUGGGGAAGGCUGGUUUAGAGAAUUCAGGUACUAUACAGUGGUACCUUGGUUCUCAAACUUAAUCUGUUCCAGAAGUCCGUUCCAAAACCAAAACAUUCCAAAACCAAGGUGCGCUUUCCCAUAGAAAGUAAUGCAAAACGGAUUAAUCCGUUCCAGGCUGUUGAAAAACUACCCCUAAAAUGCUUCUCCCCACCACCCCAAUCAGCACGAUCUUUCGAUCUCUCUCUCUCUCUCUCUCUCUCAAAACAGAAGUGCAACACUAAAAAUGGAAACUCAGGACACGUUCAACUUAAAAAUAUAUAUAUUGAGAACUGGAACGCUCACUUCCGGGUUUGCGACGUUCAGGUUCUAAGUUGUUCAUGAACUAGGCUGUUCGAGAACCAAGGUACCACUGGACGUAACUUUUGUGAUCCAUUGCAACUCUGGUUUUUGUUCUGAAAGGCAAAACAUCCCUUUCACAUUAACUGUCACAUUGUCCACCAAACAUACAUCACAAGCACAUAGACUUCUUGCGUUCUAAAUGAUUAUGCAAAAGUGGGAGCAGUAGUUGUUUUGUGGGCUUUCAUAUACAGAGUUGGGGAACCACUUUUGGGAAAGGGAAUAAAGUUGCAACAUUGACAGAUAAAUUGGUUACGUGCCACAAUUUGCUGCAUACACGUCCCGGAAGACUUGAAGAGGUGGUUUAGAAUCAUCCCUUGCUGCUUGUCUGCAGUAUUUAUAUUUAGUGUUAUAGUUAACCUUUUCCUUAUGACUCACAAUAGAACUUUCUAUUUAGAAGUUUUCUAAUUACAGUAAGUGAAUAUAUAACUAGAAUUGCUGCCAGUUUGUUGUCAGAUCCACACUGCAUUGGUGUAGGUUGGAAUGGAGAGAAUUUUCUUAGCUAAAGGUGGCAAUAACUCAAAAUUCGUUGGCAUUUCUAAUGGGGGAAAUGUUUAAAAUCUGCACUCUAUUAUUCUUGCUGCCUACUAAUUUGGUUUGAUACUUUUAUCAAGCCAUUUCUUAGUGCUUGAAGCUAAUGCAACAAAUUAAUUUUAGUUAGUGUUGCCUUAAGUGAGACUUAAAUAAAAAUGGCUCCUGAAAUAAUAAUAAUAGUAAUAAUAAUAAUAGGUAAAGGUAAAGGGACUCUUGACCAUUAGGUCCAGUCUUGGCUGACUCUGGGGUUGCGGCGCUUAUCUCGCUUUACUGGCUGAGGGAGCCGGCGUCCAGCUUCCAGGUCAUGUGGCCAGCAUGACUAAGCCGCUUCUGGCGAACCAGAGCAGUGCACGGAAACGCCGUAUACCUUCCUGCCAGAGCAGUACCGAUUUAUCUACUUGCACUUUGACAUGCUUUCGAAUGGCUAGGUUGGCAGGAGCAGGGACCGAGCAACGGGAGCUCACCCCGUUGAGGGGAUUCGAACCGCCGGCCUUCUGAUCAGCAAGUCCUAGGCUCUGUGGUUUAACCCACAGCGCCACCCGUGUCCCUAGUAGUAAUAAUAGUAGUAGUAGUAGUAGUAGUAAGAAGAAGAAGAAGAAGAAGUAGUUUAUACCCCACCUACCUGGCUGGGUUUCCCCAGCGACUUUGGGCAGCUCCCAACAGAAUAUUAAAAACACGAUAAAACAUCAAGGGAACUCCACAGCUUGGUUUUCUGUUUUACAGUGUUCAUGUUAACUUAAGACAUUGUGGGUUCCUUUGUUCAGUUUUGAUACAUGUGGAACUGUCUUAUUCCAGGACAGGUGAUAUGCCCAUCUCUCUACUCUGACUGGCAGCAGUCCUCCAGGGUCUUCAGCAGAGAAGAGCGUUUUCUUUUCCCCCUUUUUAAUAAUUUUUACAACAACAAAACAUCACAUAAAAAAGAAAAAAACAUAUCGUAUUUUUCGCCCUAUAGGACGCACUUUUCCCCUCCAAAAAUGAAGGGGAAAUGUGUGUGCAUCCUAUGGGGCAAAUGCAGGCUUUCGCUGAAGCUUGGCGAGUGGGGGGGGUCGGUGCGACCCCACCCCUCUCACUCUCCAGGCUUCAGGAAGCUAUCCGCUAGCCGUGGGAGACGCAGCUCUCCCACAACUAGCGGAGAGCUUGCCGGCACCCAGAAGCUAGGGGCGCGCUGAGCUCAGCACGCCCCAAGCUUUGGGCUUUGCGCAGCACUCCGCUAGCCGUGGGAAAGUCGCGUGGCUCUCCCAUGGCUAGCGGAGAGCUUGCCGGCACCCAGAAGCUUGGGGCGCGCUGAAUCCCCUGACUUCACCCUUGCCUCAGUUCCCUUGUUCUAUGUUGUUCAUGCAUGUCCAUAAAUUCUUUACCUCAUUUUACUUUCCAAUUUUAUACCUUAUCUAUAAUAUUACAAGCAUUUUUUUGAAAAAAUCCUGCUAAUGUAUUGACUUGUAUGCAUUGCUUUUGUAUAUAUGCAAUAAACAUUCCCCAUUCCUUUUUAAAUUUAUUGUCUUCUUGGUUUUGAAUUCUCCCGGUUAAUUUAGCCAUUUCCGCGUAUUCCAUUAACUUAGUUUGCCAGUCUUCUUUAGUGGGGACUUCCUCUUCUUUCCAGCGUUGUGCUAAUAAUAUCCAAGCGGCCGUUGUUGCAUACAUAAACAAAGUCUUGUAUUUUUUCGGUAUGUCCAAUCCUGUGAUACCUAAUAAAAAUGCUUCUGGUUUUUUAACGAAUGUUAUUUUGAACAUUUUUUUCAAUUCAUUAUAUAUCAUUUCCCUUUUUUAAAAUAACCUUACAUUGCCACCACAUGUGGUUAAAAGUGCCCUCCGCUGCUUUACAUAUCCAACACUUAUUAUCUUUUGUUUUAUACAUUUUUGCUAAUUUAACCAGAAUUGGGUACCAUCUGUAUAAUAUUUUCAUAUAAUUCUCUUUAAGUAAAACACAGGCCGUAAAUUUCAUGUCAUUCUUCCAUAGUCUUUCCCAAUCUAUCAUUUGAAUCCAAUGAAUUUGAUUUUGAGAAGAGUGUUUUCAGUCUUCUUUGCAGAUUUAUUUUUUUUUUUAGCUGGAGAUGCCAUGGAUUAAACCUAGAAACCUUUGCAGGCAAGGCAUGUAUUCUGCCAGAAUUUGCAGUGUUAAUGUGUGUUUAUAUCUGCUUGUUCUCAUAUCUAUUUGUGUGCUCUCUCUUGUGGAGCAACUGGACUGUCCCUGAGGAGGUUUAAUGGUAUGAUACUUGCUCUAUUCAUGCUUCCCAAUCAGUUGAGAAAUAUUGUUGUGUUCAUGGAUAGCAGCUGUGGCUUUAUUUUGUGCAAUUGCAUUUUUUAUUUUUUUAGCUGCAGACCUCAUGUUGUGAGCAAAGUUUUUGAGUAGACAACCCUCAUGGUGCCCAAUAAAUGCUUUCUGCCCAUACACUUUUCUCCAAGAUGAAAUGCAUUGCAAUAUUCAGUGUGGUAACACCAUGCUACAUCAUGGCUUCGCCAAUUCCCAUGCGGCUUCAGUGCAGAUGGUGUAGGCUGGAAGCAUGUUAUGAGGCUGACAAGGCAGGUCAGGUGCACCUUACAGAUGCCUUUAAUUGGCUCUGUACUGUGGUGUGUUCUGCUCAGGCAGACAUUCAGCCUCUUGCCUUAGUUUUAAAAAUAGGCAUUUCCGCCUUCCCAGUACUGGCACAUAAACGUAUACCACAGUGACACAAUUUCUGCCAACUUUCAAUUGUGUACCAACAUACGGUUUCCGUAUUAUUAAGCUGCCCAUCUGACUGGUUGCUCCAGCCACUCUGGGCGGCUCCCAACAGGAUACUAAAAACACAAUAAAACAUCAAACAUUAAAAACUUCCCGAUACAGGGCUGCCUUCAGAUGUCUCCUAUUAGUUGUAUGGUUCUUUAUUUCCUGGGCAUCUGAUGGGAGAGUGUUCCACAGGGAGAGUGCCACUGCUGCCAAGAAGGCCAACUGCCUGGUUCCCUGUAACUCACUUCUCGCAGUGAGGGAACUACCAGAAGGCUCUUGGAUCUGGGCCUCCAUGUCUGGACUGGGCAACAGGUGGAGACAUUCCUUCAGGUAUACUGAGCCGAGGCUGUUUAGGGCAGAGGUUGGCAACCUAAGGCCCAUGGGUCGGUUCCAGCCCAUGAGCUUCCUGGAACCGGCCCACGGCUGUUCCGUGGAUCAGCAUGGAGAUUCCGUGGGUUUUUUUUAGCACUAUUUUUUUUCUCGCCGCAGGGACCAACUUCUGGGUUGGAAGAGCACUGGUAAUAGCAUGCGCACGUGCGCUCCAUUGUCCCGGAAGUGUGCUGGAAAUAGCUUGAGCGCAUGCACGGGCAUGCACGCUCUGGCCCACUGAGAGGUCUGCCGGGGAGUGGACCAGACCAGCCUCAAAAAACGUUGCCAACCCCUGGUUUAGGGCUUUAAAGGUCCACAUCAACACUUUGAAUUAUGCUCAGAAAUGUCCUGGGAGCCAACGUAGAUCCUUUAGGACUGGUGUUACAUGGUUUCAGCGGCCAUUCCCAGUCACCAGUCUGGCUGCCGCAUUCUGGAUUAGUUGUAGUUUCCGGGUCACCUUCAAAGGUAGCUCCAUAUAGAGCGCAUGGCAGUAGUCUAAGCGAGAGAUAACCAGAGCAUGCACCACUUCAGCAAGACAGUCUGCGGUCAGGAAGGGUCUCAGCCACGUAGCAGAUGGAGCUGGUAGACAGCUGCCCUGGACACAGAAAUGAUCUGUGCCUUCAUGGAUGACUCCCAGGCUGCACAUCUGGUCCUUCAGGGGCACAGUUACCCCGUUCAGGACCAGGAGUCCCCCACACCCACUGCCCAUCCCCGUCCCCCAGAAACAGUAUUUCUGUCUUGUCGGGAUUCAACCUCAAUUUGUUAACCUCCAUGCAUCUUCCAGCUGCAUCCAGACACUCACACAGGACCUUCACUGGUUCCAGUGUAAAUGAGGGGUAGAGCUGGGUAUCAUCCUCAUAUUGGUGAACACCCUUUUGUUUUUAUCACACUUUAGAGUAACUGAUAUUGGAUCAAAUUUAUGGUGAAUUUGGAACUAAAUAAAUGAUGCAUUGGGACCUUGUGAAAUAUUCAGGGAGGUUCAACUUCAUAGAAGAAAGGGGGGAAAGCAUUUUUUUGGGGGGGAAUCCCUUCACCAUGGGGGUAGCCAGGAUUUUUGUUGGGGGGGCAGGAGUUUGUUGAGGGGACAGGAAUUUUGUUAGGGGGGCAGAACCGAUGUGAUUGGUCAGUUAGUUAAGUAUCUUGAUGUUUUACUUGAUAUAGGGGGGCAGCUGCCCUUAACUCCUACAUGGGUUGAUGGUAGGAGGGCAGAAAGACUUGGGCUCAGAGACCAUUGUGCCAAAGGGUGAGCUUCCUCCAAGCCCCCUUCUUUUCUCUCCCGCCACCUCUGAUAGCUUCAGAGACAGAGAGGAGAGGUCUGUCUUCUUCUUUGGCCCACUGGUGGCUUCCAGUGGAGAGUGGAGUUACAGCUCUUUAUGUCAGCUGAGGUGUGCUCAGCCAAAACAAGUUACUGCCUCUCAUCCCUACACGGUGCCUUCUGUCUGCUGUUAGGUAUCCUUUUUUUGGCCGCAGGAGAAAAUUUAGAAGAGCAGCCCAUGACUGUAGACGGUUUGGAUAACAAGCAGUGGGUUGAUUUUGUGGCCUAGCAUUUCUCUUUCUUUUUACCACUCCCACCCCCCAUUUAGACUGUAAGCGUGUCUGCUGUGGACACAAUAUUUUACUAAUAACUGUCUAAACAUGGCGGGAAAAUGGCCUGCUCUAAUAAAUACGGAAGUUUUGGCAUGUUUUGGUCUGACCUGGAUAUGCUCCUUUUGUUCAUGCUAUAAUUUUGCAUCCUCUCUUUGGCUCCAUUGCUUUAAUUAGGUCUGAUAGGUUGUGAUAGCAAAUGCAAAUCUAGGUCAUUGCAUAUGUAAAUGUGCAGCUGUAGCCUUGGCGGAUGCCAGAGUCUAUCAGCUGAGGUGUCCGGUCAUUUCCCAGCAUUAAUGGGGCUUGGUGAGCCGACUUCUGUGGAUGAGCCAUAUUGCAAGGAGUGAGAACUUGUCUGCAGGAAACUAUGCUACUCUGCUCCCGUGUUUUGUUUUUUCAGGUGCAGAAGGCAGCAGAGAACUGCUCUUGGCAUUCCUUUAAUGUACUGAUGUGCAUGAGAAUGUUAUCAUUACUUAUUGCGUAUUUCAAGCCUUUUAUGCAUAAUUAUGAUACCUUGUUGCAUCCUCUGUUUACUGGACUAUAUAUUGGAGUGGGUGGUGGGGUUGUAUGAUGAUAGAAUUGCAUAGUGCAUAUAAAGUUCAAGCCAGUAAAGUUCUGUGUAGAAGUUACUGCUCCUCAUGUUUGUUGUCAAAAAAAGCUGUGAUGUUUUGAGCUUCAUCUGACAUACCAGAUUCUGGCUUAGCUACAUGGGAUGUAGUUAUCCCUGCUACCGUUCCAGCUUCUAAGCCUCCACCCAGCUUUGAAAGCACAGUUCAGAAUCAUUGAGCUUUGCAGGACCUUUCCAUCUCUGCAGUAGUUCCUAUUGUCCAGUUACUGAUUCAUGCCAGCGCUGGAUCUCAGGCAUCCUUCCUGAAGCCCGCACAACAGUUGAGGCAAGGGCUUUCCAAAACAGUAUUGAAUACUGAUUGGUUCAGUAAAUUCUGCUAAAAAUGGUGCAUCUUGUGAAGUGGAAUGUGGAUCUUGUAUCUCCUACUAUACUGUAAAAAUGUUACCAAGCCAUUGUACCGUUUGCUUUGGGGAAACCCUUGUUUUCAUAGCAGGAAACACCAUGACAAAGUUGGUGCCAUUUACAGUUAAAAGCUCUCAACUCCAAAAUCCCCCAGGAUAUUGAAUAGUGAAGGAUCUGAAUACAUUUGAGAGGAUGUGGGGCAGUUGUUUUUUCAGGGGGUGGUUUAAAGUAGACAUUAGUAAAUCAUAAGUUUUGUACAGCAGUACAGAGUUCAGUCACUCUGUUUCUUACAGCUUCUGACUAGUUCUUAAUCUCUGUUUUUCAUAUGUUGUUGCUUUGCUGUUUUCAUUCUUAUUUACCAUUUUGCUUGUUUUUAUUGUUUUACUUUUUUAAAAAAAGUCCUUUGUAAAUUGCUCUAGGAGCUAUUUUUGGAACUGAAAAGCAAGGUUAACAACAACAUUUCCUGACUUACAGCUAAAUAAAUAAAUAAAUAAAUAGCCACUGAAAGAUUCUGUGGAGGCAACGUUUGAAACUGUCUUGGUUGGUAGGUUGAUCCACCUAGCUCUGGGGUAGCCAAAGUGGUUCCCUCCAGAUAUUGGACUCCCACUCCUAUCAGUCCCAGUGAGCAUGGCCAAUGGUUAGGGAAUUGUAAUCCAGCAACUUCUGGAGGGAGCUAUCUUUGAUCUAACCCAGCACUGUAUGCUCUAGCUUGCAGCUCUCCCUGGUCUCAUAUACAAGUCUUUCCAGAGUCUCCUUCCAGUGAUCCCUUUUACAUAGUGGUACCAUAGAGUUGACCUGAAACCCUGUUUGCAGAAUGCUUUACCAUUUGUCUAUGGUCCUUCCCAGAAAUAAUGCCACAAACCACUCUUACAAGCAUAUAGCACUAUAGCUCACCUUUAUAGGCAUCUAUCUUCCUUUCACAGGUCAGCCUGAUAUAGGUGGCUCUGAAAUACUUUUGCUGGGAGAGGUUUGAUCUAGUGGAAGAGCUCUGCUUCAGUUGCCUUCUGAUUUAGUAUAGCAUUAUGGUAGUAGGAAUAUAUGUUUUCAUUUAACCCACUAUCCUCUUUUUCUCCUCAAACAGAGGCAUCUGACUUCAUACCCUUAUCGCUGCACCUUAGCAGACUUUCAGAUAGAGAAGAAAAUUGGACGAGGACAAUUCAGUGAAGUCUACAAGGCUACUUGCCUUCUGGACAGAAAACCAGUGGCAUUAAAGAAAGUACAGGUGAGCAUCGGAAUACCCAAGUAAGAUUGGAUGAAUGUGCCUCUUGGUGGCACAAAUGGGCAAGUCGUGUACCUCUUUGCUUCUUGGAACUGUUUUUACCUGUGGAUGGAUCAGACAGCAGCUACUUAUAGAUAUCCAUUUGUGGAGUUGGCCAUGAACCAGAAGCCUGCCUACCUUUGUUGUAUAAAAUGUUACAAUCUUUAAUAUUUUUGGCUCCCUUCUACCAUAUGCUGUAGGCUGGAUUUUGAUUUUACAUGGGCCUAUUUUGGGUAUCUCUUUAGUAUACCCAAGCUACUCUCAUAUAAAUUGUGAAUAGCCCUCUGAUUAUUAGGAUGAAUAUCUAAGCCUCUUUGCUUUUAAUUAGUGCAGAGGAAUAUGAAAAAGAAGGCAAUUUAUUUUAUCAAUAGAAAAGGAGAGUCUAAUUGUGUAACCCAAAAAGUCUUAGAUCAUUAUUUGUACUCAUUUCCUUGGCACUUUUCAGCGUAUUCUUAAGAUACACAUUUAUUUAUACAGUAUAAUGUAAUUACUUUGGUUUGUGUGGUUUGUUUGUUUGCUUGUUUGUGUUUAUUAAGGUCAACAAAUUGAUGAGAAAACAACAAACUUAAUAAUAAUUUAUCCAGUUGUAUUUAUGUGCUAAAUGCUGGUGCUACAGUUUCUACUUUGUUUGCAGGUCUUUUUCAUUCUUAAGAACCCCAAGAAACUAGGGAGCUUUAGAAAGGUCAUGGUUGCCCAGGAGAUAAGAUAAUUUAGGGAUGAUCUAGAAUCUUAAACAUGUGGGAACAUCCAUAUUGUUUGCUUGACUUUCAACAUGUAACUCUCUUUCCUUUUGAAGAUAUUUGAAAUGAUGGAUGCCAAGGCUAGACAAGAUUGCAUUAAAGAAAUAGACCUUUUGAAGGUAAGAAUUUCUCCAGACCUUUCAUGAUUAUCUGGGAAUGGAAAAGAUUAUUGUUUUCUGGUGUAACUUGAGAAAAGUGGUGUGUGGUUAGAGGCCCUUGAAGCAAUCUAUGAUCUCCCACUAUUGUACUUAACUCCUCCUUUUUUGGAUGGUGUGUGUGUGUUGCAGAAUGGCAAUAGAGAGUUAUCUUUAAGAUUUGUAUGCUUUUGAUGGAGGGAGCAUAAUCUUUUUCUUUUGUACUGAAAUGAUCCCCUUUCUGUGUCGGUGUAGAGCUGAGGAGAUGUGCUUCCUCCAUGCUUUUCUUUCCUUGGAAGAAGGCAUGAGACUCUAUUCUGGCUCUAAACCAGCGUUUGGACUCCAUGCAGCUUCAUUGCUAGAUUAGCCAUAAAAUGAGAUUACGCCAGAGCUGUUCUGUGUGAACUGGUAAACGUAUAGUGAGGAAAGAGCAAAGAAUGCCAAACCAAACAAAGUGAAGAUAAUCAGUAAUGCCUUUGGGUGUUGUAGCGCUCUAUACAAAAUAAGGCUUGAGUGAAGGUGGAGGGGAAGAGUCUCCCAUAUGGUACUAGAUAUAUUCAGAACAUUAUGUCCACAUAUGUUAGAAUCAAGGAGAAGUGAAAUCAAAACCCUCAGAAUGACAGGGGAAUUGAGAUGGUCAAUUAUCAUCCCUACUGUAUAAGAUGUCCAGAGGCAACUGCAGAUCUCCCUGUGCCAAGCUUACCAGGGAGCCAGAUGUUAAGUUGUGAAUGCUAUAUUAGCUGGGCUGUGAAGACAAAAAUGAGGAAAGAUGAUACACUGGAAUAAUUAGCACUUUCUUCUCUGGUUCCCUGUGUAUUUUCUGAAGGCAUUUUCCUUCCUUCUCUGGCUUCACCUGCAUUCCCUAACAUUGUCCUUGUUUGGCCAAGGUUCCCCUGCACAAAGUGGGAGUUAGGCUGGAACGUGACACUUCAAGGCAUUGCAGAAUGAUGAUUUUUGAACUAUGAAAAGAACAAGCACAAUGUGUGUCUUAUUUUGAGUUAAAUAAUUUACACCCUACUUUUUCUGCAUAUAUUUCCAAAGCAGUUUAAUGUCUACAGCUUUCUAUUAUUUUUCACUCGGGCAUUAGGAAAGCUUGUGGACAGGUGAUGGGUUAAGUUGCUGGGAUGCUGCCAGGUUUCGCAAAGAAGGAGUCUAAACUGAAUUGAGAGAGUGCUUACACAAAGAUCUAGGUAGUGCUAGUGGAAUUUACCAGAGCAGCAUGCAGAUAAAUUGGUCCAUGACAGUAGUAGUAGUAGUAGUAGUAAUAAUAAUAAUAAUAAUAAUAGUAAUAAUUUAUUAUUUAUACCCCGCCCACCUGGCUGGGUUUCCCCAGCCACUCUGGGCAGCUUCCAACAAAAUAUUAAAAUAAAAUAGUGCAUCAAGCAUUAAAAGCUUCCCUAAACAGGGCUGCCUUCAGAUGUCUUCUAAAAGUUUGGUAGUUGUUGUUCUCUUUGACAUCUGGUGGGAGGGCAUUCCACAGGGCGGGUGCCACCACCGAGAAGGCCCUCUGCCUGGUUCCCUGUAACUUGGCUUCUCGCAGGGAGGGAACCGCCAGAAGGCCCUCGGAGCUGGACCUGAGUGUCCGGGCUGCACAAUGGGGGUGGAGACGCUCUUUCAGGUAUAUUGGGCCGAGGCCAUUUAGGGCUUUAAAAGUCAGCACCAACACUUUAAAUUGUGCUUGGAAACAUCCUGGGAGCCAAUGUAGGUUUUUCAAGACCGGUGUUAUGUAGUCUCGGCAGCCGCUCCCAGUCACCAGUCUAGCUGCCGCAUUCUGGAUUAGUUGUAGUUUCCGGGUCACCUUCAAAGGUAACCCCAUGUAGAGCGCAGUAGUCCAAGCGGGAGAUAACCAGAGCAUGCACCACUUUGGCGAGACAGUGGGCAGGCAAGUAGGGUCUCAGCCUGUGUAUCAGAUGGAGCUGGUAGACAGCUGCCCUGGACACAGAAUUGACCUGCACCUCCAUGGACAGCUGUGAGUCCAGAAUGACUCCCAGGCUGCGCACCUGAUCCUCCAGGGGCACAGUGACCCCAUUUAGGACCAGUACUGAAUGGAAUGGAGGCAUAGUUGGAGGCACAUGGGAGUCAGAGGGAUUCAGGUUGUGAGAAGGAGCCCGGCAAUCUCUGAGCACUGGCAUCUGUAGAAACAGUGUGCUGUGGAGCUGUAUGGCACAGGCAGCUAGUUCCUGUUGUGUAGGACCAAUGGGAUGACUUGUCAUUGCUCUCCAAUCUUGGCCCAUCAUUUCUUGAGCUUGGAAUUGAGAGGUCAGCUUGGCCUGAGGAAGGUAUUUCUGAUGGAUGGAAGUUGCUGUGCUAGCAAGACAACCACUAUCUGCAGCAUCCUUUUCUUCAAUACCCAAGACUCCUGGUACCAAAUUUGAUCAUUUUUCUUUUCUAGAAUCACUGACAAGGACUUGGUUUGUGGUACUUGCCUUGCAGGACACUGGUGGAUUUGCAGCUGUCUACAAACUCGUUUUACAAGUGGUUUACAAGUGGUCAAACACUUGCAUGCAUGCUGCUCAAAGCAUGGUAGAAAGUCAGUUUGAUAAAUAAUAUUGCAUUGCAAAGGCAUGAGGGAUCUAUUAGUAGUUGUUGCCUAUCGGGCAUUCCUUUCAAAUGUAUCCAAGUUUUUGACUGAAAGUUCCAACCAAAUCUGACAGAUUUUGCCCAAGAUGUAUAUAAUUCAGCUCUGAAGAGAUGAACAUACCACAGCAAAGAUCUAAAUGUCAACUUGAGAUGCAGUUUUUAAUGACAUGAUGCAGGUCAGCGUUUUUUGAUAAUUUGGUUCAGGUGCCAGAUUUUUCCCACAGAGUCUAGGAGGGCAGAGUUGUUCAAGGAUUUGUUUAGAGGCAAGGGGACUGCUUCAGUCUGUCUGUCAGCAUCAGCAAUUGGAAUGCGCUUUGAUCGGUCCUGCACAGCUAAUAACAUGUCAAAUAAAUAUCUGCAACUCAUUUCUUGUUAAUUGAUGGCUCCCUGGACAAUUGCUCUUACAAAUAUAUGCAGACUAAAGGCUGUUUUGCUAUGCUGUACAAAAGCAGAGGUAGGGAUAAUGUAUACUUAUGCAAAAAUUUCAUACUUGUACAGUUUAUCCAAGAGAAAACAAGUUAGCCUAUGUUCUGCAGUCUUUGGGAUGUAUUGCAGGGUUGCUCUGUGGAAACAAGUAAAGUUCUACCAUUAACUCCCAACUACUCUCUGCCCUGAGACACAGAACACACACACACACACACACACACACACACACACACAAACACACACACAAACAGUGUCGCCUGCACAGCUCUGAAGUAUGCUUUGAAACUUCAGUUUUUCAUCUGUACAAUUAAACAAGUUGGGUAUUAUUUGGUUUGCUUUAUUUGCUAUUGUUUCAGGAAAUGCCUCUCACUUCGAAUACAGGCCCCAUCAGAUAGAGAUAGUUAGGCUUACAAUAAGAGCAAUCAUAUUUAUGAUGGUUACUUGUGGUAAUAUAUAAAGUUGCAGCUUUUGUCACAAAUGAAGAAACAUAUUUUUCAGUUGUUUAAAAGGAAAUAUACCAUUUUUAAGCAUUCAGUCAUUACAAUAGAUAGAGCCAUUCUGAUAUAAUCUAAACAUAUUAGUCAGAAAAGGUGAAGACCUCAUCUCAGUGAAGUAGUAAGCCUGUGGUUCACGUCUGGGGUAUUUGGGCGUGUGGGUGGUUCAGAGAGGUGUACAUGAAUCUCUUUUGGUCUGUAAGCUUGCCCUGUAGCCCCUCUCCUUCUGGGAAUGUUAUCCCUGCAAGGCUCUUCAUUCUGUGUCCCUGGAUUCCACCUCUUCAUGCACCAAACCUGUAUUUACAUUUUCUAUGCAUUGUACUUAGAACAAGAUUGUCAUUUACAGAAAAGAAGAAGCAAGGGCUGCUUUAAUUAUUGUGUUACAACAUAUUGUUUCUUAUUUGGAGACAGGGGAGAAGAAAUUUAGAUAGCUCAGUUGGUAGAGCAUGAGAUUCUUAACCUCAGGGUUGUGGGUUCAAGCGCCACCCGGGGCAUAGUAUUCCUGCAUUGCAGGGGGUUGGACUAGAUGACCCUUGUGGUCCCUCCCUUCUAACUCUACAAUAUUCUACGAUUCCGUGAAAGAAUAACCAGUUUUAAAUUUUGCAUUAAACUUUUAUGCCUACUACGUUAAUCGAGGAAACCUUAGUCAUUGGGGAUUAGACCUUCUAAAAAGUCGUGGCUGCGGGGGUGGGCUGGGGGAAUGAGGAGCACUUUCUGAACAGCAAAGAGAGUAAAAGCAGCUAGUAAUGUGGCUCUAAACAUCAGCUGGCCUGCCAGCAUCACUCUGUCCCGUUAGUGGCCACUUGCAUUUUUGCAUGCCUGUCGCUGAGAGCGUUGCUCUGCAUAUACAUCAGGCAUUUGCUUCCAUCAAACUUUUCAGCAGCAUUUACAAAAUGAGAGGGUAGCAGUCGCCUGAGCCAGAGUGUUUAUGUGCAUUAGAGGAUGAAGCCGGAGUGAAGGUUCUGCAGGUUCCCCCCCCCCCAUGUCAAAAGGCAGAAAUUUCAAACAACCCCAUUAGUAUACAAAUGCACUCGCUGGCAUUGUUUCUUGUGGGUGCAGGAACUCCAGAUAAAUGUGGUACUUGAAAGAACAUGAGUCUGAGCAGGGCGCUCUGGAGGCAGAGUUUGGUCCUGAAUGCCUGGGUGGGAAAGCUGCAUUUAAUGAAGCACACAAUAGCGGGAGACAUAAUAAGGAGCUGGCCAGAAUUGUGACUGGAAAGGAAGGCACUUGGGUGCAUAAGACGGCACUUAAAGUGUUCUUGGUAAAAUUGUAGUUUCAUAGCUGCCUAGUGAGGAUUUAUUUUAGUCCUUCAUUUUCUGGGUAGUAUCCAAAAGGUCAGAACUUGCCUUUUUGGUUUGAUUUAAUAUUGUGAUGCUGCUUUAUAACAAGCAGGUUCAUAAAAGUUAACAGCAAAAAUAACAACAAAUAGAAAUUCAAAGCUAGAACCAGUUUCCAUCAAAAAAUAUUAACAGGUUAUACCUAGCAAUGUUAAUGUAAUAUCAAUCAACAGUAUAUAAAUAUUAACAGAUGUAUUUAUCUAUUUUAAAAAAGGCAAAUAAUAUCCCAAUCAACAUAAUCAUUUCCAAUUGUUUAUGCAACUGACUCUCCAAUUCCUCUGUGGUAGCUGUUUGACUGGGGCACAUGAAAUAAGCAUUGUGAGGUCCUCAUACGCCCACAAAACCUCCUUGUUUGUCAUGUCCACAUUAAGCCUACAAGAUGUAGGUGAGAAAUGUUUUUUGGUGUUCAUUUUAUUCCAAAUUGAUCAUAUUCUGGAGAUGAUUGUUCCUCAUUUUUAGUAUGAAUGUGAUGCUACACUUACUUUUUUAAAUAAUGAUUACUAGCUUUUUGUAGUGAAGGACACUCAAGACAAAAUACAGAAAUAAAAACCGUAUCAAGGUACAAUUAUUAUUAUUAUUAUUAUUAUUAUUAUUAUUAUUAUUAUUAUUAUUUCAUAUUUUCAAAAAGAAAACAUACUUUUUUAAACAGACACAUACAUAUACACACAGACAUAUAUACUUAUUUUCACAAAACCAUAUUCAUGUCAAUACCUUUAUGGGGUUCCCUGAACCCCAGGACUUCCUCCCACCCCUCCCCUGGCUUCCAUAAUUCUUCCCCUUUUAACUGCCUCUAAUUACUUUAUCUAACUUUGUUAUACUCCAUUUUUAUCCUUUGUUAAUUUAAAUUACAAGCAUUAUAUGAAUCCUGCUAAUGUUUUAAAACUCUUACAGUGUUCUUUAAUGUAUUCAAUAAAGCUGUACCAUUCUCUACUGAGGUAAUUUGUAUGUUAUGUCCCACAUCUUUUGCCCAAUGAAUCAUUACAGAUUUUACUUCCUCAUCUUUUGUUUUCUACUCCAGCCCCAAUUUAUACAUUUUUGACAGAAAUUUUUCAUUAUUUUCCAACAGUUCUCUCUGCAAUCUUGAAAAUUCUUUACCAAAACCAGCUCCUUUAUCCAGCCUAAAAUGUCAUUUAAUUGAUGAUAUUGGAGCCAAUCAGUUAACAAGUGUCUUAUAUCUUCAAUUUUUUUUUACAUUAAAUUGAUUUUCUUCCUCCUCAAUUAACAAUUCUCUAUAUGUUGCCCAUACCUUUUCCAUAUUAGUUAUUUCUACUGACAACGCUUCUAAUGGUGAUAGCCACCGUGGGGUUUUGUUCUCUAAUAGGUUCCUGUAUUUUUCUCAUACAGCAUAAGUGGACUUUCUGAUAAUAUGGUUUAAAAAUCCCUCAUGGAUUUCCCCCUAACUUUGAGGGAGUUGGUGACACUGAGAAGUCCCCCAUCAGACUCUUGCCUUCCCUGCUUCAUGCCUACCUGUGACCCAUUAUGACACCCUGGUGUUCUGUACAUUCAUAUAGUGAUUGUCCUUCUACUCUGUCUAUUUGCAGCAAUUGAACCACCCCAACAUAAUCAAGUAUUUGGAUUCAUUUAUUGAGGACAAUGAACUUAACAUUGUCUUGGAACUGGCAGAUGCAGGUGACCUCUCUCAGAUGAUUAAGGUAAGGAGAAGCCUUAUUCUUGAGGCUACACAAUUACUUUGCUAAAGUAAAACUUUAAAAAUUGGAAUCAAGGGUACAUGGGGAAAUGGAGCACUUAAAAGUCAGCACAGGGUGGUGCAUUUGUCAUAUAAGAAACUAGAAAAAACUUCCCAAUUUCUGUUACUGACUUCUAGCAGGAAGCAGCUAGAGGGCCGAGCAGCCAAGUGCCCUUUUCCCAGCCUCGGAUCAGAGGUAUAACUUGCUAUAAUCUUAAUAAUUUGGGCCAAUGCUAGUGAAUUAAUUUAUAAAGUAUUAAAAACCACUGGAUCACAAAGCUCUCUAAGUUUCGUACAUCAUAAAAUAGUAGAUGCAGCCAGCUGUAAUUCACAGAACAAUUAAAUAUGCAUAAAAUAAUUAUCAAAACACUGAUAAGAAUCAAUGAAAUGUUUAACAAUGAAUAUAGGUAACUAAUUUGUAUGCCUGGGUAAAAAAGGUAAAAGGUAAAGGACCUCUGGACGCUUAAGUCCAGUCAAAGGCGACUAUGGGGUUCAGCGCUCACCUCGCUUGUCAGGCCGGGGAAACCGCCGUUUGUCCACAGACAGCUUUCCAGGUCAUGUGGCCAGCAGGACUAAACCGCGUUUGACGCAACAGGACACUGUGAUGGAAGGCAGAGCGCACGGAAACACCGUUUACCUUCCUGCCUGAGAUUAAAAAAAAGGUGACCAGCAGGUUUCUGAAAUGUUACAGCAAAAGUGUCUGCCUCAUGUCUAUUGGCAGAGAGUUCUAAGGCAUAGGCGCUGUCAUGCCGAAACAUUGGCUCCUUGCAAAUGAAUGAAGAUUAAGCGGCACUUAGAAGAGGGCAAGUUCUGCAGGUUGAAACAGUCAAAUAGGCAAAUAUGGGGCAAGGUGCUUUCUCAAGGAAAACUGGUUCCGAGCACCAAGGGCUUUAUAUAGCCAUAGUAAAACCUUGGACUUUGCCUAGUAACAAAUUGGCAGCCAUUGAACUGUGAAAGGCAGUUACCCUCUUUGACCACAUAACUUUUUCUGUACUGAUAUUCAGUUGAUGGGCGCUUCUAAUUCUUAGGCAGCUACUGAAAGCUUUUCCAAUGGCUCUUGACCUUCUUUGCUUUAAGGCCUGAGGCUUUGGGGGGGGGGGGGUUCGUUCCCUGUGCUGCUCUCGGGAAUCCUUGUGUGGGGGAACCUGCUUCAGCUCAGCUGUUGUCACCUGGUUUUCAAUCGUUUCUUACAUGUUAAUCUGGAGACAGGCAUUCCCUGUGAGAACAGAUGUAGCCGCUCAUAUUUCCCCCCGUUUUGCCGCCACUGAUUUGAGAUUAUCAUAAAUGAUCGUUUUAGAAAGCUCACCACAUGCCAAGAAAACCUCAGCUUAUAUUGAAUGAAUGAAUCUUUAUUUGCAUUAGCCAUAGCAAUAAAACAACAAUACGAUAUACAAAGAAUAGGAGUAAAAAGUCAAUUAUAUAAAAUACAUUUUUGGGUUUUGAAUCAAUAGUCAAAUAGUGGAUCUUAUUCUGAUUGCCCCAGCUAAAAGCCUUGCCACCUUUGCUGUCACCUGCUCAUCUUGAUCUGCCAAGAGAAAGGGCAGUGUGGCUGUGGCUGGGCGACCUGGAAUGGACAAUAAAAGAGGGGUGAUAACCUCAUUCCUCAAGUCUUUAUAAAGAGUGCAAGCCAGAAGGGCAUGCACCACCGAUUCAGUACUGCCAGCUCCACAGGAAUGCCAUCUCCACGGUACUGCCAUUUCCACAUAAGCGUUUUUCGUGUGGAAUCUGUUGGAAUCAUCCCUUCAGUACAGCCAAGGGCAAGACAUUCAAUCUUGCGAGAGUAAAAGCGCGUCUAUAUUUUAGAAUUGCUAGGUUAUGCAGAUAGGGUGCCAGAGAGUCGAAAUGGGAAGGUGGAAAAUAAUCAUACCAUGGGCAAAAUUUCCUUAUUGUGGCCAAGUUGUUCUGACGCUCAAUAUCAUUUAGGCGCUGACAAGUUAGACUGUUUGCUUUACUAAAACCCAAAGUGAGUAGCUGUUGUGGUGAUAACCCACAAGAGUGAAGUUUUUGAUAGACAAUUUUAGUCCAGGGGCUCUUGUGACAAUCUUACAGCACUAGGGACCGGGGGGAUUUUAGUUUAGGUGAAGCCAAUAGUGAAGUGUCCUACACCAGAUCCAUAAUUCUACCGAGGGAAGAUUAGCCUCUAGGUAUAAUGAGGUGUUUGGGACACAGGGUGGUACAGAGAAAAUUUGCCUUAAGAGCUAUGAUUGGUCAGCUUCCGUAGAUCCAAGGGAAGUGCCUGUCCAAAUCUGAGCCCCAUACAAUAACUGUGCUAGGGGUUUAGCUUGGAACACUUUCAGGACCGAUGGUAUAUGUUUACCACCUUUUGUGUAGAAGAAGCAUGUCAGAAUUUUGGUGCUUUCGGAUGCUUUUUCUUUUGCAAAUUUCUGGUGUGCUCCCCAUGACUCUGUAGACUGGGAAAUAAGGCCAAGAUAUUUGAAAACUUUGACCUGUUCAAUUAGCUGGUUGUCCACGCGCCAUCUAUAAUUUCUUGAGAAAACCAUGGCUUUGGUUUUCUUGUAAUUCACGGUCAGCUAUUCUCUCUGACAGUAUCCUGAAAAUGUUCUCAUAGGUCUUUUUAGGCCUACUUUUGUUUGGGAUAGAAGAACUGCAUCAUCUGCAUAUAAUCGAAUUAAGAUGGGUUUUGUGGCCAAUUUAGGGGCAUGAUACAGCUUUCAAAUUGAUGAAGGCUGCGUAAAGCACACCAUGUGGUUUCUUAGCAUACUUGUCUCUGAGAUGUGCUAGGACAAAGCAGUGAUCUAGGGUGGAUCUGCCCUGCCUAAAUCCUGCUUGCUCUUCAGCAAUAAUAACAUCAUCAUCUGUCCUGAUGGCUAGUUUGUUAUAGAGGGGCUUUCCAGCUUAUAUUUUUAUAACCAUGCUUGGGCAAAGCCAGGUCAGUUCCACUCAUAUAAUAAUAAUGAGCGGCAACCGUAUGGGAUGCUGCACAUUGCAAAGUCUGUACAGGAUCCCGCACAUGCGCACUCCGUACGGGCUGCUGCUUGCACGUGGCAGCCAUAUAGGCUGCCACUUGUACGGGGUCUGUACGGGCUGUCACUUGCAUGACGACUGUACAGGUUGCUGCGCCAGUGGCAUCCCGUACAGACUGCGCAUGUGUGGCAUCCUGUACGGAAUGAGCACGUGCACCAGCCCAUACAGUCGCUGUGCAAGAGGCAGCCUGUAUGGACGGUGCACGAGAGCGGCAGCCCAUACAGACACCUCACGCAUUCAGCCGAUCUACCACCGGGGGCAGGGGCCAUCUUACCAACCGGCAAAGAGUGGCAUCUGGGGCGGCCCAUCCCCUCUGCCCCCCACUUCAUUCACCCCUGGGCGCCACUCUUUGCUGGUUGACAAGAUGGCCCCUACCUCCCCCUGGCAGUAGAUCAGUGGCAGAAUGCCGCUCCCGUGCACCGUCCAUACAGGCUUCCAUACAGCCUGCCUCUUGCACAGCGACCAUAUGGGCUGACGCGCAUGCUCAUUCCGUACGGCAUGCCACUCGCGCGGCAGGUAGAGGGCCUUCUCGGUAGUGGCACCCACCCUGUAGAAGGUAACUUGGCUUCUCGCAGGGAGGGAACUGCCAGAAGGCCCUCGGCGCUGGACCUCAGUGUCUGGGCAAAAUGAUGGGGGUGGAGGCGCUUCUUCAGGUAUCCUGGACCAAGGCUGUUUAGGGCUUUCAAGGUCAUCACCGAUACUUUGAAUUCUGCUCGGAAACGUACUGGGGGGCAAUAUAGGUCUUUCAAGACUGGUGUUAUGUGGUUUCGGUGGCCUCCCCCAGUCACCAGUCUAGCCGCUUCAUUCUGGAUUAGUUGUAGUUUCCGUGUGAACUUCAAAGGUAGCCUCACAUAGAGCGCAUUGCAAUAGUCCAAGCGGGAGAUAACUAGAGCAUGCACCACUCUGGCGAGACUUUCUGAGGGCAGGUAGGGUCUCAGCCGUUCAUCAAGGAUAUAAGACCAGGCUCUUAGAUACCACUUGGGUUUAGAAUGUCUGAUUCUGUGAGAAUUUAUAAGGAAUUUCUUAAGGCUCUGAUCCGAGUGAGGCAUGUAUUGAUUAUUUUGCUGUUCUGCUGGUCUUCCCUGCAGACUUAAGAGCCCUGCCCACGCAGUGCAGUACAACAUCUCUGUUUUGAGUUGGCUUUCAGUGACCUGAGCAAGUCCCAAGGUUCAUGUUAGCACAAUGUUUUCUUCAUAUAAUCUGUUCCAAGAUUCUGAGAUGAUGUGAUCUAAAGGACUCUUGGUGUGGCCAAGUCAGCGCUUUGCAUGGAAGCAUUCUCUUUUCCUGACAGUGUUUACUGUCAGGAGUUCAGCCUGCACUUGAGUAGGACCCUGGCAGAAACGCAUGCCUGACUAGCAUGUUCCCUCCCUCCUGGUCUUCCGUUCGGGAGCUUCAAAAGCUUUCUUAGCCCAAACAUCACAGCGACCGGCACACUUAGGGAGUUUGCACCACUUGCACCGCAGAGUUUGCACAACAUGCAUGACAGACCUCAGCAACUCAGCAUUUCGGCUAAUCUACUUUAUUUACAUAUAAACACACACGGAGCACUGCAACAUGGCUCCCUCUCUCUCUAGCAUCAGACAGCAAAGAGAAAAAGAACAAAGGACAAUAGUCCCACUUCACGGAACACAAACAUCCUGUCUCCGUCACUUCCCACUCUGUGGAGUCAAAACAUACACCGUCAUGUGAUAGACAACAAUCCCAUGAUUGCAACCAUAGACCAGGAAUUCUAACAGGCAGGCAAUGGCUUAUUUUGGACUUGGGCUUCUUACCUUUACAUUUCUGAAAUUUAUUUCUUUAUAUACCACCUUUUCCUCUUAAAUUGUUCAAAGUGAUGUACAUGGUUCUCUCAUCCCCGUUUAAUCCUCACAAAUACCCUGUGAAGCAGGCUUGGCUGAGGGACAGUGACUGGCCCGAGGUCACCCAGGGAGCUUCAUGGCUGAAUUGGGAUUUGAACCCUAGUCCAACACUCUGACCCCUCUAAUCAGUACACCACACUGGUCUAAUAUUUGUCUGCUCAUAAUUUCAGGACACACUGUCAGGGAGGGAUUAGAGUGAACAGUUCACAGAACAUGAAUAGGUAUUAAAGAAUUUUAACAUGGGCAGGGAUAAUAAGAAAAGAGAGCUUAAUGUGGAAAAUAGCAUAAUGGGCUCUUCAUUAUUAUCAGCAGGACGUGAGCUCCGCCUGCUGUCGUGAUUCUGGGUUGUUGAUUAUUUCCUUUCCUUCAUGGAGCUCAAGGUGGUGUGCAUAUUUCACCUCAUCUCCAUUUUCUCCUCACAACAGCCCUGCGAGGUAGGUUAGACUGAGAGUGAAUGACUGUACAGUGGGACCUCGGGUUAAGAACUUAAUUCGUUCCGGAGGUCCGUUCUUAACCUGAAACUGUUCUUAACCUGAAGCACCACUUUAGCUAAUGAGGCCUCCCGCUGCUGCCGCACCACCGGAGCACAAUUUCUGUUCUCAUCCUGAAGCAAAGUUCUUAACCCGAGAUACUACUUCUGGGUUAGCGGAAUCUGUAACCUGAAGCGUCUGUAACCCGAGGUACCACUGUACCAGGUUCACCCAGUGAGCUUCAUAGCCAAGUGGGGAUUUGAAACCUGGUCUUCCAUGUUCAAGUCCAGUCUUCUAACCACUACACUAAAUGACUCUCAGUAAGUACAGUCAUACCUCGGGUUACAGCUGCUUCAGGUUGCGUUUUUUCAGGUUACGCACCUGCCAAAACCCAGAAGUACUGGAAUGGGUUACUUCUGGGUUUCGGCAGUCGCGCAUACGCAGAAGCGCUAAAUCACGCUUUGCGCAGAAGUGCCGAAUCGCAACCCGCGUGUGCGCAGAUGCACCGCUGCAGGUUGUGAACGCUGUGGGUUGCGAACGCAACCUGAGCAUCCACUAUACUCGGCUUUACAGUCCUUCAUGGUUUGCAUACUUCCAGUGUGUCCACUGCGAGUUUCAACCUGGUGGAUACUUUCAUGUUUGAAGGGGAGGUGGGUGUCUGAACACAUGGAAAUAAAUGUUGUGGGACUAAAGUGGACCACAGCUCUCUGGUGUGUAACUACUCUGCGGCGGUGCAUUUCUGUGCUCAUGCUUUCAGCUGUUAUGUUUCUGGAUUCAGUUCCCAUAAUUGUCUUUUUCCUAUUUAAACCGAAUCCAAGUACAGUGGACCCUCUGGAUACGGAUUUAAUUCGUUCCAGGGGUCUGUGUGCACCCUGAAAAAUCCAUAACCAGAGACGCCGCUUCUGCGCACACGUGCAGCGUGAUAGAGCGCUUCUGCGCAUGUGUGAGCGGCGAAACCUGGAAAAAUACUUCCAGGUUUGCCACUGUUGCAACCCGAAAAUUACGUAUCCAGAGAGGUACGUAAUCCGAGGGUCCACUGUAUUGAGACAGAAUUGUUGGGAAACAAAGUCACUUCCCUGUCCUUUCAGAGAAAUAGUAGAAUAGCUGCAACAAUGCUUAGAAGGUGAGGAGUGGUUUAAAACACACCCAAACACCCCCCACCCCUCAGGCUCCCUCUUUGCCAUGCCCCUGUUGCCUACAUUAUUUAUGAGGCAUUACGAAGCUGAUGUAACUGAGGGUUGCUAGCAGUACAACUCACUGGAGAAUUUUUGGCUUUCUGUGAAAUGUCAGGGAAAUCUUAUUGGGCAUGGCAUUUAAGAAGGUUGCUAAUUGUGGCCUAGUGUCUCCUCCCCUAAAUACUUCAACAAGAAAGAAGUAUUAUCAAGUAAAUAACACUUCAGCCCUGCGCUGCUCUUCAGCGUCUCACAUAAAAUAAAUUUUUUUAUUUUUAUGCUUUAUUGGUUUUAAAAGCAAAAACAUAGCACAACAAAGAAAAAUGUAGUACUAUAUUCAACAAAAUGCAAUCCAAAAAAGAGUUUGCACUUCUUACAUCCAAAAUUGAGUUAAUUCUUCACUAAUUUCUAUCUCCCCGCUGUGGUUCCUAGGUUUCCUUUCACUAUGCACUAAGCAUCAUCUCUCCUAAACACAGUGGUACCUCAGGUUAAGUACUUCAUUCGUUCCGGAGGUCCGUUCUUAACCUGAAGCACCACUUUAGCUAAUGGGGCCUCAAACUGCCACACGCUUCUCACCCUGAAGCAAAGUUCUUAACCCAAGGUACUAUUUCUGGGUUAGCGGAGUCUGUAACCUGAAGCGUCUGUAACCUGAAGCGUCUGUAACCUGAGGUACCACAGUACUCUGUCAUUUUGUCUCUGUAACUAUCUCCUUAUUCAUGCAGAAAAUCUGUCCAAAUCUGCCACCGAAUUUAUGUUGUUACAAUAUUUUUUAAAAUAUUCUGUAUAUACAUUCCACUCUCUAUUAAAUAGUUGAUCUGUACGGUCUCAGAAUCUUGCUGUUAGUCCGGUUAGUUCUGCGUAUUCUAAAAUUUUGCUUAGCCAGUCUAAUUUUGUGGGGGCAGAGUCCCCUUUCCAUACUUUCACAAUCAAAGUUCUAGCCACUACUGUCAUGUACUUGAAGAUUUUCCUUAGCCUUUUUGGAAUUUCAUUGUUCAUUAUGCCUAGUAGGAAGGCUUCAGGCUUCUUUGGGAACGAUCAUGUAAACAUUUUUUUAAGUUCAUUGUAAAUUAUUUCCCCAAAAUCCCUAAUUUUGGUGCAAUUCCACCACGUGGAUCGUGGUGCCUUGCGCCUCCCCACAUCUCCAACAGAUGUUUGAUCUAGAUAUACAUUUUACCAAGUUUAACAGGUGUUAAGUACCAUCUGUAGAGCAUCUUCAUGCAGUUCUCUUUCAAAUUGUAACAAGCGGUGAGUUUUACAUCCUCCCUCUACAACCUCUCCCAUGUUUCCAUUUGGAUAUUGUAUCCAAAGUCCCUAGCCCGCUGCACCAUAACAGAUUUACCGUAUUUUUUUGCUCUAUAAGACUCACUUUUUCCCUUCUAUAAAGUAUGGGGAAAUGUGUGAGCGUCGUAUGGAGCGAAUGCAGGCUGCGCAGCUAUCCCAGAAGCCAGAACAGCAAGAGGGAUUGCUGCUUUCACUGCGCAGUGAUCCCUCUUGCAGUUCUGGCUUCUGAGAUUCAGAAUAUUUUUUUUCUUGUUUUCCUCCUCCAAAAACUAGGUGCGUCUUGUGGUCUGGUGCAUCUUAUAGAGCGAAAAAUACGGUAACUUCUUCCUCCUUGACCUCCCAGUCAAGGAGUCUAUACAUAUUGGAGAGCGGGGUCUUUUUGUGUGUGUGUUUAUUAAGUCUUUCUCCAGCCUUGAAAUUUCUGUGGAGAAGCCUUUUUGUUUGUCCUUUUGGAAUGUUUCAUUUAGUUGGAAAUACUGCAGCCAAUCAGUCAAAUGUGUCCUAAUUUCUUUAAUCUUAAUGUGUUUUCUUUUUCUUCCAAUAAGUCUUUAUAAGUAGCCCAGUUUCAUCUCAUGGUUUUUUUCUUAACUGAGAUCGCCUCUGUCAGGGACAGCCACCAUGGUGUCUUUGGUUCUAGUAGGUCCUUAUAUUUGGCCCACACUGUGUAAAGCGAUUUCCUAAUCACGUGGUUCAUAAAUCCUUUGUGGAUUGCCUCUAUUCCUCUGCCAAAGGUCUCUCCUAGGCCCAUGUGUUUAAUUUGUGUCUUCAUAAAAUCCCAGGAGAUGUUGUCAAACGCCUUUUCAGCGUCUACUAACAUGAGUACUGCUGGUUUAUCACUUAUAUCUUCCAGGUAUUACAAAAUAUUUAUGACAUUCCUAAUAUUGUAAAUUAUUGUAAAUUAUUUGUCCUCCCGCAGUUAUUUCUUAAGUUUAUAGUAGUGAUAGCUUCAUUGCCUUGACGCUAAUCCGUGUAAUUUAGUUCCUUAUUUUCUGGAAAGUUUUACCGCUAUUGCCACUCAGGUUUUGAGGUUUCUCGCGGGGGGGGGGGGGGAGAGACCUUUCCCCUUUUGCUUUUGAGAACGGAAUCAAGGGUCCACUUUUCACGCUGCUGCUGCUUUCUUUGUGGGCUCUUGAGGAUUUUGGGGUGUGCGUCACUCUCACGCUACCCCAGAAAAUCCCCCAGUGAUUGUGCUCAUCUCCAGAGAGCUCAGACGCAUGACCUGCUUCGGGAUGUGAUCAAACCGGAAGUUGCAUCUCACAGAACUUCAGUCUGAAAUGCCUGCAAGGAGUCGCAGGACUUUCACAUACUCUUUAAUGCUCCAGUGUGGAAUAGUCUGUGUUCAAGACAGAUGAGCCCCAGGUGUGGCUGCAGUGUUGCACAGAAGCCGUAAGAGUGGUUGAGGCUCUCUGGUGAGGGCGUGCAUCGUAGAAUGUUUAUAAAUUCCUCCCCUUUUCAUUGUAAUCCUCAGAGAGAAAAUGGUAAAGAUUGUGUUGUGGCCUAAAACUAACAUAGGUGUCAAGUGGAGGUGGGUGUGGGGGAUGCAGUUCCAGAUCUGUCCAGAGAAGGAGAGCAUAACGGAAACAUGGUCUAAAAGAUGUAUCACUAGAUGCAACCAAAGUCUUCAGUUGCAUUGGUUUAGGUGGACUGGAUGACCAUUUCAGCUUCAUUCCAGCAAGGACAUGUACCACUUGGCUUAAAGGUGUGUGAUUCUUGCAAACAAAGGCUGUACAGUAGACCCACAGCUUACACGUAGUUUACUUUCGCAAUUGCUGCUUUGUGCGGGUGGUGGGGAAAUAAAUAAAUAAAUGGAGAACGGGGGAAACAGAUGGAAGGGGCCAUCUGAGAUCUCACAAGAUCUCAUAAAGGCUGUGUCACCCACAGCCUUCCAGUGGCCUCACAUGACUUUCCCAGAGGUUGGUAGGGUAGGACUGGUCACAUGGGGGCCGCAGUUCCAGGGGGGUUUCCUGACUUUGUGUGCUUUUGCCUUUUGCACUGACCUCCAGAAUGUAACCCCUGCAUGAGUUUCUGGCUUAUCGUGUGUAUUAUUCUGCUCAGAAAAUACAGUAUGUUGCUUUCUGCUGAAACGGUGGCAGAAGUUGAUAAUUAAUUCUGAGGAUGCUUACACUGUGCAAGGUUGGAAUUUGUUAAUUGGUCCUGCUGUAGUACCUUGAAAGUCUGAUUUUUAAAAUUGAUUUCUGUUAUACAUGUAUUAAGGAAAUAUUUGGCAGUGGUGGAAGUCUUUGGAGUUCAGUGGGUGGAAGGGGGAGUAGGUUCAGAGUCUUGCCUUCGCACCUUCUGCCACUCUGAUCAUGUUCAGAGUUCCAAUUCCAUAGGAAAACAAACAUUCAAGAGAGAAUGCUAUAUAAAUUAGGCAGUAUAUAAAUACAAAACUCAGUGUGCACAAUUUGGGAUUUCUUGAAAUACCAUGUUGAUAUCUGUCUGUCUGUUUAAUUUCUAUACCACCUUCAUCCGAGGUUCACCGGGCAGUUUACAAUAUAAAAACACAAAAAUACAUAGCAUAGUAACAAACAAAAACAAGUUUUAAAGGCUACAGAUUGUGUAUUAGCCAAAGGCCUGGGAGGUAUAAGUGAGUGCCGCAACCCCAUAGUCACCUUUGACUGGACUUUACUGUCCAGGGAUCCUUUACCUUUUAUAAGAGGAAUGUUUAGCCUGGUGCCUAAAAAUACCGUAUUUUUCGCUCUAUAAAACGCACCCGACCAUAAGACGCACCAAGUUUUAGAGGAGGAGAACAAGAAAAAAAAUAUUCUCAUUCUCUGCGCACCGCCCCUUCAGCGAAGCGGCAGAAGAAAUGGAGCCCCUUCCAUUUCUCCUCCCGCUUCGCUGAAGGGGCGCUGCACAGAGAGGGAAAGCUGCGCAGCGCCUCUCCAGCGAAGUGAAGCCAGGAGAGCAAGAGGGAUCGGUGCGCACUGAUCCCUCUUGCUCUUCUGGCUUCAGGGAUAGCCCCUCUGGACCCCUUGUUGAGGGGGACAUGAAGAAGGGCCUCAGAUGAUGACCACGGGAUCCGGGUAGGUUCAUAUGGGGAGAGGUCGUCCUAGAGGUAUUGCGGUCCUGAGCCACAGCAUUGUAAGGCAUCAUUUUUGAACACUCACAGCCUUAGUUACUGCAGUCCAUUUGUUUCAAUUAGUAGUAUGCUACAUGUAUGGAAUCACAAAAUUCUAGAGUUAGAAGGGAUCCCAGGGUCAUCUAGCCUGACCCCUUGCAAUACAGGAAUAGCAACUAAUGUAAUCUGGCAUCUGGUCUGUUUUUGGGCAUCCCAACUUCCUGGGGCGUUUUAUCCAUGUCCAAACUGCUGCAAAAGUGCUUCCAUAUCUGAUAUUAGAGGAGCAUUCAGUAGCUUGUUUACUAAAGGGAGAAUUCUUUUAUAAUGAUGCUUCUGAUGAACAUCUUCAAGAUGCUGGGUUUAAAAAUAAAAAUAAAAAAACAGCAGCACACCCCUAACAAAUCCUUUUGUUUCUUAAGGCAAAGCACUCCAGACAUUUGUUGUUUUGAGGCAUUAAAUAUGUUCUGCAAGGUAAUUAACGAGAUUAAUGCUGAUUAUAAUUGGUGUCCAUUCAAAAAUGUCAAACCUAUUUAAGCAUAUUUUUCAUAAUGCUGUUAAUUAGUGAAUUGCAUUGAAGUUUCUAUACAUAGGCAAGGAGUUAAAUGGGAAGCAGAGGCUGAACUACUUUGCCUGAUGGUCUUGAGGACAACAGUAAGGUGGCAGCUGAUGAACACAUUAGCCAUGACUGAGGGAGGGAGGGAGAGAGAGAGAGAGAGAGAUUGAGAUUCAGUGUUGUCUUGUUCAUCUUUUUGUUUGUUUUCCCUUCACAGUAUUUUAAAAAGCAGAAGCGGCUAAUCCCAGAAAGGACGGUUUGGAAAUAUUUUGUGCAGUUGUGCAGUGCAGUUGAACACAUGCACUCCCGCAGGGUGAUGCACAGAGGUAACAUUAAUUUACUCUCUUUUCGCUGAAUAAUAGUAUAAUGUUCCAAUUAGUAAGCGCCUACAUUCAAAAACAAUUAUGCUGAUGUUCAGCCAUUGCAUGCUUAGAGACAGUGGAGCUCGCAAGAUGGAUUUCUCCUUGUGCCUGAUUGUAAAGCGUUCAGUCUGAGCUGAUCAGCAGAAUUAUGGAGACAAGGUGCCUCCAGUUGCCACAACCGAAAUUCGGUAGAAGUGUCACAGCAUCUAUUUAGAACAGCAUCGGAAGCACAAUGCCGGGACCAGUGGGCGCAGGGAAUGCUAAGCCAAGCUCUUUUCCCUUUCUGAAAGAGAGAUGCUUCGGGAAAACACAAAUGUGUAACAACAGUUGCUUGUCCUGGUGCUGUCCUCAAAUUGGUUUACCUUGCAGUGUAGCAAACACUGCUCUUGUCCUGCUCUUCCAAAUUCUUUUGCUUCAUCACCAAGUUCAUGAGGAUUUUCCUUUCAUCCCACUCCAGGCCCGAGAGGCUGUUGUUCCUUUCUCUAUUUUACAGAUGAGAAAGCAGCACUAGGGAGUCCCAUCAGUCCUUCCUGGCUAUGACGACACCCUCACCAAAUACCAUACUAAUAGUUCUACAAUUAUGAGGCUGCAGUGGUCUUCCUAGAAACUCAUUCCAAUCUGAAUGCAAGCAAUUGUAACCUGGAAAGAGAAAAUACUGUUGCUAAUUUUAGUAUUUUGUCCAGGUGCAUGCUUAUUUUUAUUGCUAUUUUCCUCCAAAUGUUCAAAAUCCUUAAAAAAUAAAAUUACCCUUCAAGAGCAUAACGACCCUUUAUGCUUUUGCAGUGUUUUAAGCCAGACUCAAUUUUCAUUUGUUUGUUGUGGGAAAAUAUGUUUAUCCUUCCCCACAAACUUCCUUUCUCCUGGUGUGUAAAAUAGACUGGGAAAGCAUCAGUAAUGUGGCUUAGGAAAUUCAGUUUUCAAAGUUCUGUACACGCAUACCUAGUCACUCAUCCUUGGGGAGAAGGUUGUGGGCUGUGAUGGAGCCCAAAAACGCCCUCUUGGGUUGACUUACUUUCUCUCUUCUGUCUUCCAGACAUAAAGCCAGCCAAUGUGUUCAUAACAGCCACUGGAGUUGUGAAACUUGGAGAUCUUGGACUGGGCCGCUUCUUUAGCUCUAAAACUACUGCCGCACAUUCCUUAGGUAACAUCCUUCAUGAAAUUGUGCCUGAUUGACAGUUACCCAAUUCCCCUGACUCAAUCAGAGAUUUCUUGGUCACAUGGUAGUUGCUGUUUUUUUACCUAUUAGUGAUUAAAUUAUAUGUUUUAUGAUCACCAGCUAAGAUGUGCAAUAUGCUAUUCUGCAACAUUACCCCUGUCAGUCAAUAUUUAUUACCUUCUACUUUGAGUGCCUUGCUUUUUGUUUUGUUGGAGAUCUGAAACACCAUUUAGAAGGUAAAUGAAUAAUUUGCUAUGAAAGCUCAAAAAGAAAAAAUCUCUUCUUAUUCCUGAAUUGCGGAAUGGUUGCUGGUGUAAUUGCUAUUGUUCUUCACAAGGGAAUUCUGAAAUCACAGGCGGACCUCUGACUAUCUGGUGCGAUGCAAGUAAUAUAGCAGCCACCUUCAGACACACAUGGAAAGGUCUAUUUACUGUGGCCAAGCAGUAGGUUAGAUCCUAACAACUUUCUGUGGCCUCUGAUGGCUCUUCCUUUGUUUACAUGACAUUCUUCUACAGUUUAAGAUCAAAUGGUUAAAGGAGUCUGAGCAAGUCUUCUGCGUGCGCUAGGCCUGCUUAUAGACUAUAAGGAAAAACAGGUUGUGACUCUUCUUUCAGAUAGUGGCAAGGAGAUGCAACUCAGAAAUUGGACUGCUUCAUAUAAAGUUUUUUGUGCAUUAUUCAUAAAGCCACAUAUACCUAUUUGGUUCAUACUGUAUAACUUUAGAAGACUUAAUUUAUUGGCUAUCAAGGAUUUGCUGUUUUCAGUUACCUGCUUCCAUGUAUCCUGUGCAAACUCAUCUUAGGUGCAGGAUGACUGCCUUGAGAUGAGAAUACAGUGGUACCUAGGUUUAAGAAACAGUUCAGUUUAAGAACGAUUCGGUUUACAAACUCCACAAAAGCAGAAGUAGUCUUAGUUUGCAAACUUUACCUGGGUCUAAGAACAGAAGCCGAACGGUGGAAGGACACCGGCGGUGGGAGGCCUCAUUGGGGAAAGCGCGCCUCAGUUUUAAGAAGGGUUUCAGUUUAAGAAUUUGUAAACCGAGGUACCACUGUGUGAAGGAACAUAUUGAGGUAACAAUAUGAAACCAAGGAAGGAUGAAACUUCUAUGACUCUUUUUAUUCCAUUUUUCUUGUUUCUUCAUUAUUUUUAUCCACUCCAAACUUGUAGAAUGAUGUGGACUUUGUAUAUCCUUCAGCAUUGAUCAGACUUCCAGUGUGACCUUAUUUGACACCAGCAAAUGUAAACUCCUUGACACUUUGUAUUAGUUAGUUAGUUAACAUUCUAUCCCUUCUCUCAAAGGAGCUGAGGCUAGCAAGCACAUCUGUGAUGAAAUAAUACACUUAGAAAUUUAAAAUUUUUUAAAUGUUUAAAUUUAUUUAUGAUAAAUGUAGCAUUUAUUAUCAACAUCUAGCUGUUUUGUAUUAAAGGUUUUUUACAGGUGCAGUUGAUGUCCACUUUCCCUUUUGGUUCCUGGCAUUUAGUUCACAAGCUGUCCAUUUGGCCUUACUGAUUUGCGUUAUCUAACUUGCUUGUAUUGAACGUGUGUUUCUGAGAUUGCAAGAUUGCAUGCCAUUGCAGCACUGUGGGAGAAGAAGUAUGGUCUUUGGUUGCUAUGGAAAGUAUGCCUGGGUGCUCUUGUGAAUUCAACAGAAAAUGGCAAGGAUGCUGUCUUAGUGGUGUAUGUGUGGUCAGGCUGGGCCACACCAAUGAAUUUCUCCCUUUCAGAACAACUUAAAAUUGCAUUAGAUGUGGUAAAAAAUAGGAUCCUUUUAUCUCAUUUGCUACGCUUAGAAUAAUGAAAUUAAGACUUUGGACCAGGCAGUCAUGAGGAAGGCAGGAGACCAGUGUCAGUGCUUUUAACGGAGCACUUGCUGAAGCCUCUCUCUUCCUCCUUGGCAAUGGCUAGGCUGCCCUUCUUGAGAAACAGUCUCCGAGCAGCAAAAUUAGAGUGCUGGAAUGUCAAAGGAUCCUGAGUUUGGUCUUGCACCGAAGCGCAAGCCUGUUUUGCAGCCAGAGAAAUGUUUCAUUUGAAAAUCAAAACAACCCCUUGAAGUUCAACUCAUCUUCCUUCACUUUACUAUUUUUAUUUGCUCCACAGUAGCACAACCUUGGGUUUAGUUUAAUCUGGAAAUCUACAUUUUGAUAGACAUUAGGAAAUGCAUAUGCACAGUGACUCUGCUUGCGAUACUGGAAUUUCCCCCCCCUAUUUCAGUGUUGCCCUGGCAACCGUCCUAAACUCUAAUAUCUAAGGCUGCUGACCCAUGAAUUGAGUGCAGGGCUUAUGCAAAUAGAUUCACCUAUUUUUCCUCCCUUUGUAUUUGCUAACAUCAGACUGGCAUAAAAGGGCAUUAGGCAGUACCACAACUUGUCUGACAGGUGUACUCCUGGCUCUGGCAGCACAGACGCCUCCAUGUCAGAAAUGGAAGCCAUAAUUAGAGCAAGGAACAGAAUGAACGUCAAACGAAUUACCCAGCAGCAGAUCAUAUUUGUCAGGAAGGAUUGCAUACAUAAAAAUUAAGUGACAGUACAUGCCGGGGUAAUGAAAGAAAAAUGAAAGAUUUGCCCAUACGCUCCUCGCCAGAUACAAGCGAAUGUCUCGGCUCUGCACGACAAAUUACACGGCUGGAUUUCGAGGCUCCUAUUUCUUCACCACAAGUCUGCAUUCAUAAAGCAAGACAGGGGUGAGGCCCACUUAAAUAAAUACCUGACAGCAGGCUGGCAGAAUAAACUUAGGUGCACAUCAUUCCACAUGUUGAGUCCUUAAUGCUAGUAAACCCCAAACCUUAUUCAAACAUGGGAAGGGAACAUCUCGGUCUCACUGGAAAAAUUGUGACAUUGGCUCAUUGCAAGCAGUUAGAAAACCCUUAGCAAAGUCUAGGCAGUGUUCUACAGAUGCUCCCCCUUUGACCAUCUGCCUUUUGCUGUUGGAAGGUGAGAUAUUCUCCUUCAUAUGUCAGGAUUGCCCAGGUCAGCUGUAGUUCAGUGAAUGCACUUAACGGUUUGCUGGGAGAUACUUGACUUGCAAGUUCUUCCAGGAAAUAAUUGUGGGAUAUGGGGACCAUGUAAUACAGUGGCCAGCUAUAGAAGCUUUCUAAACUAAGGAUGUCAUACAUUUGGUUGCCUACUCUUCUGGCAGCCUGUGUUUAUUCUGUACCAGGAACAUUUAAUUACUAUACAUUCAGACUUGCACAGGUGGGCACCUGGAUUUUCAUGGGAUGCUGUUAGAAUAGCUUACGAGUAACUGUUAGCAUUGCAACCCAGUGUUGAAAUAUACAAUGCGUUGCCACUUUUAUGAAAUUACUAUGUGAGGCACAGUCCACAGCUGCAUUUUUUAUAGAGUCUUUUUUCAAUAAUGGCAUUCUUUCUUUGUUUUGAGGAAACCUGAUGUAUGGCCUUAUUUCCCAAAUGGCAGAAACUGCUCUCAUGCCACAGAUACCUUACAGGGUUUGGUCUUGUGUAUUUACUCUCUUAGAGGACAACUUUUGUAUUGGUGGCGUAGAAAACUGCAGAGAUGUGGGAUUGGGGAAAUGAUGUGUGGUCAAGAGAGUCUUGGUAACAUAAACUAAGGGCCUCUCUAGUCCAGCAUUUUGCUCUCCUGGCAGUCAACUAGAUGUCCAUGGGAAGCCUGCAAGCAGGAUCUAAUGGUCGUAGCACACGCCCAUUCGUGUUCCCCAGCAGCUGGUAUUCAGACUGUCUGAUACUGGAAGUAAUAUACGGGUAUUGUUAGCCGAUGGGCAGCAGGUGGAAUCUGUACAGUAUUAUUACCCAGUGGGCGGGGCUGGAGAGCAUCAUCACAGACUGCUUGUGGACUUCCUAGAAGCACCUGGCUAGUCAGUGCUGGAAGCAAGACCCUGGAUUGGGCACACACACCUUGAUCUGAUCCAGACUUAGGCCCCUUAGGUUUUGUUUCUAUUUCUGUCCAAAGAGAACACCAAGGUGUAAACAUCCUGUUGCUCCUCAUGCCAGACCAGCUUUGUCCUGUGGACGGGGCCCUAGCUAGAACAGGAAGACUGAAGGGGCCUCUUUGUCAGUGCAUGAGCCCACAUGUGCGAAUGGCGGUUCUGUGUAGUGAAGCCACCCUUGGUGCCAUUAGCGUUUGGGCUGAGGGCAGGAGGAACCAAGGCUUUUUCGUCCUGUAUUUAGGAACAUGGAAAGCCGUCUUAUGCCAAGUCAGGUGAUUGUUCCAUCUAGCUCAGUCUUGUCAUUGCUAACUGGCAACCGUUCUCCUGGGCUGCAGGCAGGAGUCUUUUUCAGCCUGACCUGAAGGUGCUGGCAAUUGUACCUGGGAUUUCCUGCUUGCAAGGUGGGUUCUCAGCCACUGACUUCUAAUCAGCAAAAUACCUUUUGAAUAGUCUUGACAGAGAAUUCACUGUGCUUGUUCUGUAAAAGCCAGCCAUGUCACAGGAGUUAAGAUGUAAUGUCUUUUUAAAGAAAAAAAUAAAUAUUAAUGGUUUACCAGAAUAGAUGAAUUGUAAAAUAUUAAUUUACUAAAAUAUUUUGACACAGUCUUAUUUUGUAGACAAUUUUAAAAGUACCAGAUGAUUUACAGUAGGGAGGUGAAAAAAAUGGAAGAUUUUCUUUUUGCAACAUACGCCUCAAGAAACUGAUUUUUUCAAUUUAUACCUGAAGUAAACGGAGUGUUGCUGAAGAAGCAACGCUCCUCGUGAGAAGCAGGCCAUGUGUCUUAUGUGCCUGGAGAAGAAUGUUCAGGCUUAAAUGACCCUGAAUGUCCCUCUCUACCUUUGGAGUUAUAUCAUAACUGAACCAAGAUGCAAGUGAUACUCUAAAACUCAGUAUUCCUAAAAAAUACUUAUUUUGAAUGGCUGGAGCUUUGCAGCAGUUAGGCUUCUUCAGAAGGGAGCAUUCUUUGCCUUUUUCAUACAUCAUGAACAUGCCUCAAAACUUGCAGGGUUUGUCUUGAUAGGAGCAGAGCAUCUCUGGAACUCACUGCUGCCUUAAGCAGCUUUGCCCCUUCAAGGCCCUCUUGUAUCUUGGCUUGAAACUGGGGAAGGUCAGAAUUUAGGGCUGCCUUAGGGUGGUGAUUCCUGGGGAGAAACUACAUUUUUUGCAUGGUGAGGGUAGAUAACAGUUGAUUAUUAUUAUUAUUAUUAUUAUUAUUAUUAUUAUUAUUAUUAUUUUAUUAAUGUUUUAGUAUAUAUAUAUUUUAAAGCAUGGUUUUAAAACAGAAUUUAAAGCAAAUAUAUAAUUGAAUUGAAUUAAAAUUGAAUUAAUGGUUUUUUUACAACUUUUUUUCUUGAGAAAGAAAAAGCCAUUUUGCCUUGAUAUUAUUAGAGGCUGAGGACUAGCGGCCUCCACUGAUUCCCUGCGUGAUCUUUCACUCCGUUUUUAUGUCUAGUAACUAAUUGAUCUCUGCAAUUGGCUCACAGUCAAUAGUCUAAUUUUUUUUUUAAAGUUUCUAUAGUUUUUGCAACAAAUUACCAUGCAUUUCUAAUCAGGAAGUUUUUGUCUAAUUAAUAAACAGGGUUUUAGAAUUCUAAAUCAGCAUUUUUGUGAUCUAAAUUGCCUUGAAUUAAACUAUUCUGGGCAGGAUAUAUAGUAAUAGUAUAUAGUGUAGUAAUAAUUUUUACAGCGUGGGAAAAUGAGCACUCAUCUCCUGCUCCUCAGCCUGCUUAUAUAUUUGGAGCUAAUGCUGUGGUUUAAACAAUCAGCAAGAGUAGGAAAAAUUUUGAGUGUAUCUGUUCAAAGGAAGCAAACAUCGAAUGGAUAUUCUUUUUAUAGAAGUCAUUUGGAGCUACAUCUCUUCAUGCAUGUUUCAUGUCUAGACCUCUGUGUCAGCAUUUGGUUUCUGACUAUGUGGAUAGGUGUUUGAAAACGAAGUUGCAUAAUAUAAGUAGUAGCUCCCCUUUUUGUGCAAACUGUGAAGUAGGUCAGCCAUACUGUUCCCGUCUUGCAACAGGAAGCCUGAGACCAUCUUGCUGGCCCCAGCGAGUCCAUGGCAGAGACGUGUGUCUCUUACCUGGUUACCCACAUGGCUGCCUAUCAUUUGUAUUGCCCAUUAAAGUACAUAAAGCAUAAAUAUGGCUCUUCAGCCUUAGACAUUUUAUUUAUUAAAUCUAUGAACAACCCUUUUUGCCCAAAUUGGGCCUUCACAAUAGCUUAUGAAUAGCUAUGGAAGCAAUUGAAAAUGCAUGGGCUAAACUAAAUUAGCUAUGUGUAUGGCAGAUCUUUCGUGUAGCCAAAUGGAUUGUAAAUCUUUACUUAUUUAUGUUGUGGCAUGUGGAGUGUGCCAGUGGAACAGAAAAACACCAGACAGUUCCAAGUAGAGUCACUUCCUUUACUGACAGUAUAGUGCAGAUCCACAGCUUGUAGGCAUACAGUUGUAUGUUGCACAAUUCUUCCAGCAGCUCACAGUCUCCUUGCCGGGUUCCAACAGGCUAGGCUCUGGCCAAGGGCAAGAGGGACCAAGAGCAAACUGACUUCAAGCCAGUGCUUUUUUUCUAAAAAAAUAUCUAGGGGUACUCUCAUUUUGACUCAAGAAAAUCACUAUUUUAUAGUUCAAAGCGGGGAAAAUAAAUAAAUUCAGUAAUUGGACAAAAGUACAAAGAACAUGCAUUACCUCAUAUUACACAGCUGACAGUAACUUCCACAUCGGUAUGAGGUUGUGGGCACUAACAUCUUCCCCAUUCCUCUGCUUGCUGUUGUGCCAUCUUUUGUUUUUACAGAGGUCAUCAUUAACUUUGCACUUCUUUGGUGGCUGUGAUAAUGAAAAAUACUCAUUUUCCUAUUCAGAUUUAAAUACUGCCCCUCAAUGAGGCCAAACUUUCAUCAGUAAAAGAUCACACAUCCACAUUCCACACUGCUUCACACAUUAAAUGCCCGCUUCCGUCUGAGACUCAGGAAACACUGGGAAAGGAAAUGAAGCCACCAUGGGGGGGGGGCAGCGGAGCUGAUGAUUCAGUUGCUGGAGAAGAAACUUAGCAUUUUAAAAUUUUAGUUUCUUCUGUUAGAUUCACAAAACAUUUAGGGGUAUGUGUACCCCUGUAUCCCCCCCCCCGAAAAAGCACUGCUUCAAGCACAAGUAACCAUGCUUUAGAUUGUGCUGAGUCACUCUCACAUGCUUAACUAGUCACAGGGGCAGGAGACUAGUUAAGCAUGUGAGAGUGACUCAGCACACCCUUAUACAUUAACAAUUUAUUCACCUUAUUUAAUUAAAUUUAUAAACUACUUGAUUGUACAAAACUUCAACAUGGUUUACAAAGAGAAUAAAAGAAUGAAACUAUCAGCAAAAACUUAAAAACAAAUAUUUAAAACAUUUUUUAAAAAAUGUGAUCAGAAAAACUGAAAACAAAACACGCAUCAACAUUUACAUAUCUAAGUAGACUUACCUACCGUAUUUUUCGCCCUAUAGGACGCACCGUCCCAUAAGGCACACCUAGUUUUUUGGGGGGGGAAAUAAAGGGGGGGAAUUUAUUUCCCCCCCAGGCGCGGGGCUGGGGAAGCCCAAGCUUCCCCCCCGACCCCAGCCCCCAGAACAGGCAACUCUCCGCAAGCCGCAGGAGCCCAGUGCCAGGCUCCCGCGCCUUACGGAGAGCUGCGCGAAGUCUGGGCGUGCUGAGCUCAGCGCGCCCAGCCUUCGGCAUGCAGGCAACUCUCCGCAAGCCCGGCGCGGGCUCCCACGGCUUGCAGAGAUCUGCGCGAAGCCUGCAUUCGCCCCAUAGGACGCACACACAUUUCCCCUUCAUUUUGGGAGGGGAAAAAGUGCGUCCUAUGGGCCGAAAAAUACGGUAAAUAAAAAUGUUUUUAGCAGGUGCUAGAAAGAGUACAGUGAAGGCACCUGCCUGAUGUCAACAGGCAGGGAGUUCCAAAGGGUGGUUGCUGCCACACUAAAAUACUGUGUCUUGCAAAUGUGGAACACGUCUUGUAUGGCACCUGUAUCAGCAACAGCUCCACAGAUCAAAGUGGUUGAGUGCAGCAUAUGUGGUUGAGUGAUCUGAAAGGUAACUGGCCCCAAUUUGUUAAGGUCUUUCUAUGCUAAGAGCAACACCUGGUAACGAACUGGCAGCCAGUGCAGCAUUCUUUGCUGACUGCAACUUCCUCAUGAAGCGCAAGGGAAGCUCCACAUAGAGCGCAUUGCAGUAAUCCAGUCUUGAAGUAACCAGUGCAUUAACUAUUGAAGCCAGCCUUUCCCAGUCCAGGAAUGGCCGUAGCUUCAUAUCACUUGCACUUUGUAAAAGGCACUUCUAGCCUCUGAGGCUACCUGAGCCCCCAGUGACAAAGGUGGAUCCAGAAGCUCCCCAAAACUGUGAACCUGCUCCUUCAGGGCAAGUGCCACCCCAUCGGCUCUGCAUGCAGAAAAGGCUCCAGGUUAAAUGCAUGUCAGCCUUUCCAGGUGGGUCUGGGAUCGUUCUCUGUCUGAAACCGUGGACAGCCACUGCCAAUCAGUGCAGAUGAUGCUGUGCUAGAUGGGCCAAUAGCCUAACCUGGUGUAUGGCUGCAGCCUAUGUCCCUAGAGUCCACCCAUGCCCUGAGUAUGCAGCAGCGGUGACUUCUUAUGUUCCUGUGAAGUUUCCCCUCUCAGCCUGGGAGGAUUGAUGGUAAAGUUCUGAUUGCACUCCAGCCCUGCAUACAUGACAUAACCCAUAAAAGGUGCUUUCAGCAGCCCAGCCCAGAGUGGCCACCUGUCCCUCAAAAGAACCCAUACAUGAAAUCUGACAACUGGCUCCCAGGUCUUCAUCCCAAGCCUUCUUGUUCCAUAGGCUGUUCUUCCACCCCCAGGAUUCUUGUCUUCUCUGCCAUGGAAACUUUCUGGUUAAUAGCCUCUGAUUAGCCUCCUCUUGUCAAAUUGGCUGAUGCGAUGCGUUGCUGAGUCCUGGCUGAUUAAAUCGGAAGUCUUGUGCACUUUCCUGGAAGAUGCUCAUUACAAGAGAUCCCCACUUAAUGCUGGACAGGCCAGGAAGACAAUUGGGCUUGUCAGUCUUUUAUCUUGGCAUUUAUUUAAAAAAUAAUACAUUUUUCCUUCUCCUUCUUUUGAAGCUCAGAGAUCUGCCUGUUCAUUUCUUUGCUGACAGCACCACCACCACCACCGCGAUAGGCAGAUGCCCAGGGUGGCUUUAGCAGGCCAGGGUGACAAACAGGCUGUUCCACAGACCUACUUCCCAUAAUAGUACAGUUUAAUGUGCAGAAAUCAAAUUAGGAAUAUGGCGCACUCACCCGUAACAUAAACACUGUCGUUCUGCUUUGAUUGAAUGUCGUUUUCAGGCAUUAUUUGGAACGACAAUUUUAUAUUGAACAAAGGAUUGCACAACUGCAGAAUGCAAAGCAGCAACUUCCCAAGUCUCCUCAUGAUCUGCUGCUAAAUGACUCUGUGGUGACCCAAGACUUGUGUUCUGAUUUCAUGAAUGCCAGAGGCUCUGCCUUUGCCCCCAGAGUGCUCUGGACUCCCCAAGGUUUGGGUAGGUGUGUGUGUUUCCUCACACACAUUUUCUCACUCCCAUUGUUGUGCACAGGCUCACUCAGGGCUCAGUGCCUUUGAGCGUGUGCAGAGUUGCUUCACUAAGGAUACCGCAGGAAAGGGUUGUAGAAUGUGCAUCUUCUGGAUAACAAAGUCUGGUGUUCAGUGGGCCCGUCUCCAUCCUCUCCUUCAAAAUUAAGCACUCCCGUGAAUGUGAGAGUCCUGCUGGGCCAAGGCUGCUUUAAUUUCAGUACAGAAAAAUGUACCUAGUAGGACUUGAAAACAGGAGGGGGCAGGAAAGUGAGAAGUAUGGGUAGAGCUGUAAACCUCCAUCGAGGAGGCCAAGAAUCAAGGGUCUUCUUCACUGCCUGUGGGUGGUGUUAAGCAGAUCAUUCUUAGCCUCUUAAAAAUUUUUGUGGAUAUGAAUAAGAGGAUGACUGUAAGAUCAGCACAAUAAUAAAAAGUGCUACAUACACAGUUAAUGCUUAGUAUUUUGGAGCCAUUGGGAAUGUUCAGUAUUACUCAUGCUGGGUAUCCAGGUUCAGAAGAGACCUUGGGUGUUGCCUUCUGGAGAGGCUUCAGAUAAUUCAUUUCUUCUGUAGUACUGUCUUUAACUUUUUUAAUUUUAGAAACCAUCAGGUUGGGAGGGGGGACCUGUGGCCCCCUAGAUGUUGCUGCACACCCAUCAUACCUGCCUAUUGAGUAUGCUUACUGAACCUGAUGGGAGUUGACGUCCAACAACACAUGGAGGGCGAUGAUUAGAGCAUGAUUAAUGAUUGAAUGCAUUUUGGAAGGAGACAGCAAAAUAGUCAUUGAUUAUAUGCUUCCCUUUCCUGAAGUGUGCAGUUAAGAACCUAGCCAGACAUGGAUUUCAAAAGCCAGCACCCAGCCUUGCCUCCUCUUAGUAUUCUGCUGUUCUGACUUGUGUCUCUCUGUGUAGUUCAUUAAAAGAGGUGCUAGCUAAUGAGCACACACACACACACACAUCCCAAAUCCGGCUUCUGCGCCUCUGCACAGUCAGAGCAGACCUGGGUCAAGGGCUCAGAGGAAGCAAACCUCGACUGAGUAUUUUAUCUCACUUGAAAUGCUAGUGUGGGCACAGGAGGGAGAAAUGGAGGAAGGCAUGUUAAACAGUGUGGCUUUUUCUUUCUUUCUAAAGGCUGCUCUUCACAAGGAAUGAGCCUCCCUCUUUGUUGACCCAAUUCCCAACCAGAAGAGAUGCUCCUUAAAUCACACAACUUUGUACUGAGACUAGGAUAUUGAUAAUUGGUUCCUAGCCGCUGUCAAAGGCAAAACCCAGUAGCAGGCAGCUGGAGGAGAAAGCCCUUGUUCCUCUGUUACUUUAGUAUAUUCCAGCUGUCCGGAGGAGCCAGCGAGCUUAGCUUGGUAUAUUUCUCCUCUGUACUCCAGGCUGGGUUUUGGUGGUCUUGGAGCUCACACUGAUCUGGUAUCUCCUGUGUUUCCAGCAUCGAAUGUCUUGCUGCACUGCACUUGUCAAAUCCUUGAGAGUUUUUACUGCGCUCUGACUGCCUAUGUUAUAAGAGGUGGGCUAAGUGAGGCUAUCAUGCUUUGCCUGAAGCAGUGGCAAUGUCCCCUCUUUAAUGGGCUUAAACUUUGAACUGCUCCCUGCUGUGCCAGUCCUUAAUUGUUCUGAACUGCAGGCUCCCAAGAAUGGCAGGAGUGAGUGGUUUGGUGCAGGGAUACCAAAGGAGGAUUUCAAAAAGACCAAAACGGCCAGUUCUGUUGCUUUAUAAAGAAAGGUGUAAGCUUACACCACCAUGUGCAGAGCCUCAUUGCCUUUACAGACCUGUGUCCACACCCAAGCAACCAUUCAUACAGCCUUUAUGCACAAAGCAGCAUACAUCAUUUUGCCCAGAACCCCUUAUUACACCUGAGUGGCGGCUGUCCUAAGCUUCUCCCCACUCCGGCCCUAGAGCCCAGCACCCCAAGGCCAACAGGUAAGCAUAGCAUCAGAGCUAGCCAGUUCACAUAUAUCAAACCAAGUGAAUAUAAACAUACAUGAGCUCAUUCUUGCAACAAUAACUAAUUAGUUUGGGGUUAUCUUAACUAGGAAGGUGACAUUUGCAGGCCUUCCAGAGCAUUUGACUUUUGGUUCAACAUGCAAUUCCAAUGCUAUUCAUACUACAGAUGGACAAUGGGCAGAUCUGGAACAAAAAAUUUUUUGGGCCAAAUCACUGAACCCAGUGUCACCUUUGGCUUUGGAUUAAUGAGGACCGGAGAAGCCAUUUUAAUCUGUGCUUUUGUCCUCAACAGUCUGGCAGAGAGAUCUUCUAUUUAAUGGCAAAUUGAGGCUGUUAACUUUUAGCAGUUGUGUUGCUGAAUGUGGUCAGUAGGAAAACGUGACCUUUGGUUUUGAGAUGGAGUCUUCCUCAGAGUAUGCGUUUUUCUUAAUAUAUCCAUGUUUUCAUUUCCUAGUCUUUAAUAUCCUGUUGCUCCCACAGCUUCUGGUCCGUUAGUUUGCUUACAGAUCAUUGCACAAAUGGUGCUCUCUCUUCAGAGAGUGAUCCCUCUUUCUGGGCUUGUCUCUUGCAGUGGGAACACCCUACUAUAUGUCCCCAGAAAGGAUACAUGAAAAUGGCUAUAAUUUUAAAUCAGACAUCUGGUCCUUGGGCUGCUUAUUGUAUGAGGUAAGUAUCACUUUCAUGUUUAUGCACAGUGUGGAAAAAUGGAAAUAAGUGGAAAUGAAUAGUUCAGAGAAUAAAACUUGCCUUCCAUUCAGAAUAUCACGAGUUAGUAGACUGUUGGAUGAGUACAGACCUGGGGAAAUGCCAAAUUUUGAGGAGUCCAUACAGUGCCUAGGAUUACUGGAUCUUGACCAAAGAAGGCAAGAAUCAAGGACAAAGUCAGAUUCCUGUUUUGCAAAUCAUUAAUUACAUUGCCCAAAAAAUUGGUUCUGACAGAGUUUAAAUUCAUGCUGUUUAGUUUGUGUGAUAGUGAGUUUCAGAAACUUAAACUGCUUGCGUCUUUGGGUUGGUCACAGAGUAUUCAUGCUCCAUCUAUACUUAGUAUAUCACUUAGUCCUGGGCUGUUCUCAGAAUACUCUGUUGCAACUAUGCUGCUGGUAUAAAAGUGUAACUUGUUUUAAACUAUAAUUGUCAACAUGAGUACCAUGGAAGUUUUGAUACUGGAUGUACCUGUUAAAGAAGGAAGUUAUGUAUGAUUUGUGAUGUGGUCUGAGAGCUGCAAUGCUCAAGCAACCACUGGUAUUGAAAGUACAUGUCUGACCCUGAACUGGAGCAUUGAUGGCAAGGGCAGAUGAUCAUCCCAGGGGGUUGCCUCUUGGGUGCUCUUCUGAAGUUUCCUGUGCAUAAAUGUGAGCUGCUUUUAAAACUCAGUGAGAGACGUGGUGCCAAGAGCCCUGGAAGAGCAAGCUGCUUGGGAACCCCUGGGGUCUGCCUGCCUGCAGAUCAUGGUCAGGGUAGCCUGUAGGGUAUUACUUUGGAAGGUAGAGUUCCAGUGGUCCUUGUGUUGUGUUGUGUUGUGUUGUGUUGUGUUUGUAUUGGAAUUAGCCAAUGACGGAAUGAAUUGCAAUAGUUUUGCCUUUAAAACAACAACAACCUGGAGAGGAGGGGAAACAGUCUCCGUUAGGGACUCAGGUGCUGCUGACUCUGCUUUGAGGUCCAAGGGCAGAUGAGAGAGACCCAAGAAGACCCAUUUCCCCAGAACACAGUCUUCCUUGAUGGGUUUUGAGGUGAAGAAUCUCAAAAAUAUUGGGUGCAGGAGGCCCUUCCUAAGUCAGAUAAGAGCCGUGGGGAUAGUGCUGUUCCUUUGGGGCGGGGGGGGGGGGGGGGGAGCUUGGCUGACAAGGUGUAAUGAGAUGCUUGUUGGACCAGGCAGUGUGCUGUUGUUGGGGUUUCAGGUCUGAGUCAUCCAGCAGCUCAAUAGGUGCUGAUUAAUUUGUUGGCAGUGUGCAAAAGCACCAUGCAGGGUCCAUCAAGAGGGAGAGAGAAAUAUCGGUGUGGAGAAGUCAAUAAAUGAAAUCAAUGAGAUGCCGUGGUAGGGAUUGAGUAGCCUUUGAGAGAGCAGCACAGCGUGACUCGUAACAGCCCUCUGCUCCUCUUGCAAGAGCUCUGCUGCCACUGACUUUGAAGUCGUGGGUGAUGGGAGGGAUUUCCCUUAAAACAGACCUAAUCAAGGCAAGCCAUCCAGUUGCUCCUGAUGUGUCCAGAGUGCGCCCUCAAGUAGAGUCCCUGGUGCACGGGGGGGGGGGUGUUCCUCAAGGGAGCCUCUGCUUCCUUUUUUAUGCCCCCCAAGGAGACACACUGCUUGCUUCUGAGGAGUGGACCCUGCAGUUCGUCUUAGCAGACAUUGGCCUGGGAAUCAUGAAACCUCAAGGACCUCCUGGUCCACACCUGCAUGGAUCACCCCAGCCCAGAUCAGGAAGGGCUUCUGGGCCACCAUAGCAAGCAGAAAGAGUUUUGCUGUUGCUCUGGUGGAGAGAGAGGGCCUUUGGCCAGGAACGAGCCUUGGCAUUGAUUGCUGCCAAGCAAACAGCAGCAGGACUUACUGAGGUUGGUUCUCCGACUGAAAUUGUUUGUAUGUAUGUUUGUUUGUUUGUUUGUUUGUUUCUUAAAUUUAUAUACAAUGGUACCUCAGGUUACAGACGCUUCAGGUCACAGACUCUGCUAACCCAGAAAUAGUACCUCAGGUUAAGAACUUUGCUUCAGGAUGAGGCCCCAUUAUCUAAAGUGGUGCUUCAGGUUAAGAACAGUUUCAGGUUAAGAAUGGACCUCCAGAACGAAUUAAGUACUUAACCCGAGGUACCACUGUACAGUGGUGCCCCGCAAGACGAAUGCCUCGAAAGACGAAAAACCCGCUAGACGAAAGGGUUUUCCGUUUUUCGAUGCGCUUCGCAAGACGAAUUUCCCUAUGGGCUUGCUUCGCAAGACGAAACGUCUUGCGAUUUUUUUCGCUUUCCCCCCCUUUUUCUAAGCCGCUAAGCCGCUAAUAGCCUUUUAGCCGCUAAGCCGCUAAGCCUUUAAUAGCCGCUAAACCGCUAAUAGCGCUAAUCCGCUAAGCCGCUAAUAGGGUUGCUUCGCAAGACGAAAAAACCGCCAGACGAAGAGACUCACGGAACGGAUUAUUUUCGUCUUGCGAGGCACCACUGUACCGCUCUUUGUCCAAGGAUCACAGGGCAGCUUACAGUAUAAAAGCACGAAAAUAUGUAACGUAUUAACAAACAAAUCAAUAAAAAUACCCCACAGUUUAAAAGGCCAUAGUUUGUUUAAGGCUUGGGAGAAGAGGAAUGUUUUCAUCUGGUGCCUAAAGAGAAGUAAUGAUGGUACCAGGGAAGCCUCCCAGGGCGAGUACAGUAUAUACUGGAGUAUAAGCCGACCUGAAUAUAAGCAGAGGCACUUAAUUUUACCACAAAAAACUGGGGAAACUUAUUGACUUGAGUAUAAGCUGGUUCACCACACCACAAACCUCCUGGUGGGCUGGAGUGCAUGUGUGUGCAUGCGCACACGGCAGAGGGGGCUUCUCUCCCCCCCCCCAGCCCCUUCUGUCCCCCUGCCUACCUAGGGGGCUGCCGAGAGGCAGAGGCUGGUGGUGGCAGCGGUGGAGGAAGAAGGAGCAGCCCAAAAGGGCUGCUUUGGAGCUGCUCGUCCCCUCCUCCGCCGCUGCCAACAGCCGCCAACAGGGACCCUCGCUCGAGUAUAAGCCAAGGGGGGCUUGGAAAAGUCAGCAUUAAACUCGGAGUCUAUACAGUAUUCCACAAAACGGGGAGCCCUUCAAAUGGUUCCUUUCUCGUGUUGCCAGUCUUGGCCACAUGAGAAAGGAGCUUUCAUGGAGGGGGCACACGAAGAAGGGCCUCAGAUUAUGAUCACAAGAUCCAGGUAGGUUCAUACUGCCGUUUAAGGCUUUGUAGUUCUAGGCAAGCACUUUGAAUUGGGCCCAGAAAAUAACUGUCAGCCAGUGCAGUUGGGCCCAGAUGGGUGUAAUAUGCUCAAACCACCUUGCUUUGGUGAUUAGGCUUGCAGGGGGAGGACAGCAGUCCUCAAGCUGAGUGUUACUGACAAAGAAGUAGCUAUGACUCCUUGGAAGAUGAGUUUUAACUAUAUUUUACUAUAUAUAUUUUACUUUUGUCUCCUGCCUUAUUGAAUUGCUUUUUAUUUUAUUUCUUUGGUAUUUUGUGGCUUUCAAAUGUGUUGUGAGCCACCCUGAGCAGUUCUUGAAUGAAAUAAAUAUAGGGUGGUGGUUUCUGUGAGCCCAAACAGGCUCACUCAGCCCAUGGGGUCCUGCUCAGAAUCAUUAGGAUGGGCAAGAUGAAAUGAAAAUGCUUUCCUCUCCAUAACGCCAUCGUUAGCAGUCGUUAGAACUUCAGCACUAGGUGGGAGUGUGUUUUUGUGUCUACGGUUGCUUGAGUGUCUUCUAGUGGGGAAAGUACAGCCGUGUGGCAGCCUCUAAAAUUAUCCCCCUUCCCCAGUAUUGUUAACUCUGAAAGGAAGAACCCCCACAGCCGGUCUCUGCCAUUCCCGCCAGUGAUCCACCUCUUGCCUCUGUUCCUUAGGUGGAACUGCAGCCUUUGUGGUUCACUCUUCUGGGAAAGCCACAGUCAAAGGUGGCACUGCUCUCUCCCAGGUGGCCCCAUCCUUGGUGUGCCUGAAAAGGACCUUCCAGAGAUUAUGUUUAUCUCAGAAACAGCAUCAGAAGAGGGUUGGCUCCCUCAGAGUGUGUUUUGUCUUCCCCCACAUUUGUCGCCUUCCAUAAAUGGUGGCAGUUUGUAAUUACGUCAGGCUCUCUAGUCAGGCCUUGAUCACAUUUAGGUCAGCAACCAGGAAGAGUGUUCCUUAUUUCUGUGUGUAUAUAUUAGUAUAUUAAUUCAUAAUUGCCUGCUUUUCCGUGACUCAGGCCCAAGUCAGUUCAAAGCGAGCCGUGGCACUUCCAGCUGUAAUCUUGAAGUUUCAGUUCAGCGGAGAUAAGUGUAUCUGCAGAUACUGUUCCAAGGAAGCAUCUUCGCAAAUGUGGCCAGCCCUGAACAAGCCCCGGGUCCUGCCCACUUCUUAGUGGCAGUGGAGGCCACCAAAGAUGUCAAUGUCAAUACUCUGUUCUCAUCCUCAUGCCUCUGCUCUUGCUUUGUUAAAAAUAGGGAAAGCAGCGGUGGACUGGGCGGAAGAAGCUUUCUCUGUGCUUUUUGUUUUUGAUUAUGUUGUGCAGAUAAAAUGGGGGAAUUUUGUCUCCAAGUAGCCUAGAGGCACACAUGCCAGUUGGAAUUCACUUUAACAUUAUUUGGGCUGGGGUGUGUGUGUGUGUGUAGCCAGAUAAUGCCACUUAAACUUGACAUUUACAAUCUCACAUUGAUUUAUAUUAAAUCUUAUCAAAAUAGUGGGAAGGCUUCACCAUCUCCUGGGGAUCUGUCAUCAAGAUAACUUGCAAGGGAUAAAAAUAAGUUCUCCCUCUCUUGUAAAUAGCUGCAAGCAAUGGCUUUAGCAGUUCUAACAAGAUAAUCAAUUUAAACACAGGGAGCAAUUUUUAUUUUCUUAGACCAGUCGUAGAGUAUGGUGGUCAGUUUCAAAUGGGGAUCCAGCCAUUCCACUGCAAUUGUUCUAAUCCAGAUGUCAAAACGAAGCCUUCAAUGCAUCCAAGCCACAGACCUCAGCCAGCCACCUUGGCCAUUCCAGUCACGGGGGUGAGGGGGGCUCUUGCUCAGUGCCUCAGAUAGGCUGCCCUUGUCCGUAGAUGACAAGAAUGGGGGAACAGGGCUCUGGCUAGCACUGCUGGGAGUCUUGCCGUUGUGUUUUCAGAUUUGCCACUGCAGCCAUCUCUCAGGAUAUGAUCUGGGGAUUUGGUGCAGGCCCCUGUGUGGGCAAAGGGGUCUUGAAUAGCCAGUCUGCGCUGGAGGGGCUGGAGAGCUGCCUGUGUUCAGUGGGUCUCAGUGGAGUCAAUGGCUGACUCCCCAUUCGCAACACAUCACUGGGGUGGGUGCCUCCCCCCCCACACACACAUGGAAGGGUGUAUUAAGCAGAAGUCAGGCCCAUGACUAAAGCUGUGCUGUUGAGGAGACAAAGUUUUAAUAUCACGGAAAUCCAGUUUGAUUUGGGCACCUUUUCUUAAUGGAUAAAUCAAGGGACCUCUGCCUCACUGCCAAAUUUUUAAACUGCCCUAAUGGAUAUUGGUAAUUUGUCUGUGUUCUCUAUCAGUAUUGUUUAUAAAAGUAUAAAAUGGGUGAGAAGUGCCUUGGAGUAACUUCUCCCUCCUCCUCCUCCUCCUCCUCCUCCUCCUCCUCCUCCUCACUGCAUUAAAAACAACAACCACAACAACAAACACCACCACCUUUGCUGGGAGAUUGCUGAUUGCCUGCCAAGAGGCAGAUUUCUUUAGGUCGCUACCCCCUGUGCAUGAUAAUGAGCAAAAGACUUAACGCUUUUCAAAUAGACCCUCUCUAUUAAAAUAGUGGCUCAGAGCUGAGGCUCCGCAAACACAAAUAAAAAGAAGCGGCGGCUUUGCCGAUCUGCCGCAGCUUGCGGCAAAAUGGUUUUUAAAGGAUCUUCUAACCGGAGUAGAUAAUAUCCACAAUUAUCCAAUAGUGCUUCAUUAGGAGGAGGAUUAUUUCAUUGUGGAGGGGCAGCUUGUGACAGCGAGAGUGACAGGGAGCCCUUGAAUAGCAUUAUGGAUUAAUAAGCAGCUGGGGCUCCGUGGGGGCCGCAUGCUGAGGGGACGCCGCUGCUCUCGCUUGCCGAGCCUCUGUGCCACUCGCUGGCGGCACUCGCUUUGAAGACCAACCUUAUUAGAGCCGGAUGUAAAUGGGGAGCGGAGGGUGUGUGUCUUUGGCUCUCUUCCUGGAGAUGGAGGCGAGGGGGGCUGGCCUUAUGCUUCUGCUGAGCGUGUUGUUGGGGGCACGUUGUGUGUGUGUGUGUGUGUGUGUGUGUGUGUGUUUGCUUGCUCCCAUGCCUGAAGAAGAAAAGGUGUUUGGGGUGCACAGGGGCAUCUUAUUGCUGCUUUUGAACUUUCGUGAAGUUGAGCAAACGGCUGAGCUGCUUUUCUGUCCUGCUGAAGUUCAGGUCAACUUCUAGAAUUUACAUAUUUCUUUGGUUUGGGAAAGAGUUUCAAAUAGGAAGCAGGAUUUGACUGAAGAGACAUGGGGCUGUAUGUAAUGCUAGUCCUACUCAGAGUUGACCUAUUGAAGUUGAUGAGCAUGGUUAACUUGGAUUCAUUAAUUCCAGUGGGUUGACUCUUGAGUAGGGCUUAGUUGGAUGCAACCCAUUGUUUGUUUGUUUUGAAAGGCCCUUUCAUGCCAUUAGCCUUGUUGCUUGACUCUUCUGCGUGUGUUUACAGUCAGCCACACUGCUUGUUUUUAGUGGUUGGGUUUGUGAAAGAAAGAAGCAACCGCAGAAUUUUUAAAAGCUGCUGAGGGUGAAUUAACAAAAUAUCCAGCUGGAUUAUCCUCUGCCAUCUCUGAAGUCAUAAAUUGCUUUGCAUGUAUAAGGGCUGUGGGAUUGGCUCUCCACUGACACUUGCAAUGCGGCCUCACAUUUCUGCCAAGCCUGCAUAAAAUGUUUCCCGUGUGCAGGGCAAGUGUCUCUUCUGCAACCAAAUGGACCAAAAAAGUGACAGGGCUGUUAUGUAAGAAGCUGGAUCUCUCUGUACAGUAAACAAGGUUAUAGUUUGCCCUUUGAAUGAAGCAAACACAAAAUGUUUCCAUCAGCAUGAAGCAUGAGUCUUUACCAUUGGCAGAAAAGUUUGCACUUGCUCUCCUCAGGCCAAACCUGUGGCUCAGAGAUACUUACAAAGUCUGCAUAUGAAGCAAUUUGGAGGAAGGUGUACAUAGAGGUGGGGAAAAUGUUAUUUGUAAUGUCAGAGCCAGAAAGAUGUUAUGGGAGGCAGUCAUAGUUGAUGGCAUCUGGCUGAGCAUGAGCUGCCCCACCAGGAUGCUCUGUUGUGAGAGGGCAGCCACAGGACCUUUUCCUGCUUGUCAGAGCCAGUGGUGGUCUCUGUCUCGAGCACAGAGUGGCUGCAGAUCCAGCUCUCUGAAGAGGGGACAGCUGCUGGAGGUAAAUAGUUUUCACUAGAAAACAACUAGUUGUCCUCCCUGCUUUUUGGAUGGCGCUGUGGGUUUUGUACUCUUCCUGCUUCAUGACCUUGGUUGGUUGAAGGAUGGGGAGCUAGUAGGAGGUAGAGGUAGCAAUGGCCCAUCCCACUGCAAUGCUGGGGAGUAGCCAAGGACACCUCAAGAAGUUCAUUUGUAAUGGUUUAGUCCUUAGAACCUCCUGGAAGAGCCACUGUUUAUUGGCAAGUUUCCAAGUUGUACUUGUGGAAAUGGUCACAACCAACUUGGGUACAACUGCCAAGCAGCAGACCCAUGUGAACUUCAGAUGGUCCUCCCUGAACAUUUCUCCUGUAUUGCUCAUUUUCCAAUAUUUUCUUUCUAGAUGGCAGCUCUCCAGAGUCCCUUCUAUGGCGAUAAAAUGAACCUGUUUUCGCUCUGCCAAAAGAUAGAGCAGUGUGAUUACCCCCCUCUUCCAACCGAACAUUAUUCUGACAAGGUGAGUAACUUCAGCUGUAUACUCUCUUGGGCCCUGAAUGGGAGGAACACGCACGUACACACACAAACACACACAUGGCUGGGAGCUCAAGAUUGAGCAUCUUCAGGCAACUGCCUUGGCGCAUCCUCAAAGCCUUUUCAGAAGGGAGAAAUGCCUUCCUGCUUACACAGCUGCAUAUUCAGAAACUUUUUCUAACCAGGUACCAUAAAGCAGCAAGUGUGAUGCUCACGGAAAGCAGAGCAGUGCUGAGGCAGCAGGAUGGGGGGCACCGUGAUGCCUAAAGCUUGGUUUUCCUUCUCCAGUGCACAGCAUCGUGUGACUGGGCCCAAAUGUGCUGCAAGUUGCCCCGUGGCAUCUGCUGAAAACUAGCCUGUCAAAUGCUGGACCAAGUGUAGCCCUGAGGGGAUCUCAGCAUAAGCUUUGAGCUUUAUCAUUUGUGAAAUGCAGUGUUUUAAGAACGAAUGGAAGGAGCACCUGGUGGGAGAGGUUGGUCGACAGUGUUCCUUCCUGUCAGUUUUCCAGAGGCAUACCUGGGGUCCCUUGUGCCCUUGGCAAGGAGCUGGAUUGGCACCCACACAUCGGGGAAAAAUCGCCUUCCUGCAAUAGCCACAUUAGAAAUUACUAUGUUUUAUGCAACCCAAGUACUUGAAGUGUCCAGUAGGAGGUAAAAAAAUCCACAGGCCUUUAUUGCAGUGCAAGAAGGAUGGGAGGCUUCUCUGUUGUUUCAUCUCACCACAACAGCGGCAGUGCAUUGCCACACACAUACUCACCAUACAUUCUGUAGUCCGAUAGGUGAUUGUGCUCCCAGCACAGGUGUGCCUCUGCAGCUUUUAAACAAAUAUAUUAACCCUUUGGAGUUGGAAAGCAAGGGAUGAGAUCAGGGCAGAUGAAAGGCCCAAGUGCGCUUUUGGAAAUCUGCUGCCUCCGGCACACCAAUAGCUUCUGUAGUCUUGAUUAAGAUUUUAAGGAAAUGUGAACCUGCUUGUUUGGUAAUGGAAGUGGGGGUGGGCAUAAAUGCCAGAGAAGGGGCACAAGGAACAAGCUCUGAAUUUAACACACACACACACACAGCUUAUGGGUAGCAAGGGGACCAGUAUUCCAGCAAGUUUUUUUUUCCUGAAUUCAGUGUGUAAAAAGCAGAUCACCAUGAAUGCACUGGGACCUUGUGUAUAAGUGGCUGAGAGUUUGAUGUGGAGGUGUGGGGGGGGAAAGAGUUGUGGCAGCCUUUGCACCAGGAGCAUUCCAGGAGUCUUCAGCAUUCCAACCAGCUUGUUGAAAAAUUUGCCGUUCUUUGCCCCGCUUCUCUUGGCUGCUAAAUCCGGAGCAUUGCAUAGCUGGAAGGGCAGAGUGUGCCUGAGCAGAGUUUCCAGUAGGCAAGGGAGGUGGUUCCAGUGCUGUGUCCUCCUCUUCAGAACAGAAGGAACAUCAGUGUGCACAUUAGCCCAGGUCUUGUACGGUGUCCAAGUUGUAGGCUGUGGCAUUUUUUGGCACAGAGUUUCCACCCCGGCUGUCAUAUGCGGCUCCUUGGCUGCUUCUCUGAGGAAACUGGUCGUGCACAUCCCUUUCCACACUGGAAGGCUUAUGCUAAAUGGCCCUGGCUGCUGCUGGUCCUACUUUGGACAAGUGCCUGCAUUUCCUCUCCCCUUCCCGGUGUUAGAUUGCUGAUGCGCAGGAGUGUUGAUGCAGCCAUGCCGGCCCCUCCUGGCAACUUUCUGGCUGCUUGAGCACGGUUCCUUCUUGCAGACCACUCCUGUGGCCCAGCCAGGUUCAUUGCCUUCCCCUUUGCCUUGCUGCUGCUCCAGCUUCUUGGAAUCUGCCUUCUGGCAGCAGGAAUUAGUGCAAGUUGACAGAUGUGUUUCCUGUCUUUCCAAUUACUGUCGGUUUGCCUCCCUCUGGCAGUGCUAAAGAGAGUGUGCAGUCUAGUGAUACAAUUCAGCGUGAGGAGGAUGGUUGAGAGCUCAAAUAAAAGUGGCAGGUCCCAGAGAACUCCGUUCCAGAUGGUGCAUUUGCAUGCAACAGGCCAGCACACUGGGUGAAUUGCUGUUGUGUGAAACUGCACCAGCACACACACACACACACACACACACACACACACACACACCCUACACACAUUCCUAGCCAUGGCAGUAAACAUUUAGUCUCUGGAGUAUUGAGUUGGCACUCCAUAAUGAUUCAUUCUGUGUGGGUCAGGAAAAUGCUUCAUGAGGGGAGUCUGUGCUGUGAAGUUGUGGUGCCUUGCUGAAGAAGAGGCAGAGGAGACUGGGAAGUGAUAUUUGGCGGUGGCUACAGGGUCUUGUCUUUGAGAGGGGCAGUGGAGCAGGUGGCCUCCCUUUCAGAAGAGACGUUGGAUGAGCGGAGCAGAACAAGACAAGGCAGCCCUGUCUGGAGUGGCUCCUUAAUUCCUGACAAAAUGCCUUCCAUGUCCAGCAGUGUCUCUCUUCCUAGUUACAUGAAUGGCUUCCUUUGAGGACAUGCGGAUGGGGUGGGCUUGGUUAUUCUCUUUCAGUAGUGUAGAAACACUCAUGACUGGUUUGCAUUUGACAAAAGUACAGAAGGUGUUCUGCAACCAUCAGAAACCAUCUUCAAUUGACCCUCUUGCUGGCUGGAAACCGCUUUUUUUUUACUCCUGCGAGGAUCUCUGCCUGAUGCACGGGACCUGAUUGUGGGAUGAUCAGGCUUUUAAUUACCAUUAAAAUAACUGAUUCUAUUGCUACUGGCAGGAUGAGAGAAGAUCAGAGGCUCAAGGCUCUUUCUUUCUCUCUCUCUUUCUUUCCCUCUCUCUCUCUCUCUCUCUUUCUUUCUUUCUUUUUCCUCUCUCUUUCUCUCUCUCUCUCUCUCUCUCUCUCUCUCUCUCCCCCUUUCUUUCUCCCUCUCCCUCUCUUGCCAUAGGGUGUCUAAUCUGCUUUCAGGGGCUGUGCAAUUAAAAGCUCGUCUUUCAAAUGCAAAGUGAAAGGGGUGGGAACUGGAGCUGUUUUCUACACUUGCUGUAUUAUACAGCAGUGUUAGAAGGUUGCUGUCAGGAUAUCCAGUCUGAUUCAGCCUUGGCCAACUUGGUGCCCUCCAGAUGCCUUGAACUGCAACUCCCAUCAGUCCCAGCCAGCAUAGCCUGGCUCUAAGCUAACAAGCAAAAAGCUUUGAUAUAGGGAGAAGUGCCUGCAAGAGCGAUUCCUUCUCCUGUGCUCUACACAGCCUCCACUGCCAGGGACUGGCUCAGUGAGAUUAUCUGUAGACUUCUCCAUCUACCCUGUCCUCUGGUAUGCAAGUGAGAUGACCAUGUGAGAUUCCAUUAGGCUUCUUCACCCUCCUGAAUAAUUCCUUCUGCAUGGUAAUUUAUUCUCAGCUUCAGGUGGGUUUCACUCCUGGUGCCUUCUAAGACUACAAUUGUCACCAUCCCUGGCCAUUGGUGUUGUUGGUUGGUUGGGAUUCCAUCAACAUCGGGAGGGGGUGCUGCUCUGAGUUUGGCAUAUACCCAGCUAUUCCAGUUGUACAUACAGGAAGGUUAGCUAAAUAUUCAUUAGGUCCUGGCUCGGCUUCCUCUCGAGCCGGAACCUCAACAUGCCAUUCUCUUCACCACCAAACACAGAAUAUUAACAGAAUGGCAAUUAUUGCUAAUGAGGGCUUUCACAUUGACCUCUCUCUGUAGAUAUAUACUUCUUUCAUCGGAUACUUUCCAAUAUUGUCAACUACUGCAAAACCUGAAUGCCUGAGCCAUUUUCUGAUGGUAUGCCCAGGCCCAUUAGAGAGGUAAAGGGAGGUGGGGUUGGACUAAUGAGUAUUGAACAGUGAGUGUGGGAAUAUUGAAACCUGCAUCUAAAAUGUUGGUAUCCCCAGUCAAGUGUGCUACUCUCUAACUUGAGCAUCUGUGGGUGGGUGUACAUGUAUAUGUUUUGUCUUUAAACUGUCUUAAAAUCCAUGGAGCUGAUCAAGUUCUACUCUAGAACUCAAGGAUGUUAGAAUAUUCAUAGGCUGGCAGUGGAAGGCUUUGGGUGCCUUCAAAUGGGAAUUGGCCCCUCUUGCGCCACCAGGCGGGUGCGCAUGGUGAUGGGCGGCAGGGUGUGUCUCACGGUCCUCUUGUUUUCCUCCUUGCAGUUGCGAGAGCUGGUCAGCAUGUGCAUAUACCCAGAUCCUGACCAGAGACCUGACAUUGGUUAUGUGCACCAGCUAGCAAAACAGAUGCAUGUGUGGACCUCCAGCACUUGAUCGACAUGCUCCCAGAAAAGCCAUCCCAGCGUAGUCUUACUUGAACCUUCUGUCUCGGACGAAACCAAGAGGUGCCUCGCCAAUUUACAUGGGAGAGUUGAGCCUUCCUAGGAAGACGCUUCAUGAUUUCUGCUGGCCAUUUGCAGGGGCGCUCACAGAGUGGAUCCGCUCUAAGUGAAGGCUGUGAGAUGCUGCUGCAAGUGUGUUACUUUUUAAAAUAACACGUUACAGAUAUAGAUCUCUUAAAAGAUCCUUUCUUAAAACUGUUGUGUGUAAUCUAGGUUAGGUUAUUAUAGCAAGGGUUUCUCAUUUGUGUAUUUGACACACCCCUUGUAUCUUAACUAAUGUGAAAUAUUGAAAUAAUUCCUUUGGUGAAAUCACUUUAUACUAAUGUAAGAAUUACAGUAGAUUUUGUGUAAUUUGUAUAACUGCUACUUCUGCCUCUUUUGCAAACGGUUAAUAGCAAAUUCAGUUUUUAGUUCAUAUAUUUUUUAAAAAAACAUCCAGCCUGGAGUUUUUGUACUUCCCUCCUUUGCAAUAAUAGGGUCUGGUGAGGGAACAUGUUUCAAGAUUUUUUUAAAGAAAUUGAAACUUUGUGAUUAAUAUUUUGCAAUGCAUUUUAUUUGUCACUAUGGCUGCAGUCAGUGAGGCCUCCACUGCAGGCCUCAAACCAAAGCUCUCUUUUUUGUCAGUUUCUGUGCUGCUGCUGGCACAGAUCUUGUGAGAAUCUCAAUAGCUAAUAUUACAUGACCAGUGUUACUGCACGCAGAAUAUGGGGUUGGGGGGGAAAGCUUUGUAAAAUCAGUGGUACUUUGGCCAUCUACAACUACCUUGAAGCAGUGUUCAAAACAUAAUGUAAAAGGGUAUUACAUUGACCAUGCAAUAAGGUAAGUUAAAAUAGAAUUCAUUCAUUUUAACUCAAAUGAUCACCCACACUUCUUAACUGUGAAGACUCAUUGAAGAAUGUGAAUAUUUUAAACAAGCUGAUUUGAAGGACAUAUUAAGACUUUGCAUUUACACAUACUUUCAAUCAGCUAAAUUACUUCAUUGACUUGGUAAUUCAGUUUCCAUUGGCCCAAGAAAGGUUUUGCUCAGGAAGCCAGCUUUCUCUUGCAUCUGUCUUUUUUCUUUUCUUUCCGAGUAAUGGUGCUCCCAUCAGCUUCAGUACUGAAGGAUGCUAUUUAGAGAAGGACGUCCACAUUUCAGGGGCUGAAAUGUGGCCUGGCCUCUGGGCUACUUUCAAAGCAGGUUAUUUUGCUGGAAAUAAAGAAUGGCAUAUACAUGCAUCUUUUUCAGUGGAUUUCUGUGUAGCUCAGUCUGCCUUAAAUUGAGAAGGGCAAUGCCAACUACUAAGCAGUUCUGAAACAAUCUACAAAGGGUAAUAAGGCUAGUGUUUAAUUGCUGUGAAAGAUCCUGGCUGUGGAAAGCCACAGGGAAGUCCAGCCUAUCAAUCUUGGUGGAAAGUCAGAAUAUUUCAGCUUUAUUGUACAGCGGCAGCACAUCUGCUUACAAACUCUCAGAUGCUGCUGCUACCUUAAAAGCAAGGUAGUCUCUCCCUGGCACUGCAGGCUUCAUUUGAAUUUAUACAUAACCUGGUCUUGGGGUGCAACAUGAAACUUCUGUCUGUUGGGCAAUUCCACGUUACAGGUGUGUCUGCUAAAAUCUGGUCUCAUAUACCUACUCCUUAAGAUCUAUUAGCGCUUAAGUACAUGUAUUUCCAAAGAAUUUUUUGUGAAUGUGCAUUUUUAGAUAAGAUUAAAUGAUUUACAAAAUAAACAGUUUUCUUUGUAGAAAGAAAAAGGUGCC